GUUAAAGGUAAACCAGAUUGUUCGCACAAUACAUAAUGCAUUUAUUUCUGUCUUGGACAAUUUUAAAAUAAGGGAAAGCAAGGAGUUGUUCAUCUCUCUGGCACCCAGAGGGUUAAAAAAUAAUUUCCCUUGGUUCUGUUCCUGCCCACUCAGGGUAGACUGAUCGUCUGCUGCCUCUAUAGUUUUCUCCUAAUACAGAAGCUACUGUAAUGCCUCAAGUUCAGCACUAAGUGCUGAGGGCUUUGAAUCAGAGGCAGCAGAGGACAGGGGAAUCUGUACUGCUUCUACACAUCGUAUUCCUUCUCAUUUUGAAUCUACAAGAGCACCGAGAAGCUUAUCGUAUUUAUGUGGAGCUGAUUGCUUCUUGGGAAACUUCUGAAAUCUGUUUCUACUGUCACUACAAGAUAUAUAUAUAUAAAAAAAAGAAAACAAAUUUACUCUCCUUCGGCUUUCUCGUCACAGCCGAAACAAAACAAAAAGUGUGCACCUCAAUCAAGAUAUCAUCAACUCUUCGGAAAGUAGAAAAUAAUUUGCCAAAUCUCGACUCUAUGCGGUUGGAUCUGAUGUAUUUGAAUGACCACCCAGGAUUUUUUGCGACCUGAUUUAUUAGGAAUCAUGAAGUAUAUUUCACUCUUGUUUCUUUUUACAUUUUCUCGCUUGCUUUUUGUAAGUAUCUGGUUUUUGUGACCUUUUCGUGAAUAUAUACAGUGCUCUGUGAAUCACUCCUGACUCUCCAGGAGCCUUUUGAUUGUUUAACAAAUUGAGUGCCGAAUGGAUUGUGACAGUCUGAUUGAUAACAUUACCAUCCGGCUCUCAAUGAGUUAAAAAAAAAAAAGGUGUUUGUUGUUUUUCUCUCUUUCUUAAAGACAAAGUGUAUUGUGAAAUUUGUUUAUGCUUAAAUUUCUCAUAGUGUUUAUGUAGUCUUUAAUGAAGGUUCCAUUAGUUUCCAAAAUGUAUAGAGUGUGGGGUCUAUUUACUAAAUACUGAGUUUUGGUGACUUGAGACUCAACUUUAAAAAUUUGGGACCAAAUAGCUAAGCUAUUUGCAACAUUUGCCGAGUUCAGGAGCUUUUUUUCUGAGAAUGUUUUAUUUGAACCUUAAAAGAACACUGUUAGGAAUACAAAAAUGUAUUCCUAACACUAUAGUUACCUGUUCAAUGUUUAGGUCAGCGCCCCCCCUCCAAGUACCUUUUCUCCAACACAGUGCUUGUCUCGCAGUGGCUGGCCCUAUCGCUGAGAUCAAUCUUGAUGACCCUACACAAACGCAUUGGGAGGCUAUUGCGCUUGCGAAGCAAAACAUCAUGCUGCAUCAGGGAGCAUUGUAUCAACGCAUUUAUAUGGGGAGCGUUCAGCGUCUCCAUGCAGAGCGUGGAGAUGCUGAACGUAGGUACUGCUUACUGUGCAGCACUAAAUUAGGAAGCACCUUUAGUGGCAGUCUGAGUGACUGCCACUAGAGGUGUUCCUAGCCAGAAGUAUAAACACUGCCUUUUCUUUGAAAAAACUGUGUUUACAUUAAAAUUCUGCAAAGUUAGGCUAUAUACUCAAGAACAACUACAGAAAGUUGUGCUGGUUCUGGUGACUAUAGUGUCCCUUCAAUGUGGGAAAUAAAUCCCUUAAUGUCUAAGUUGUUAUUGUAUGUGAAUGGGAGCUAGUUUAUACUGUCAUUUUAAUCAAUAUUGGUACCACUAGGGUUUAAAAGGGAUAUCUAUGCGGUUACAAAUUAAAGGAGCAUGUUUCCAAAAAAUUUAAAAUGUAUUUUUAAACGUACUAUUUUUAUGAGAUGGUAGAUAGAUAGAUACUGUUAUCAUUUAAGAGUAUUAUUUAAUAUGUGGAUAGAUUGAGAGAGAUAAUUUGUAUUACUAUUUUUGUGAUCUUCAUAAAAACAGUAUGAUCAAUUCAGUGUAGUGGAUUCUCUGUGUGGGGGGUGGAAGAGGGGGAUUUUGCUACUCAAGAUUACCAUUAGAGGGCACUAGUGAACUUAGUUGAAUAUGACUUUACUCACAGGAAUUCCACCUUGUUUUUCCUUAAUGCUGGUGAUAUAUAUCAAAGCGGGGGGUUGAGUCAGCGCUAGAGGGGCUCUGGACACUUACUGACACAUUAUUGGUGUCGGCAUCUAACUCUCUGCUUAUCUAUUGCUAAAUUACCGACAUCAAGUUCAUUUAUGUCCAGCAUUUCAGGAGUGCAUAUUGGAGACUCUUAACACUAAUUUUGUGUACUCUGUACAUACUUUAUUUCUCUUUCUUUUUUCCUUUAUUAUGUGUAUGGGGGGAGAUUGAUAAGACCAGGCAUUUUAUUAAGGGGUGCCCUCGAAGGCACAAGACUCAGGAAUCUUUAUUCUAUAUGCCUUCCUCUGUCACUGUCUGUAUAUUUUCUACUACCUAGGCAACCUGUUCAAAACUGUUUGUUAACCCUCUCUUUAUACUUUGACCUAUUAUUUAGAUGCAGCUAGCAUUUAGGCAACUUGUGUGAUUUGUAACCAGUUAACUGCUGCCUGUCAGCAGUCUUUCACAGGUGAGCUACUACUUUGUGCUCCACUGUGGUCAAGCAUAAGUUAACAUCAUUCAGUGCAGGCAGCUGUUGUUACACUAGAAUAUACUGCUAGGUAUCUUGCAGGAAAAAAACGGAGCCAGGUCAGCAACCCCUUAUUUUACACUUUACUGCUUGACAGCAAGCUUUAAUUUAUUAUCAAAAUGCUGCUAUGAUCUAGGCAGCUUUUGUGAUAUUUAACUGGCUAAUCGCCGUCUGUCAGAAAUCUGUCUUAGCUGAACUAUUGACAGCACUGGUUUAGCAGUUGUCUUAUCUCCCCCCCCCCCUUUUUGCUACAGCUAUUAGUGAUAUAUAAUAUAGUAUCACUUCUAUUACUUGGGAAUACACUGAUGUUAUAUUGUAGCUAAACAGUAUUGCUUCAGCAUUAGUGUUAUUAUGUAUACACUUUUACAGCUUAUAUAAGUAGUCACAGAGUUUUACUCGCUGUAUAGUCUCCAUUUACUCCUGCUGUUCAUAUUAUUUUUCUUUUUUAUAUUCUUGUUUUAGAUUUAUUUAUUAAAAGUUACUUUUUAAUCUACAAUCUUCUCAGUAAAUCAUACACAGGUAGAAUGGCAUUUGUUUCUUUUUUUGUUUAUUCUCUAUGAUAUUUAGUGAAUAUAUCCCACAGUUAAACUCAGCAAUGGCUCCCAACUAUUGCCUACAUCCGGCAUAGGCAACCUUCGGCACUCCAGAUGGUUUGGACUACACCUCCCAUGAUGCUUUGCCAGCACUAUGGGUGUCAGACAAUUAUGGGGGAUGUAGUCCAAACCAUCUGGAGUGCCGAAGGUCGCCUAUCCAUGGCCUACAUAAUUACCAAUUCUAUUUUAUUUCCUGCAUAGAAUGUGCAGUGAGCUUGUUUAAUAAGAAACAAAUAACCUGUGUGAGCUAUGAGGACUGGCUUUCUCUCCAGGUAGUAGAGUACUGUUUAACACGCUUAGCAAUGCUAUGGAUUUAUUAACUACAGCAAGACUUGGAGAGUUAACAUAUGACUUUUAUUAAGCCUAAAUUUACUUUUUUGUUUGCUAAACAUUAUUUUAAUAUGCGUAAUAAUUAAAUUGUGUAGAUAAUAAAUUGCUAAACAGUUUUUAGAGGAAAAAUAAAUAAAUAAGUGGUGUAUUAAAUAGUAGUAUUUGCUUGAAUGCAAUGUGAAUUCUUUACGAUACAUACUAUCACUAAUGCAGUAAAAAUGUAAUUUGAUAGAUAUAAGAUAGGCUUAAACGUUUAUGAAGAAAUGUCAGUAACAAUUAUACCAGGCAGUUUGUCUCUCUUACUAACUCUGCCUAUUUUAGUCUGGCAUUUAAAGUGUUAAACUUUGCUCUACAAAGUUUGAUCAGCAUUGAUUAUUCGUUUUGUGGGGUUGGCUAAACUAACCAUGUACUUUUAAUGUUUAAAAGGUGUUUAUUGUAGAGAUUAAGAUAACUGGUGCAAAUUCAGCAUCUGUUUAAAAGAAUGUCAGUCUGAGUUUGGCAUGUCACUGGCUGCUCCGUUAGAAGCUGUAUGAACUGACACAAAGGUUAUAAAACAGAUCACUAACACCUUACUGCGGACAACGUUAUAAUUCUUUUAAAAAAAUGAACAAUGCUUCGUGAUAAACGACCAACCCUAAAUUGAAAAAAGGAAGACUGAAGUGUGUUUAAUCUGUCUAGAUUUAGAAGGAUCAGCACUCACUGAGAAAUUGAAAAAUGGGGGAAAAUGUCCAUUCAAAUGGUAAACCUCUGCGUACCAAUAUGGUUGGUAGUGUAUAAAUGCUAGUAAAAAAAUUAUGUGAAAAUUAUUUUAUAUAUACUUAAUCUGAGUGCAUUCGUAAAUGAUAUGUCAAUAGAGAUAGUCUUUAAUACCAUUCGCAUUUUACUUUUGAUUUGUGCUAUAUUAACUCUAUAUAGUUUGUUUUCUAUGAAAUAUGUUAAAAUUGCGCUACGCAAUACAUAUUUUAUCAUAACAAUCAGCUCUUAAAUAUUUUUAUUUAGUUGGAUAUAAAUCCCCAGAAACGUAAAAGGCAUCCAUACCCUUUGUAAACUUCAAAGUAAUCUUCCCAUUAGCAGAGCUUACAGUGUGAACGGAGACCAUUAAAACCAACUUCUUCUAAAGAUUGCCCCCAAAAUGUCCAAGUGACAUUAUUAUGCAAAUUCACAAGGAAAGCUUAGAUACCUAAAUCAAAUGCAACUGUUUUCUUUUAGAUCAGUACAUCAGUUUUGGUAAAUCUGUAAGGUAUUUAUUGGGACAGGGAGAAGAGGGGGACAGUUCCACCAGAUAAUUGGCAGGGCAAGGGGGCGACCAGUAAGAUAUCCCCCCCAGUCGUGAUUUUGCAGCUUUUAAAGGACCACUAUAGUGCCAGGAAAACAUAAUCUCUGGGGAGAGGAAGGGGUUAAACUUACCUCUUUCUCCAGCGCCGGGCGGGGAACUUUCCUCCUCCUCCCCUCCUCUCCUCCUCUUCGGCUGAAUGCGCAUGCGCGGCAGGAGCCGCGCUCGCAUUCAGCCAGUCCAUAGGAAAGUAUUCACAAUUUUCACAGUGAGAAGACAGCCACUGGAGGCUGGAUUAACCCUAAUAUAAACAUAGCAGUUUCUCUGAAACUGCUAUGUUUAUAAAAAAAAAAGGAUUAACCCUAGCUGGACCUGGCACCCAGACCACUUCAUUAAGCUGAAGUGGUCUGGGUGCCUAUAGUGGUCAUUUAAGAUUAUAUGUUUUACUGUUGACGGAAGGUGAGGAAAGCAAAACACCUUUAUUCAAUAUGUAUUUAAAAUAAUUGUUUUAAUAGACCAUGAAAAUAUCAAAAUCCCAUUAUACCUACUGCUUCUCCGGUAAUAAUGUAUCCUUCUGCCUGUAAAAGCUGCAUUGUAUAACGGCAAAGCUCUGCCCAGAAAUGUAUGUUUUGAAUGCAUAUUAUAUGUUUUUGCAAAAAAUGUACCUUUCUUUAGCUGCAGUAUUAACUUAUAGAGAUUAUGGAGAUCUGUUCCCCAUCAGUCAGAUCAAGUAUUAAGCAAAUUAGAUCACUGCCUUCUCGUGCAUGUCCUGUACGAGGCUCCUUUUUGGCGUGUAUGAAAUUUUUUGCACAUUAUACCAGCAGUUCUCAUAUUAUAGUAACUGGCUUCACUUGAUAUAUGCUAUGACUGCAGUAUCUGUUCGAACCACAGGUAGAAUUCCUGCCAUGGCCUUAUCAUUACAUCCUCCUGAAAUUGAUAAAAUAACUACCAUUAAAAGACAACUGUAAACUUGUAUACAUAUUAAAAAAAAUGAUAAUAAGUUACAUGUAUUACAACCUCUGUGUGUUUUAUAUUGCAAUGCAUACAGUUAAAGUGUUCACAUCAUAACCACUACUGCUUUAGUGGUUAUAGUACCCUAGCACCAUUUUUAACAGUUACCUUGGUUCGCCGAGUGCAUGUCAUCCAGUCCUCUCUUCAGAUAUCACUAGAACAGAAGCGAAUACUUUUGCAUUAACAAUGUCAAUUCCGCCCAUGUUGUGAUGGAAUUCAUUGGUAGAGAGUGAACCAAACUGAUAUAUCCAAUAGGUACAUCAGUUUUUGCCAUAUUUAGGAGUUAAAUCACUUUGUUUAUGCAGCCCUAGACACACCUCCCUGUAUGUGACUUACACAGCCUUUCUAAAUACUUCCUGUAAAGAGUCAUCUAAUGUUUAUACUUCGUUUAUUGCAAGUUCUGUUUAAUUUAGAAUUUCUUAUCUUCUACUCUGCUAAUAGCUUUCUAGACCCUGCAGGAGCCUCCUGUGGGUGAUUUAAAGUUUAAUUUACAGUUCAGGAGAUAAAAUCCGUUAAAUUAAGUUACAUCUGUUUGAACAUGAAACCAUUUUGUUUUCUUGCAGGUUUUGUCAGUUACAGCCAGGGGAGGUGUGGCUAUGGCUGCAUAAACUGAAACAAAAGUGAUUUAACUCCUAAUGGCAAUGAAUUGAGUAGUGAAACUUCAGAGGCAUGAUAUAUAUAUAACAAAACUGCUUAAUUGAGCUAAAUUUGUUUUGGUGACUAUAGUGUCCCUUUAAUUUCUCUUUGAUCCAAGGUAAAGACUGGUCCGUGCAAGUAAUCAAGUCCCAGUGCCAGUUCAUGAAUCCACACACCCUAGCAAGGAUAAGCCAAGAAAUGCACUGAAAGAUUAUAUUACCUUUAAUUAUCCAUCCAUUAGAAAAUAAUACACAAUGAUUUAUUACCUGUAAACUUUUAGCUCGAUUUUUCUUCGAGCUAAGUAAUAGUAAGUUAUUCAGUAACUGGAGGCUAGUUUGAUUACGUCUAGGAGUGGGUGUUCCGUAUUUUGCAGAGCUUACUCUCAAUAGUUGGUUAUUAUUAAGGCUGUGGUAUGUAAUGUUCUUUUUAAGAUUAAAAAUGUGAAGUCUUUCAGGCUGGCCAGCUUUCUGGUGUACUAUAUAUAGUUGUACCUUUCUGGGAUAUUUAUUAUCACAGCUGUCAAGCGAGGGAUGCAAAGCUUUCUUUUCUGAAACAUCUUUCAAGAAAUAAAACUUGAUUUUAUAAACAUUACAGACAAGUUAUUUCUAUUUUUAACCGGCUAUCAUUUAGAUCCUUGGUUAUAGAAGAGUGUACAUGCAAGACGUUUAGUGUGGGAAAAGAAACAAAAUAUACAGUUAUUAGUAAAGAUGAUUUGACCAUGUGUAUACCAGUAAAGGUGUAAGGACUGUGACAGUAUCCCGAAUCUGCCAAAUCCUCGCAAAAAUGUAAAUUGUAUAAUAACAAUAUUCAACACACCAAUAAAACCCACACUUAUUAAAAGGGCAUUGAUGCAAAAACAAACCAAAAAAACAACAUAUAGACAUAUAACUUGGAAUUUUUUAGAGAAAUCUCUGUAUAUAUACACUGUACAUAUUAAAUAAUAAUAUAUAAAUUAUACAACAAAGUAUGAUGGGGGGAUGGCAGAAUGGGUUAUAUAUCAUAUCACUUGGCAUUUGAUCUUAAAAUAAAAAAGAUGUAUUCUUUUAUGGAAGAGAAGCAGUCAAACUCAUCAAAAUGUAGAAUUGCUCAUCAUGGGUCAUUUCCAUUUCAGGACAUGUCUGACAGCUCAAAACAUGCAUUUUUUGCACAUGCACACAGCAACUACUUUAUGUGGAUCCUCAUUACCCAUGCCCUGAGUAUGCACAAACACACCGCAUUCCAGCUAAUUUCUGCAUGGCCACCAUGUUUUUUUUCAAGCAGCACACACUUUGCCUCAUGCUUCAGUUGUCUUGUAUCUUGAGCAGUUUGCUCUGUUGUAAAUGGCUAUAAAUCUAAAAUGAUUGAACUAAUUUUGCUGAUAUCAUUUUUCUAUGAUUUCAUCAAUGUAGAACAUGUCAGAAAAUCCGAUGACAGUCUGGCCAGGAUCCAAGGUUCCCUAAACACAAACACACUUCCCCUAUAGAUCUCUUGGCAUUUGGUUGGUACGAAUUGGUAUUUGGGAGAUAUUUUGCUGUGGUGGCAGUGGCCUCUACUGGAGGUAUGUGUAGACAUCAAACGCAGCACAAAAUUCUUAAAAUGGAGUUAUCACCAUGGAAAUCAAUACAAAGUUUCUGCUGGUAGCUCCACUUUUGGAACAUUGCCCCAGAAUUGUCUUUAUGAUUUACCUAUUCAGAAAACAUAACCAUGAUAAGAGAUUACCAUUAGGUUAAACCAGAAGCAGACACCAAAAUCAUCUCCUACAGGUAGCAUGACAAAACUUCAAAAAUGAAAUACACAAUGCAAUUACAAUUUUGGGCACAAUUUAAAAUGUUUAUGGAUAUAAUUAUCUAAGUAAUAAAAUGCUUCCUUGGAAGAACGUAAAAUAUCGUUUUGGUGAUAUUAUAAUUAUUAGUCGGAAACUAUUUGAAAUCACAAAACAUUCUGUUAUGCAUUUUUUUAUUCCACUUAAUCUCAGUGCUAAUUAUUUAAUUUGUUCUAAAUGUAUAUUCCUUCCUUAAAUGUGUUCCAGUAUUAUUUUAAAGAGCCUAAAUAUGUUCUUGCAUUGUACAGUGGGUGGACAAGACACAUUUUUACAAAACAUGUUUUGUUUUUGUUCAUCAAUAUUUUUCUCGAUGUACCGGUCCAGCUGGGUCUUCCUUCAUGGUGAUGCCAUCUUGAAGUAUCUAAGAGGAUGGCACUUACAACUACAUAUACUAAUAUCAUUUUGUAAUGAAUGUCAUGUUGCAGUAAACCACAGUACACACGUAAAAGAAAUAUUCCAAUAUAUUUAUAUAUGUUUUUUUAUUAUUAGUAUUUUUUUUCAAGCAUCAUUAAAAGUAUUGGACAGCCAAGAGUGGGGAUUUGGAACAUGCCUAUAAAAAGUAUAAAGUGAUAGACUUUUUACAUACUGGGUAAAAAGUUGUUGAGGUUCUAGAUCGAACAACCUUCCAUUUUAGAAUUAGAAUAUGGAAUAAUAACUAAUAAUAAUGUAAAUCAACAAGGAUUGUCCAAGAGGUAUAGCUCAAGGAACUUAAACAUUUUAGAAAAGUAAUGGUUUCAUUCCAAUAAGACAUGAUAGUAUUAUUAUUAUCAUGUUUGAGAUCUUCCUUCCUGGAUUUGUACGUUUUCUCAAACAAAUUCAUACACUUACAACGCAGUUUUAUGUAAUCUCGAAAAAUUAUAAAAGUAAGAUAAACUAAGGAGAUUUGUUUGUCUUUCUGAAAGGUGAAAGGAUUUAAUCCAGAAUGUAAAUUACAACUGGAAAUAAAAGAAGAAGAAAGAAAAUGUUUGGACAAGCAAAACAAGCAAAAAACUAUUGGCUUUAAGGGUAAGAAAAAAACAUCAAGUAUUACUUUACUCCAUUGGGGCUAUUACGUUAUAUGUUAUGAAUCCUGACUGUGUAUGCUGAUUUGUUAUUGUUGCAUACUUAGUUGGGGUAUAUUUUGCGAGUCCACUAAAGUGCACAAAUGAAAUGUUUCAUUAUGAGGUCAGAGGGACACCGCUGAUAAAACGAACCCAUCAAUUUGUCUUACACACUAUAGAAUAGAUAAUGCAUUAAGAGCCAGCAAUAUACCUAACCAUUCCCUCACCAGGAGAAGACACUUUUUAAUGCACAAUGCAUCAUCUUCCCCUGUACAGUUUAGGAUGUGCCACGAGCAUUCAGGGGAAAAAGAUUUGAUACAGUACCAUGCCGGCACCAUCACCACUACAGCAGGCAUUAAUGGUUAUGUUACUUAGAGUAUCCCUUUAACCCUCAGCCUGCAAUCUUUCACAGAUUAUUCUGUUCCAAUAAAUGAUGUUGAUGGUUUAUGAACGUUUUUUGAUCAUUUAGUUUAUUUUCUCUAAAUGGAUUUCAUAAAGUGAACUGCAAAAUUGGAUUCUGAUUUUAUGUAGCCAUUUGCAUUUUUAUUCUAGCAUGUUCAACUCUCAUCUGCUGUAGUUUUAUUUUUUUUACCACUUGUUUUCCAAGGGUAAAAUGCUUUCAACUCAACCACCCUACGUGUAUGUAACGCAUGCACAUGUAACUGUAACUUGAUUUUAGCAUUUGUUAUUUCUAGAAAGGAAGUAGGGAGUGGUCCCUAUUCUGCUUUUUAGGUAAUUGUAUAGGCUGUAAAAAGACUCAGGUCCAUCCAUAGCUACCCCCGCCACUGCACACUAUUUCAACUUUCUCAACACUGAAUUUGACCUCAAAUUGUGCAUUAGGACUACUGCACACUAUGGGGAGAGCAAAGAAACAGGGUGCAGUAGAAUACCAAGAACGGACAACAGCUCAAACAGCCUGCCUUUCUGUGGGUUCCCAAUCAGAUCUAAAGCUGGUUUUAGCUCAUCUUGUGCCAUUACAAAAAAAAAAACUAGGCAAUUUGCAUAUCAAUCUGAUCCCACCGAAAACGGCAAGCUACUUGAGCUGUUGUCCAUUCUCAGUAUUCUCUUGCAUUCUGUUUUUGUUUACUACACACUAUGGGAUGUGGACAUUCUUCCACAAUUCUUAUCCAGGGUUCUAUAAUAUUCUUAAGUGAACAUGAUACAUUAGAUGUAAGUCACAUAGAUAUAAAGAAACUACUGGUCUGUGAACCAUUCCCAUUAUAUCCAUUACUUAAACGAUUGCUCGUUACAUAUACUAUAAUGUGAGUCCCGAUGCCUAAAUAGCUGUUAGUACAUCUAGAUCACACAUUGCCUAGAAUGAGUUAUUUGAAAAUAUGCAGAUGUCCCAGUGUAAUCCCACAUAUGAUGAACAUAUUUUGGGCAUUAAAUGUAAAAUUCCAAUAAUUAAUAUGUCUUUAGCCAUAUUUCAGUUGAAGAGAGUGACAUCUAAUACAUUCUCAUACAUAAACUAAAAGCAUCAGGGACGAAACCUAUUUGGAUAACAAUAAUUCGAUUCAGCUAAGUACCAAAUGUAGGGUUUGCAUUCUAUCACUGAAAAAUUUAACAUGAAUGUUCUUCAUCUAGUCUAGAAAAACAUCAGGUAGAUUAAUCUAUGCCAUUUGAUUCUGAUUUAGAACUACACACCUUUGUUAUUUUAUCUGACACUGUUUUAAAAGUACAGGCGGGUUAAAGUCUAACUGACAUGGUACACAGAAGAUGAGUUUAAUUGAAAUUCAUAUAUAAAUUGUACUACCAGACCACCUCAUCAGUGAGUGUCCCCGGUCAAGAUAUAUGUUUGUUUCAGCUCUUUUUGUUCUGCUGCCUCAGUUGAAAAUACUUCCCAAGCAACAUCCAUAUCCCCAGAGCCAUUCUGUGCCAUUCUGACAUUACUUCCUGAAACAGUGUGUAACUUGGUGGGGACCCCCGCAGAUGAGCACAGUACAUAUUAGCAGAUCCAAUGUUCAGCAAUCACAUUCUGUGAGUGUCUGUGGCAUAUAACCUAUAACUUGGUUGCUUUUGCAUUUUAAUAUAACAGUAGUUACCGUUGACAGCGACACACACUGACAUGGCAGACACAUGGCAAACACGCAAUGGAUGAGCAUUGCAGUUUGUUAUUCUGAAUCUUGCCUGUGGCUCCAAAAGAGAUGAUUGAUUGGAAAAAAUAUGUAAUUGAUGGUUAGGGACAGUCACUUAAUGUUGAUUAGACUAAGUGAGGAGUGACUUAAUGUGGUGAAAAAAGGAGGGGCAGUUCAAAAAUAAAAAAUCAUCUAUACUUAUAUAAUAUAUAUUGUGAUCCUUGUCAGCAGGUAGCACGGUCCUCUAGGGCAAAAACAUGCACAGUCUUUUAAUGCAACUUCAUUCUAGGCACUUUAUUUGUAAGUUUAUAUAUGAGGCAGCAGCAAAUGAAAACAUAAAUAUAACAGGUUUCCCUUUAAACAAAAACCUAGCUCGUCUGAGCACUGACUCACUUUGAAUAACCCUCUCUAUCAGGGUUAAACUAACAAAACAUACUGCACCAACCUUAUUAGAUAGCAACACUCUGCUAGCCUGUUGCACUCCCAGUGCUCCAAGCCAGCCUUGCCCUGACUGCUUUCCUUUCUGCACUCCCAGUGCUCCAAGCCAGCCUUGACUGCUUCCUCCGGCACUCCCAGUGCUCCAAGCCAGCCUUGACUGCUUCCUCCUGCACUCCCAGUGCUCCAAGCCAGCCUUGACUGCUUCCUUUCUGCACUCCCAGUGCCUAGUCUCCUUGACUCUCUAUCUGGAGAGAACAGCCUCUCUCCUACCUGCUUCCUGGGAGGAAGCCAGCAAUCCCUCCUUUACCUGCCUAGCAGGGAGGAGUUUAUUCCCACUGCAACAGCUCAUUAACUGCAGCUGAGCAGUGGGUUGGAGACGGUCCAAAAAACCCUGGCCUGGAUCUACGUCUCCCCAGAAAACCACUAAACUGUGGAGUGGAGCAUUGGCCCACCCUUCUCUCCAAAUGCUCCACCCCAGGGGCCCAUAACUAAACAAUGCGUUAUGUUGUGCAACACACAAACUACACGUACUUCCCCUGGGGUUAAAAGGCCUAUCUGCCUUCACUUUAUCACAAUAUACAUAUAGAUUGCUUUCCUGCUCUUCCUGUUUCUCUAUCUUUUGGUUACGCUUUCUCACUUAAUCUGUGAAACAAAUUGUGGGAAAACACUCCUAUUAGUGUACUGCAAAAUAAAUGCAUAAUUCGUUUUUCCAAAUUAGUUUUUCCCUAUCGAACUUUUAGCUAGCUGAAUCGACAUUCAAGUAAAAUUCCGGUGUUCCAAAAAAUGUUUAACUUUCAGGAAAAAUUAUUUGGGCAAAUUUCCCACAGUUCAAUAAGUCUAUUCAAUAGUCAUCAUCACUGUUAUUUAGAACUGUGGGUUAAUGCUACACAUACAAAUUGUGAGAAGCUUUGCACAUUUGAUGCUAAAUAUUUGUAAGGUGUCAAGUACAUGAUCACUGGUCAAGAUUGCUGUUUAAUUGGUUCAGUUUGGUAAAAACAUCUCAGAAAUUAUUGCUUCAGCACUGCAGAAUUAUCACAUGGUGUUUUCUUCUUCCACUGUGUUGUAGUUUAAGUAAAUGUCUAUGCAGGGAAGCAGAAACACUACUAUUUUGAUAACAUGCAUAAAAAAGACUGGUUCAACAGAUAAAAGGUUGCACUUAAAUGAGUUGUAUCUUUCUUUCUUGCCUCAUUUUUGGUUUGAGUGUUCAAUCGUUUCUUUCUCAGCACUUAAUUUAGCUGAGUCUCGUAGAAUGUGCACAUCAGUUUGAAAUAAAUAUCAGAUUUAAAAAUCUGGUGAAAUAUAGUAAGUAACCAUUUUAUCUAAUGAUUAGCCUUUAGUGCAGGGCUUCCCAAACUUUUAUGGGCCGAGACCCAGUGCUGUAUUCUGAAUUUGUGCUGCCCUAGACAUGACUAAAUUCGGCACCCACCAAUUAGUGUCAAGACCUUUUUUUUAACUGACAGACACACACACACACACAAACACACCAACAAUGACAGACACACACACACUCACUGACAGUCACAAACAUACUCACACACAGAUAUUUUUUCAUACACUCAGCAAUUAUUAAGAUCUUUAAUAAUUAUCUAAAAGGACAUAUCACCCUCACCGCCCGGCUAGAAUAUUAGUACUUUAACACCUAUGGGGGUCCCUAAGGUGGCAGCCAGCUCUUGGGCUCCACCAGGACACAAGGCAAACAAGACAUUUGCCUGGGCACUAGGUGUGGCGUUUUUUGCUGCCCCCCCCCCUGAAAUUGCCGCCCUAGGCAAAUGCCUUGUUUGCCUUGUGGUAAAUACAGCCCUGCCGAGACCCACUUUUGAAAACGGUAAUUUUUCAAGACCCACUUGCUUUUAAUGCAUAUUUUAAAAAAAUGCAUAAACUUGGCAAAUGAUGGCAGCUUUAGAGGCAGAAAAUUAGGACAACAUGGAAAUCAGCUUUAGAUACAUACAAUUUGCACACAAUGGUAAUCAGCUUUAGAUACAUACAAUUUGCACACAAUGGUAAUCAGCUUUAGAGGAAUACAAUUGGCACAUCAUGGAAAUCAGCUUUAGAGGCAUACAAUUGGCACACAAUGGUAAUCAGCUUUAGAUACAUACAAUUGGCACACAAUGGUAAUCAGCUUUAGAUACAUACAAUUGGCACACCAUGGAAAUCAGCUUUAGAGGCAUACAAUUGGCACACCAUGGAAAUCAGCUUUAGAGGCAUACAAUUGGCACACAAUGGUAAUCAGCUUUAGAGGUAUACAAUUGGCACACAAUGGUAAUCAGCUUUAGAGGCAUACAAUUGGCACACAAUGGUAAUCAGCUUUAGAGGCAUGCAAUUGGCACACAAUGGUAAUCAGCUUUAGAUACAUACAAUUUGCACACCAUGGUAAUCAGCUUUAGAUACAUACAAUUGGCACACAAUGGUAACCAGCUUUAGAUACAUACAAUUUGCACACCAUGGUAAUCAGCUUUAGAUACAUACAAUUGGCACACCAUGGAAAUCAGCUUUAGAGGCAUACAAUUGGCACACAAUGGUAAUCAGCUUUAGAGGCAUACAAUUGGCACACAAUGGUAAUCAGCUUUAGAGGCAUACAAUUGGCACACAAUGGUAAUCAGCUUUAGAGGCAUACAAUUGGCACACAAUGGUAACCAGCUUUAGAUACAUACAAUUUGCACACCAUGGUAAUCAGCUUUAGAUACAUACAAUUGGCACACCAUGGAAAUCAGCUUUAGAGGCAUACAAUUGGCACACAAUGGUAACCAGCUUUAGAGGCAUACAAUUGGCACACAAUGGUAAUCAGCUUUAGAGGCAUACAAUUGGCACACCAUGGAAAUCAGCUUUAGAGGCAUAGAAAUUGCACACCAUGGAAAUCAUCUUUAGUGGCAUACUAUUGGCACACAAUGGUUAUCAGCUUUAGAGGCAUACAAUUGGCACACAAUGGUAAUCAGCUUUAGAGGCAUACAAUUGGCACACAAUGGUAAUCAGCUUUAGAGGUAUACAAUUGGCACACAAUGGUAAUCAGCUUUAGAGGCAUACAAUUGGCACACAAUGGUAAUCAGCUUUAGAGGCAUACAAUUGGCACACAAUGGUAAUCAGCUUUAGAGGCAUACAAUUGGCACAUAAUGGUAAUCAGAUUUAGAUGCAUACAAUUGGCACACAAUGGUAACCAGCUUUAGAUGCAUACAAUAGGCACACCACGACAAUCAGCUUUAGAUGAAUACAAUAGGCACACAACGACAAUCAGCUUUAGAGGCAUAACAUUUUCACAUCAUGGCAAUCAGUUUUAGAUGCAUAAACUUGGCAUAUUAUGCAACCAGUUUUAGAUGCAUACAUGGCAUAUCAUGGCAGAUUUAGAGACAUCAUUUUGGUAUAUCAUGGCAGUUCUAGAGGUAGAAACUUGAUAUAUCAUGGCAGUUUUAGAGACAUAACUAUGGUAUUUGGCAGUUUUAGAGGCAGAAUCUCGGCAUAUCAUGGCAAUCAGUUUUAGAGGCAUACAACUAGUUAAGCACAGUCUCAGGUAGAAUCAGAAGCGCUGUGUCCUGCUCUUUAACCCAGGCACCUCACAUUGAGUAUCCCAGUGGUUGAUCCCCAUCUGAUGGAGAACUCCAACAAUGCUGUGCCAGCUGGGGAUCUACCAUUUGUCCACCAUUGCAGGGUUGUAUUUGUGAGCAGUGUUUGAGUGUUUAAUUGUAAGCAUGUUUUUGUAUGAAGUAUAUGUGUGGAUGUAUGAGUGUAUUUGUAUGUACUGUUGCCAUUGGAAUAUAUUGGUGUACUUGUGUGUAGUGUUUGCGUCUGAAUGCAGAUGUGUUUGUAUGUAGGAAUGCAUUUUAAAUACAGGUGUGCUUUUGUGUGUAGUGUUGGUGUUUGAAUGAAGGGGUGCUUGUAUAUAAUUUUGUUUUGUGUUUCGCAUGGUUGUUCGGUAAAUUGCAUUCAUCUUCCAUAUUAAUAGUAUUAUUUUCGACAACUGAACAAAUCACUGAACGCCAGACCACCCAUAUGUGGAGUGUGCCGCUUGUUGACCCCAGUAACCUCGGUUAACACCUCCAUUAACCGCAGUAACACUAAUAUUAUAAGCGGUCGUGCGAACAUGUGGUGGUGGCCAUUUUUAACCAUGAACAGAGACAGCAGUGUUUGGUCUUCGAGCCGAUUGAACUAAAAUCGGACACCCGACUGUGCAAACCAUACGAACAGAGUGACGUUCGGGGGGGCAUACCGAACAAGAUACAGGAGAUGAGCUUACACACAAACAGCUAAUUUUUUAGUUUUAGUAUGUUUUGUACUCCCGAAAGAGACCAACCACACAGCCUGAUUUCAUGGUGCCCUUUUAGGCAGGAGCCUCGUGUUCUGUCGGUCUAAACUAUACCCCGGUGGCGUUUCGGCUGCGUUCAUAGAAUUUGAGUGCUUUUUGGAUAUGUUGGGUGCUCAGACCCAGGCUAUAAGGGGAUAUAGGACAUGAGGGGGUAUCUUAUUGUUAACUGUAUGCUUUAGGAUGUUAUUACUGUAUAUGUCCUGUACCUGAGAGUUAAUCUAAUUAUGUUGUGUAUUUUGUCUCAGUCUACUCCCAGGUCCAGUGGGGAAUGCCCCUGGAAUAUGUGUCAGGAAACCCCUUGCAUGGAGCUUCACAUAAAAGGCCAUGUGUGGCUUCAUUAAAAGCAGUUAUAUCCCCACAGCUAAGCGUCGUCCAUUUACUGGGAAAAGGUGGGAGAUUCUUGGAUAAUUUUACUGUGUUUGACUGUUCUUUUGGAGUGUUAUACUUGUUCCAGAGUAUAUUUUGGAGUAACCAAUGGAGGAGAGUCCCUCCUAGGACUAGGGCUCUGCUACAAUUGUCUUGUAGGAAGGUCAAUGAUGCACAAGCUUCCACAAAGGUGGCAUAGCGAUUUCUCCUAGGAUUUUCUGAUACUUUAUUGAAUCCAUCUUGCCUUCCACAUGCUACAGAUUUUGAGUGCCAGAAGAUGCAAAGCAUCCAGAAUAUCAUCGAGCCACCAUCAUGCUUAACUGUAGGCAGAGUGUUCUUUUCAGCAUAUGCUUCAUUCUUCUUCCUCCAGACAUACCGAUGAUCAAUGGGGCCUAAAAAUUUAAAUUUUGUUUCAUCUGUUCACAGAGCAGAAUCCCAAAAUUUCUGUGGCUUAUUUAUAUGAUUUUGAGAAUGUUGGAGCUGACGUUUCUUGUGCUUUUGGGUCUGUAGUGGUGUACGUUUGGUAAUCUAGCAUGGAAAAUGUCUGCGUUUAGUAUGCGUCUUACUGUGCUCACUAAAAACUUCAGUGCCCCAGACAAUCCAAGGGCUGAGCACCCCUUUUUAAGUAACAAAGAUACACAUCCAUCUACCAAGAAGAAGUGCACUCAAGGAUUCGUAUUGAAAACGAAUUAUUUGCUGUUUACUCAGCUAGUGCCUGAUACAAUCGACGUUUCAGUCUCAAUGAGAGACUUUUUUCAAGAGCAUCAAGAUAUACAUACAUACAAUAUUAAUUAUUGUGCCUCUCAUAACUUCUGACAAUGUGUAUGUUUCCGCAACUGCAAUUUCAUCCUUUAUUGUAUUUAAUGAUUUUAUUUUCUUCAUCUUUGUGCUUUUAUGUUUGACAUAAGAAUUCUUUUUGGGGGCGCUAUAGGGUCAGCUACAGCUCAGACACCAUAUUUUACAGUUUUGUGCACAAAUCUCCAAAAACAUCGAAAAACUGUGAUAAUACCAGUUUAUCACCAACCAAAAGUGCUUGCCACAGGUGGGGGAACUCCCACUGACCCCGCUCGUGCCCUUUCAAUUCGGAUCGCCCACUGCGUCACCCCGCAAAAUCUUACAGAAGCUUUGGCCUGGAGGCCUGAGGGCCGCAACCAACCAAGUCGAACUCCUCAAUAACUGGUGCGAAUACCUGCCUCCCUACCGGAGAGACCCCAACAUUGCAACCAUGGGUUGGAAGACGCAGAAACCGACCACAGCGCCAUCACGAGAGGCGAGAUAUAUCAUCUCACUCCUCAAAUUCCAGACACUCAGCCAACAGAGAGGCCUCUGAGGAUGAAGAGGGGAGCAGGAUGGAAAGCAUGCAACCCGUAACAGCGGCCGCCACAAGUCCCAAAGACUGACGCCUGCAACUAAACAAAACAUAUCAGACCUCUAUGAAAGAAUCAGGUUGCUGUUUGAUGCUGGUAAAAACUGAUGUCCCGGCUGUCACAGACCGCAUACAGGCCACUGAGGAAGACAUGAUCGAUCUCAAGCAAGGCCUAGGAGCCCUGGGGGACACUGUGCAGCAAAUGAAAACCUCACAUUCCUUCCUGACCCACAGAGUGAACACCCUGGACGACAGGAGCAGGCGAAAACACAUCAAAAUCCACGGAGUCUCUGAUGCAGUAUCCACAGAGGAGUCACCGCACUUUGUCAGGUGGCUGAUAUCCACAGUCCUGCCCACUAAAAAGGCUAAACUGCUCCUGCUGGAUGGGGCCUAUCAGGUCAACAGACCCCCAUGGGCACCAACGAGCUUGUCCAGAGACAUUAUACUCAAAUCCUAGUCCUUCGCGGACAAGGCUCAUGAAAGCUCUUCAAGACAAGGUCCCCUUGGAACUUUGAAACUCACCAUCUUACUUUUUUUCAAGGUGUCACCCGGGCCACGUUACUAUGGAGAAAGGCUAUACAGGCUAUACAGCUGGAGUGGCAUAUUGCUGGUCUGCAUCCCGCACACUGAUGGUUGUCAAAGAAGGGAAGACAUAUACAGCAUCAUCUCCGUCAGAUGCCCCGCUUUCCUCACAGCACUUGUUCUCACGGGGGGCGCAGACGCUCCAGCGGGAAUGCUGACCACUCAUCAGUGGGAUGUCUCAAAUGUGACACCCUUUGUUCCAUACUGGGUCCAGGACUCGGUGACUUAGACUCUGAACCAACGGCACUAACUCAGUACACCUCACCACUAUUGGUAGCAAGGAGAUAAUUACCAACGAACCACAUAAAAGUGUUACCUCAAGGAAUGGGCUGUAUCGCACAUUUAUAACCUGUUUUAUAGUUUUAUAUCAGUUUUCUGUUUUAUUUCGAGGAAUGUUAGUUGUUAAAAUAGAAAGGAAGCACACGCAAAAAACUCCUGAUACUCUCCCCCCGCUGCCCUCAUAGGUUAGGGGUACACACGAGCAACAGAGGCACCAAAUAUUGCCACCCAUCAUCCCGUGAGGCACAUAUUCACUUGCACGCAUCACACCUUCCUCAUGUCAAGCUGCACAGAUUCCACAUUAGGCUGUUAAAUAGCAGCAAUCUCUAUUGAGACUGAAAGCAGGGCUGCCAUCAGAAAUGUUGGGGCCCCUGACACAGCUCAAGGUCUGGGCCCCACCCGAGUCCACCCAAAGUGCUGCCCCCCCCCCCUCUGAAUCCGCCCACAGGGAUGCAGUGUCUGCAGGGCUGGUGCAAGGAUUUUUGCCGCCCUAGGCAAAAGUAAAGUUUGCCACCCCCCCAUGUGACAUCACAAUGCCCCACCCAUAUGAUUUGCCAUGUUAACUAACACCAGUGCUGCAGUGCCGCCGUGUUUACAUUAAAAGGCCUGAAGGGACAGGCUAGACACCAGAACCACUACAUUAAGAUGAGGAUGAUGAUGGGCUCUAGCAGCCGUCUGGCUCCACUGGUCUGGUGUACAACAGGCUCUCUGGAGGCGGUUUGUAACUGUGGUCACAAAAAUCACUGUUCUGGGAGAAUGGAAAGCAGCUCCAUUUUUUUGAGGGCCCUUUACACAGCUAAAGGUCUGGGUCCCAGGGUCCACCUUCAUGUUCCACCAAUGAGUUUGUUCACAGGGAGUGGAGUGUGUGUGUGGGGGAUGUCCUGAUGUGUGUAAGGAAUGCAUUGUGUGAAUCUGUGUUUGUAUGUGUAAGGGCUGCAAGAUGAGUUUGUGUAUGUAUGGGAUGCAGUGUGUGCGUCUGUAAGGGAUGCAUUGAGUGUGUGUAAGGGGUGCAUUGUGUGUUGCUGUGUGUAAGGGAUGCAUUGCUUGUGUAUGUGUGUCUGUGUGUAAUGCAUUGUGUGUUUUUCUGUGUGCAAGGGGUGCAUGUGUGUGUGAUGGAUGUCAAUCUCUCCCCCUCCCCCCGUCAAUUUCCUUCUUCUUCUCCCCCUCCCUCCCUCUCUCCAAUUUCCUUCUUCUCCCCUCCCUCUCCAAUUUCUUCUUCUCCCCCCUCCAAUUUCCUUCUUCUCCCUCUCAUUUCCUUCCUCUCCCCUCAAUUUCCUUCCCCUGCCCCGUCCCUCAAAUUUCCUUCCCCUCCUCCUCUCCCCUCCAAUUUCCUUCCUCUCCCCGUCCCUCAAAUUUCCUUCCUCUCCCCCCUCCCUCCCUCAAAUUUCCUUCCUCUCCCCCGUCCAUCAAAUUUUCUUCCUCUCUCCCUCCCUCAAAUUUCCUUCCUCUCCCCCUCCCUCAAAUUUCAUUCCUCUCGCCCCUCCCCCUCAAAUUUCAUUCCUGUCCCCCCCUCAAAUUUCAUUCCUUCCCCCACUCCCAUUUCAUUCCUCCCCCUCCCUCCCAUUUCAUUCCUCCUCCUCCCUCCCAUUUCACAUUCCUCCUUCCCCCCUUCCCAUUUCAUUCCUCCCCCCCGACACCUGGCGGGCGAGCGCGCGAGGGAGCACUCUCUGUGUGCUUCCUCUUCAGCUCCCUCGCGCGCCGCGUACUGAUGCCGGAGCCAGAAGAUGACGUCAUCUUCCGGCUCCGGCAUCGGUACGGUGCGCGAGGGAGCUGAAAAGGAAGCACACAGAGAGUGCUCCCUCGCGCGCCGGCCUGCCGGGUGUCAGCAGGGCCAGCCUCUGGGGGGCCCUGAGGUGACCGGCUGCUGGGCCCCCCAGGAGAAGAGGCUGGCCCUGUGGGUACAUACCAGGUCGCAGGGCCCCCUGCGACCCGGUAUGUACCCACUGAAUGUGGGGCCCGGACGACCUGAGCAGUCUGGGCCCCCCAGGACUGCCGGGCCCAUGACAACCGUUGCGGUUGUCGUGCCCUGAUGGCGGCCCUGACUGAAAGCAUAUUACGCACAGAUGACAAACUCAGAUUACCACCAAUCACAUAUGUAUAUGAGCUAUGUUUUCCUCACUACUAUGUUGUUUGACUUAACUUUUCUUUACCUUGUACUGUAUGAUGCUAUAACCACUCAAUAAAAGAAAGAAUAUAUUAAAAAAGAGUUCUUUUAAUCCAGCAAGUAACAAUUAUUUUUUUUUUUUUUUAGAAAUUAGUUUAUUUUUCACCUUGCAAGCGCCUUCUGUAAAGGCAUCAACAUGGCAUUAUGUGAUCUGAUACGUUGACAUUCUAUUCACAUCUUUUGCUUAAUUUUGCUCAGCUGCCAAUUUUCUGAAUUCAAAAGUUUCUACUGAAGAAAUUGAGUGAAACACCUACACUGUUGUUAUGUAUGGUGUGUUUUUAACUCACUGAAUAUAUUUAGAAAAAUGAUGCCAUAUGUUAAAAAAUGUUUUCGCUUCUUUAAUGUGCUGAUUCAAAAAAUAGUUAUUAUAAGCAUGGGAGUUCCUCUUUAACUAUAUACUAUAAAUUCUUUCCUACUAAAAUAUUCCUGUAAGAUUUCCAAAAUGAGGAAAUGCUGGCAAACAAACUAUGAAAUACAGCUAAUAUGAUAUAAUCCUCAAUGGCAACUCCGAGAUUAUAAAUCAAAAAGUGCACUAAAACCGAGUACGGAAAUGGAUAAAUGAAAAAACACGUAAGCAAAGGUCUGUUCAGUGCAAUUUUAUUAAUAUUUAAAGGUUAAAGAGAACAUGCAAAUAUAUCAAAUUAUAGCAUUCUAGCAUUUGUAGAACUUAUCAUUUCUGAUAAAUUUGAGCUUCAGCUUACUAUGGAGUUCCUAGUAUAUGAAUGACAAAAAUGAAAUUGUAUUAUAAUCUACCGUAUAUACUCGUGUAUAAGUCGAUCUCAUGUAUAAGUCGAGGGCAGUUUUGUGACCAACAAUUGUGAAAUAUGCUAUGCCUCGUGGAUAAGUCGAGGGUAAAACUUGGGCCUAUGAAAUUCUGUGAUUUUUAGAAUUAUAUACACACACACACUCAUACAAACACACACUCUGCAUUAUACACACACACACUCAUACAAACAAUCUGCAUUCUACACACACACUCGUACAAACACACACACACUCUGCAUUAUAUACACACACACUCUGUCUGUAUAUAAUGCAGAGUGUGUGUGUUUUUGUAUGAGUGUGUGUAGAAUGCAGAUUGUUUGUAUGAGUGUGUGUGUGUGUAUAAUGCAGAGUGUGUGUUUGUAUGAGAGUGUGUGUGUGUGUGUGUGUGUGUGUGUGUGUGUGUGUUUGUGAACUGGGUGGGAGGAGGGCAUUUUUAUUAUAAAUUUUUUAUUUUAAUAUUUUAAGUUUUUUUAUUUUAUUAUUUUAUUUUAAUAUUUUAAGUUUAUUUUAUUUUAAUAUUUUACGUUUUUUAUUUUAAUAUUUUUUAUUGUAUUUUUUUUAUUAUUUAAUUACAUUUUCGUCCCCCCUCCCUGCUUGUUAGCUUGCCAGGGAGGGGGGCUCUCACUCCCUGGUGGUCCAGUGUAUGGGCUGUGUAGGAGGGGGGGCUGACAGUGAGCGGUUACUUACCUUCUUGCAGCUCCUGUCAGCUCCCUUCUCCUCCGUGCAGCUCCUCUGUCAGCUCCCACUGUAGGAGCUGGGUGACCCCGCGGCUCUCGCGAGACUUACAGUGGGAGCUGACAGAGGAGCUGCACGAAGGAGAAGGGAGCUGACAGGAGCUGCAGGGAGGUAAGUAACCACUCACUGUCAGCCCCCAACAGGACCGCCGGGCUUGUAAUGAGCCCGGCGGUCCUGUUCUGUAUUAUGGCAAUGCAAAUUGCCAUAAUACAGACAUUAACUCGAGUAUAAGUCAAGUGGGGGGUUUUCAGCACAAAAAAUGUGCUGCAAAACUCGACUUAUACUCGAGUAUAUACGGUAUACAAAAAAAAAAAGCAGAGCAGUGGCUGUAUAGUUUAAUAUAUGGUUAUAUGAUAUGUUUAUAUUACUCACGGUCAUUCCCUUUCUGAUAACACAACUUUUGCUGUGUUCUUUAGCUAACCCAUUUGACUGAAACUAAAGUCUUUAUCUCGGUAUUCACAUAGUGCAGUAACACACCUGUUUCGUUAGGUUAGUAAGUUCCUAAGCUCCCUCAAAUGGUGUCUUUUCAAGUGUUGGUUGACAAGCAUUGCCAAUGGUCUAUCUCACUUGCAGUGAGGGUAUACAAAGGAAAUUUUGUUUAAUUAUUCUGUUAGAUCAGCAAAGUGAAUGGACUAAUAUCAGCGGGGCUACUUGGAAUCCAAAGUUAAGAUGCUAUUUUCUGUUUGUGAAAUCCCGAGACAUCUUAGAAAACACCAGUUCUCUCUUGUCUGUUGAGUUACACAUCCCCUUUUAGGAUCAAAGUUCCUGGACCUGGCUGUUCUCAUUGGAUCCAUACCUAGGGGUGCAUGGGACAAUUCUCCACACCAAGGUUGAGUAUUCCAUACUCCAUAAGUCAAUUUUUGUGUUUGUUUACAUUUUGAGAAGAAGCUGCAGAAACAAAUCUAGAAACAAUUACAAUCUCCGUGGAAGACAAAUAGAAAAAUUAUUCUAAUUUGUAGAACUUUUUUAACUUUACUAUAGAAUUAAUCUUUAUACAUUACUCACUCUGUAUUAGUAGCCUGCUUCUUACCUUCAGUACAAUAAGUAAACUCCGUAGUAUACAUGAGUUCAUGGUGGUAAUCUAGUUGCUUUUGUCAAUAACGAUACUACUAACAUCAUCCUUCUAAGAUGUAAGGGUGCACGUACAAGUUGUUCUAAGUGUAUAACAUUGGAACACAAUGUUCUAAGACUGGUAUGCUGUUGAUAAAAUGUUUAUUUGUAUAACAGAUACCAAAGGGUGGUGUUUCACCCAUUUUUUUGUAUACAACGAUGAAAAGGUUAGCCGAGGAAUGCUCUCAUUUAUCUGUCUGAUCCAACUUCCACCAAUAAACUGUGCCGGAUUGCUGUUUAAGCUGAGUUAGUUUUCACAUUUUACUUAAUUCUUUUCUUUACAAAUUAGUUUUGCUAAAGGAUAGAAAGUAAACCUCAAGAUGGGGUUAAAUGUGAGUAUGCACCUUACAUUCUGUAUUGUUUCCUAGGAUUUUUAUAUGGAUUUUAUAUGUUUAUAUGAAAUGGUUAUUGUUUUUUUUCCCACUCCCAUCUUUUAUAGUUAUAUCCUCCUAGUGUAGUAUUAUUUUAUGUGUUGUGGUUUAUUAUUCUGCGUCUCUUAAAUGCAGGACUGAAGUUUCAGAAUAUGAGAGCAUAGAAUCAAUGUGGAAACGUAAUGGGAGAAGCUAGAACUGAUUAUUUUUUCUCUUGAGUUAAUUUUCAUUCUGAAAACAAAACUAAGUCCAUUUGCAUGGAGAGAUAAUAGGUUGUGAAUGCAGAAUUCACUAAGGAAGGUUGUUUAAUGUAUAGCACAGCAAUUCAUUCUUACAAAAGUUCCUUAAAACUUCUCUAAACAGGAAGUACCACUGUCACACUUCCUGUCAUCUCUAGAUACCUGUGUAACCUCUCAAAGUCUUGUCUUCUGUCCAAUGUAAUGCAUUAUUCCAAGAAAAAAGUGAUAAUUAUUUUUAUGCUUGGCGUUGCCUGGCUACAUCUUGAAGCUCAUUUUCAAUGCAGUCUCCUUACGUGGUUCUGGCUGCAUGUCAAUAGAAUAAUCCCUCACCUAGCUUGUAUUUACGAUUUUGUGUUUUUAGCCCAUUAGUAAAACCAUUACUGUUUCCAUGGCUUAUUCACACUGGGGUUGAAGGCUGUUCCUACCAUUAUUUUGAACAAUUUUCAUUGAAAUUGUUUAAUAACCAGUUGAACUGUAAUGUUUGAGUCCCAAUGCAUGUCUCUCCGGGGAAGCCCUCUAGUUUCAGCAGAAUGACAAUAAGCACUGUGUGACUGAUCCAGAUUCGAAGUCAGUUCGCUAUUCGGAAAAUCAACCCCAUGAACACACACACUGUAUAUAGAAUUAUACAUACUUUAUGUAGAUUUUGUUCAGUCUAAAUGGAUUUGAGAAAAUAUAUUAUAUAUCAAGUCAAGGCAACUUUCAAUACUUUCUAUAAAACUGAUUUUCAGUCACCUCUGCUACAAUCAAAGGGUCAGCAAGACAUUGUAUAGCCUGAUGAAGGAUUAUUAUUACUUACAAGGCUUUUCUCCUGGUCAAAGAUAAAACACACUACAGUUUAACAUUGCAAGGAGAUCAGAUUAAAGUUAAUAACUUUACUUAUGGAUGACUGGCUGGUUGGUUGGGUGAGGAAAACAGAUAACCACUUUGUGCUUAUUUCCACUUCCAUGUACUCAUUUCCACUAAAAAAGCUCUUUAUUUUGCAGACAGCAAGUUCUACCGAGUACCAACUACCUGCAAAAAUAACUUAAGAACAUAAUGUUGGUAAACAGACAAUAGAUUUAUUGAUCGAAAUUGGAAUUAAGAUGAGCAAAAUUUAUUUUAGAACUUUAAAAAUGAGCUUCAAUUUUGUAGUGUAUUCAUUAUGAUAUUGUUUUGUAUACAUUUUUUUUUAUCUCAGCAUUUUGUAUCAUUUCUUACAGGAAAAAAAAAUGAAAAUCUUGCUUACAUUUUUUUUUUUUUAAAUGUCUCCAAAAUAUUCACAUUAUUCUGUUAAUAUAUUGGCAGGAUGCCGAGUACACUGGGAUAACAUAACGUGCUGGGACUCGGCAAAGGUCGGAGAAAUUGUUACACAAAAUUGCCCUGUGAUAUUCCGUCACUACUUUACUAAAAAAGGUGAGUAUUGCGUAUUUAUGGGCGGUGGGAGGGAAAUAGGGCACAUAAAAUCUAAUAUUUUUACUGUUAUUCCAAAAUGUUACAUCACCUGUUACAAGAUUGAUCGUUGUGGUAGAUGAAACUUGAGGAAAUGAAAACUGUAUUAUAUAAACGUUUUUUUUUGUGUGUCAGAGAAGGAGUCCCUUAGUUUAUAUUCUGGGCCCUUUAAAUCAUUGAGCCACUUUCAAAAUGGAAAAUUAAGUUUAGCCCAUAGCUCUCUUAUUAUCCUAUUUUGUCCUGCAUUGGUUUUCUCGCUGAAAGAAAACAAAAACUCUCACAGAACUUCAUUCUGCACUUUGUUUGCAUAAGACAAGCCAUGGACAUUGAGCUAAGACUGGGUCUGACACAGCUUUAAAUCAAUGUCAGAACUGAACAAAUAUAAACUGAUCCAAAACAGGCAUAGUUUAAAUCCAAGCAGAAAAGGGGACAUAGAGCAAAAGGUCAAAAAGCUAAGUUCAGAUGUCCGGGUAGAUUGAUAAACGGAAAAGUCUCUGCUUAAAUUGGGCUAAAAUCCAACAAAUCAUUUUUCCUGAAACAAACUGAAGGACACUUUCCCUGAAUGUAAUAUGAUAAUAUUUAUCACUCAGCAUAAUAUAUAUCACCGUCAUCUUUAUUAAAAACAGGCAAGAAAUUAUCGGGGGAAAGUAGAAAUCAUUGGGUUAAAUUUGAAAGUAAAAUGAGUCCUUUUUAAACCAUACAAACUUUUUUUUUUUUUUCUCAACAGGAAAUAUAAGUAGACAGUGCCUAGGGAAUGGUGUCUGGUCUGAAACAUAUCCAAAUGUCGCAGAUUCGUGUGGAUUUAAUGACAAUGUAACAGCUCAUAAGGUAGGACAUUAAAGUGAAACUAGUGACUAAAGUGGCUACCUGAUUUAAAGCCAUACAUUAAAUGCAUGAAAGGGACAUGUAUCGUUUUGAGACAACAGUCUCAUUCAAAAGCAUUUGGAAUAUUAUAGUAAAAAAUAUUAAUUAUUAAUAAUAUUUAUAAACGUGCUCCUUGUAUCCAUUUAACAAAUCUUAUUUGUCAUUUAAAUGGGAAAAAUGCACACAUAUUAAUUGGUUGGUCUUAAGUUGUACUUAUUACCCCAAUUCCUCUUCAGACACACAGUACGUUUCCCAAGUUAUGUCUCAUAUAGGAAUGACAUUAAUGUACAAAGCAAUUUGCAUCUAAAUUUCUAAAUCUCUAGAUUCUAAAUCUCUAAACUUUACUCCACCUUCUUAUACCAUUGACUCAGCGAAUUAUAUAGUUAAAUUCUCACGUUUCAGCCUGUUUUGUGCUUCUUCUGGGGAUUUUAGUAUUAACAGCUUGUCUUCAUCUGUAACAAACAGCUUUGUGGGGAAACCUCAUCUGUAUUUUAUGUUCUGUUUGAUUAAUACUGAAGUAGUUAAAUUAAAGAGACUUCUCCUAUUCCUUGUUCAAUAAGAAAGACCUGGAAAUUCGAUUUCUUUGUAUUGGCCGUCCUUAGCGGGUGAUAAUUAAUUCUUUAUAUAAAAAGGAAUGGCAACAGAUAAUAACGUCUCUAUGUGCAUUAUUUGGCAGCAACUUUGGUUUGGCAAUUCUGUGCAGGGCCGGACUGGGGAUACAAAGCAGCCCUGGAAGAAAAAAAAACAAAGCCAGCCCCACAAGUCAUUGUGCAAAGUAUUGUGUGUAUUAUAACAAACUCACUGACACAAACACACUGAUGCACAGGUUCACAGACAGACAAUCUCAUUGAUAUACAUACGCUCAUUGACAUAAAAACACAAGCUCACUGAUGCACAAAAAUAGGCUCACUGACAGACAAUCUCACUGACACACACAGACAAGCUUAUUGGAAGACAAACAAAUUUAGUACAGACAAACUCUGACACGCAAAAGCUUACUACAGACAAGCUCACUGUCAUACACACAUGCUCACUGACACCCACAUGCUCACUACAGACACACACUUGCUCACCACAGACAAGCUAACACACACAUGCUCACUACAGAAAAGCUCACUGUCACACACGUGCUCACCACAGACAAGCUCACUGACACACACACAUGCUUCCAACAGACAAGCCCUCUGACAUACACAUGCUCACUACAGACAAGCUCACUGCCACACACACAAGCUGACUCAGGAGCAGGCACACACACACAAGAUCACUCAGAGCACACACAAGAUCACUCAAAGCAGACACACACACACACACAUACAAGCUCACUCACUAACAGGCACACACACACAAGCUCACCCACUAGCAGCCACUCACAUACAAGCUCUCUCACUAGCAGCGACACACACAAGUUGUCUCACUAGCAGGCACACACACACACGCACACACACACAAGUUCACUCACUAGCAGCCCCCCCACACCCACACAACUCACACUAGCAGCCACACACACAACUCAUUCACUAGAAGCCACACACACACACACACACACACAACUCACUCACUAGCUGCCACCACACACACAAGUUCACUCACUAUCAGGCACACGCACACACACACACACACACACACAAGCUCACUCACUAGCAAGCACAUACACACACAGACACAAGCUCACUCACCAGCAGGCACACACACAAGUUCACUCACUAGCAACCACACACACACAAGUUCACACACUAGCAACCACACACACACAGUCUAAGCAAGCAUCACACUGAGCAAGCAUCAACCUAAGCCAGCAUCAACCUAAGCCAGGAUCAAUCUAAGCCAGGAUCAAUCUAAGACAGCAUUAAUCUAAGCCAGCAUCGUUUCCUGCACGGCUGCAUCGCCUGGCAAUGAAACACAGCCGGGUUAAAUACACUUUCAGACAACGAUAUAGAGUUGGGUGACACAUGUUGUCAUGGUGUGCACAGUACAUUACAUUAAGGUUUGACUAUCAUUGUCUAAACUUUACUUCAGAAAUACUCAUUUACAAAAGGAGGUAUAUGGAAAUAUGUUGGUUUUAUCUCCAGUGAUAACAAGGUGAGCAGAGAAAUACUGUGAUACAUACAGAGUCUGUUUCAUAAAAACAUAGAGAGCUAACUCGUGCUCUCCUAACAGUGCCCCUGGUGACCCAGCCAGGAGACAGGGGAGACAAGCUGGCCAUGCACUCAGCCACUCAAUAGCAGCAAUACACACACAUACACACACACACACACACAAGUUCACUCACUAGCAGGCAGACACACACACACACAGACAGUAGAUGAAGUUGCCAUAUUGUGGCCUCUUCCAUCCAGCGAGGUCAGCAACGUGUGAGGGGGCGGGGCUUGUGGGAAGGAGGCAGAGCUUCCAUUCAGGAGGAGGGGCUUGUGUGCAGAGGCAGGGCACGCAGCCAAAAUUGCUGUAAAUUUUGAAGGGAGACUGACAGAUCUCCCUCCGGCUGCACCAGCCCCCAGCUCCUCCCUCUUUACUUCCCUCGGACUGACAUAGCCUGGCACAGUCCGAUGGGGAAAAUCAUUUCAAUGACAUUAGCAUGAUGAUUUGGGCUGUCAGCCCGGCCCCAAGUGCCGUGACCCAAUUUCCAGGUAUUACGGUGGGCCAAUCCGGCCCUGAUUCUGUGACAUCUAGCUAUUCAAGUAGUUCCUUCCUGUUAUAUCCACAAUUCCUAAUUCUAUGAAGAAGUUUUUUAAGAAUGUUUCUAAUUUAUCAUUGUGAUUGUUUCUGGAAUAUUUCAGAACCUGCUUGCACGGUCCUCCAUGUUUGCCAUUUGUAACUCCAUGUCUUGAAUAUUCCGAUGCUUGUCCUCAAUUUUAUCUUUUUGUGGCAUUGAAAUAUAUUCUAGGUGUUCCAUUCUUUCUUCAAUUGUAUUGAUUCUCAUUUUCACCUCUGCAAGAUCUUUUUAAUAGUUCAUAAGACUAUCUUGAAAAAAAUCUUUGGUAAUUGUUUGUUCUUCUUUUUCCGCAAGAUGAGGGUCUAAUGAAGCCUUUUCCAUAUUGGCUUGUCCUUGAUCUUGAGUUUCACUCAAUAGUUCUUGUUGAGAGUGCUCAAGAAUGCUUUUUGUCCAUUUGCAGGAUGAAGCUAGAGAGUGUUUAAACAUUUUGUUUUCUAUUCUUUUUUUAGAUGAUCUUGAGAUAUUUUUGUAGACAUUGAAUUUCCUUUUAUAUAUAUAUUUUCCUUCUUUAUUCUGCUGCCAUAUUAUUUCUUAAAAAACAGCAUUAUGAAUAAAUAUAAAUCUGGUCAUGCACUUGCUUUGACCGUAUAGAAUACUUCACAUGCAAUGACAUAUUCACUUUAAUUAUGCUAGUAGCCUCGGGGGCUUAAUAACCUUAAUAGGAAAACCACUGAAAUUGCCCUUCUCAAAUCAUGACAUUGCUUCUACUCUCAUCCAAAAUAUCAUUUGUGUUUAAUUGUAUAUUUGUUGCUUUCUGUGUUUCAUUGACCUUACUUUUAAACAAAACAUUUUUAGUUAUUUAGUUCAUUUUUAGAGUGGUGUGAAUAUUCUGACAUCAUAAAUACGGAGAGAAUACAUGCAACUAUUUUUGUACCGAAAAGGUAUACGAAAACACGCAGCAAUCUGAAAAAAGUGACUAUAGUUCUAGUCGUCACUAAUUCACCAAUUUUACAUUGCCUUGUGUUUCCUUCAUACAUUCAAUUUCAUGAAUGUGUAAAUGUGUAUGUAAAAAUAUAUACAUGUAUUAUAUUAUUACAUUAUAAAUAUUCUUGAUUGCUAGGUGCUGUGUGUUUUUGCAGAGUAAAAAAACUAAUCUUUCCUGUUUGAGUAGUGCAAAAUAACUACAAACUUGUGUUAGAGACGGGGUUUUGCAAAUCAUUUUGAGUCGUUGCCAAGAAUUGGAGUUUAGCUAAAGUCAAGAACUGAGAAAACACAUCUAUAAUCAACAGCAACUUAGAAUAUCAAAAAAUAAGUAACACAUCCUGACUGUACUAUACCAUGAAACAAAAAAAGUAUGUAUAUAUAUAAAACAUCUGAAGAAGCAGUACAUUUAUGCCAAUAUUACAUUCUGAAAGAUUUAAGUCCUUCAUAGAAUGUAUUACACUGCUCUAAACAGACCUACUGUUACUGGAUAAUAGGACCAGAUAGCUAUGAUAGCAUAGAUAGAACAUCGUUGUUCUGUCCAUAAUGUAUGAAAAUAACCAAGAGAACAUGCUAGCUACUUUCCUGGUUAUGUUUAAAGGUGAAGCUAUAUAAUAAUGGCAUAUACGCUAACAGUGUUAUAAUCUGUGCUAGGAUUUGACAGUUUCACUAUAUAUGUUUGUUUAUUUAUUUUAUUUAUUUAUAAAAUAUUUUACCAGGAAGGAUUCAUUGAGAUUUCUCUCUUUUUCAAGUAUGUCCUGGUUCCACAAAUCAUUGCAUUGUUACAAUAGGGUACAAUAAAAUACAAAAACAAUAUUAAUACUCAAUAUAUAUAAAAUGUAACAAAGAUAAAGUUAAGAAAUAUAUAAUCAACCAUGACAGGUGCAUUCUAUUUUGAGGUAUGUAGAUGAGGUAUGUAGAGAGGGAUCUCUUAAAGUAUUUUAGGCUUGGGGAAGAUUUGAAAGUGUGUGGGAGGUUGUUCCAUAAUUGCGGUGCUCUGUAGGAGAAGGAGGUCUGAGCCGCUUUCUUUGAAGAAAGCAUCGCAAGGAUUAAACUUGGUGAUUUUGUCAGGAUCUGUUUUUUGGCAAAUGCAUUAAAAUAGAAUGUUUUUAAAGGCUGUAGAUCCUAAAUUGAAGGGUUUUACAUACUUACUAUGCCGCCCACUAUAAAUGAGCUUUCUAGACGUAUAGUAUAAAUCAGUAAUGCACUAUGAUUGUACGUUCUUUACAAACUCCGUUUACAUUCCAUUUAUUUAUUUUUUGCUUGGAGAUUGCUGUGAGGGCAGACGCAUUGAGCAUAGUAAAGAAAUGCAGGAAAUGUAAACGGUGAUAGUUUUAAUAAAUUCAUCACGUUGCCUAGGUUUCUGUAAAUUGGUGAGGGAGAUAUCCACUGACCUGCAACAAAAAAUUAACAGUGAUAAUCCCAGCGAUGCACAGCCAUUGUUACUACAACCAUCACGUUAUAUGGUUGUAAUUUGCAGUAUUGCAAUAAUAUUGUGAAAUUACAUUUACCAUUUUUUUAAAUUUUAUUUUAUUUAUUUAUUUAAAAUAAUGCCUGUUGUAGUGCAACAGAGAAAAAAGAUGAAUUCUGAAACUGACACAUUUUGGUGCAGUAUAUGUAUGGGCAUAGGGGAAGACGAUUGGGACUUCCAUUGUCAUUUUAUUGGUUACACACGUGCCAUGGGGACUUAGCUGUCCACUGUAUAUAAGUACCGACCGAGGAUGUGAUUAGCUAGGGGAACUGAGUAUUUUUUGACGCCAGGGGUUAUCACAGAACAAGAGCUCUGAUUCCCAAAAAAUGAAAAAAAGUAGAUUAUAACGCUGCGGAAUUUGUUAGCAGUAUAUAAAUGAUAAUAAUAAUAACAAUAAUAGUGCAGAGCUCCAUGCUUAUCAGAGGGUCCAAAUGACUCGUACACCUACGCAAAAUUAAAACCCACAGUCUAAGGUGUAGGAAAGGAAUAAAGGUGUUUCCAUGUGUUCUUCUUGUUAAUAUAGUAUAGAUCAGCAUUUCCCAAUUGGUGUUCCUUGAGAACACAAUUGGGGUUCCGCCAAAAUUUGUAAAAAUAAAAUGAUCUCCCUGCUUAGCUCCCUCGAACGCACAUCAGUGAUAUUAAUACACUAUGUCAAAGGGUUCCACAGGAAAAAUUAAUAGGGAACCCCUAGUAUAGAUAAUAUGCAGUAAGAAAAAAGAGAAGACCACACUUUUUUUUUUUUAAACUGUCUAAUAUGGUAAAAGUUUAAAACGAAAAAUAAAAAGUAAAAAAGUAUCAAACAGAUUUAGAAAUGAGCGAUAUAAUGUAUGUGAAGUUUUUAAUAAUCAAUAACACAUCUAAACAAAAUAGAUCAGUUUCACGAUUUUGACUUUUUUGUCUCCCUUCCACCGCUUGAUAUUUAGCCCUGCAGAGCCCUUUCCCCUCCCGGCCGCCUAACCGCAUGUUUUAACGCUCCGGCCAAUGGCCGGAUCUAUUUUUCCACACUUUCAGUGUGGCGGCGGCCAUCUUGGAUCUCGCGGCUCGCAAGACCCGCGGCCACCAUCUUGGAGCUUCACCCACUCGGUCUGCCUCAGUUCUAGAGAUCUACAUCUGCUUUUGUCCUCCAAGGUAAGCAUUUCUUUAUUUGUAUCUUGUUUGCAUAUACCUUAUGUUAAUUCACCUGUGCCACAACCAAGUUGGUCAUUCAUAUCCUCUUACUGUUUCAGAUUCCACUGUCAACUCCCAUUACUCUCAUCCAGGCAGGGGUUCCCACAGAAAGUCUCUGCUACUACUAAUCUGCGCGCAAGAGGAAUUCGCUGCAUUAUAUACCUGGACAACCUCCUAAUCUUCUGCUCUGUCAAGUCAAGACUCAGACUACACACAUGUUUUGCCGUAGAGCUCCUAGAAUCCCUAGGGUUUACAGUAAACCAUCAGAAAUCGGCUACAACUCCGUCCCAAACCAUUCAGUUUCUGGGAUUCGAAAUCGACUCCAGCACACUCCAUCUCCUGACAGCAAAGAUAGCAGCUAUCCGGAAGGAAAUCCAUGAGACACUCCGAUGCCGGUUCCCCUACGCAAUCUCGCUCGGAUUGUGGGCCUCCUAUCGGCAUCCAUCCAAGCCAUCUUCCCGGGUCCACUCCACUACAGGGCGAUGCAACGCCUCAAGACAUCCUUCCUCUGCCGAAAUCCUACCUACGACCAACCAGUACCGAUUACGGCAGAGGUCAGGGAGGAAAUGCAAUGGUGGCUGGACAGCAUGCAGGCCUUGAACGGCUGAGCUAUAUUUGGCAAAACCCCAGAUUUCGUGCUGGAAUCGGACGCCAGCCUUUGGGGCUGGGGCGCCACGAGCGAGGGAGUAUCGACAGGGGGAGCCUGGACUUCACAGGAACUCAACCUGCAUAUCAACUGUCUCGAACUACUGGUGGGUUCCUUCACCAUACGCAGCCUGGCAAGGGACAAAUCAGAUUGUUGCAUUCUCCUCAGGAUGGACAACAUCUCGGCCGUCUGCUAUGUCGAUCGCCUAGGCGGAGCCCACUCACGACUCCUAUCCGAACUCACGAAAGAGGUGUUCGACUUCUGCCUACCACGCAACAUCUCCCUCAAGGCGGAAUACCUCCCAGGGGAGAUGAAUCUCACAGCCGACUGGUUCUCUCGCCAUUGGAGAGACAGCAGCUAUUGGAUGCUGGACCAGGAGAUAUUCAAUGCCCUCAUGCAAAUGAGAGGACCCUUCCAUCUGGACCUCUUCACAUCCCGCAACAACAGACAAACCCCAGACUUCUUCAGCUGGCUCCCGGAUCCAGAAUGCAAAGGUGGACGCUUUCCUACGGGCCUGGCCGCCUUUCGGCGCCUACGUAUUUCCCCCAUUCGCUAUGAUAGCAAGGACUCUCCACUAUCUGAAGGUACACCAGAUUUCUCUGCUCCUGAUUACCCCCCUAUGGCACACUCAACCAUGGUUCCUGGAUAUUCUAGCACUAUCUUAUGCAGACCCGCUCUUACUGCCGUCCCACCCGACUCUCCUUACGGAUCCGAAGUGGAACCCUCACCCGCUAAUACUGGAAGAUAGACUCUCCCUGGUGGCUUGGACUCUUUCCGGGGCACCUGGCAAGUCGGCGAACUAUCGCAGACUGCUAGGGACCUCUUAUGGGAUUCAUGGGCACCGGGGACGAGAUUAUGCUACCUCUCUGCUUGGACCUCCUGGUCCUCUUGGUGUUUGGAACUGAACCUCGAUCCACUUACGGCACCUAUUCCCACCUUCUUGAAUUUCCUGUUGUCGCUUUUUGCAAGAGGGAAAUCUUAUAGAACUAUCAACAUAGUUCGAUCAGCGCUCUCAGAGGCCCAUAUCCCUAUCCAAGGGAUCCCGGCGGGUAAGGAUCCUAUAGUAUGUUGAUUACUGAGGGGCAUGCGACUCAAACAUCCUCCGGCCCCCAAAUCACCUCUGGGAUGUGGACCUCGUCCUCACCUUCUUAAGAGGAUGGGCGUUUAAUGACAGACUCUCACUCCGCCAACUUUCGGCCAAGAUGACGAUGUUACUUUGCCUAGUCUCUUUUCAUCGGGUAUCCGACGUUAGGGCCUUUCGAAGUCGAUGCCUUUUCAAUAGGUCCUGAAGGGGUCACCUUCCAUGUCUCCCAACGCACCAAAUCGAACUCCACCGCCAUUUUUUACCCCAUUUUCGUCACAGAAUCUCAAUUAUGCAUGGUCGCAGCCUUACUGUCACAUAUUCAUCCGCUUAUAGAAAUGUGGUUAAUGACAUUUACUGUCCAUACAGGAAAAGUUGUGCCGAGCAGCAACCUAAUCCACAGAAGGGUUAAUGCUGAGCAGUAAUUGUGCAAAUGAAACCUGGUGUCACGUAUUCAUCCACUUAUAGAAAAGUGGUUAAUGACAUUUACUGUCCACACAGGAAAAGUUGUGCCGAGCAGCAACCUAAUCCACAAAAGGGUUAAUGCUGAGCAGCAAUUAUGCAAAUGAAACCUGGUAACUAACUUUGGGGUCAAAGGCCGGUUACAGCCUAUCAGAACUAAAGGAGGGGUAUUUAGGCCCAGUUCUCAGCCUGCUCAGUGCCCUGUCGUGGUUUCCCUUGUGGUUGUCUGAGAGCGCGUUCCUGUUUAUAGUUUUCUACCUGGUUUUUGACUUUGGCUUUGUUUAUUGACUUCUCUAUAUUCUGGUAUCCUGACUCCUGGCUUUCCUCAUCGCUGUGUCCCUUUCUGUGUUCCCUGACCUCGGCUAGUAUUUUUGACUAUUCUUUGUACGUUAAAUCCGGCCAUUCUAAGGACCGGUAAUACGUUACUUAUUUGUCAUCCGUGCUGUACAGUUCUACGUGCUGGAUCAAACAGUAAUCCUGACAUUACGACAUGGCCAUAGAUCCUGUAGAACUGUGUCAGCACAUAGCUGCUUGCGAGAGGAAAUUAGAGGAGAAUGAUCACCGCAUGGAUCAAUUCACUCAGGCUUUAAGUACGCUUCUCGCUAGAACGGAGCAUCUGCAGCCUGCAGCGUCUCCUCCUAUAGCACCUCUACCCUGUGUACCUCCACCCACUGUUAAUAGGACUCCUAGCAUCUCCUUAUCACCAUCCCUACAGUUUGAUGGCAAUAUCCAGGAAUGCAGGGGGUUUUCUUAAUCAGGUGGAGUACCAUUUUGAGGCCUCACCAGGGUCAUUCCCCACGGACAGAGCAAGAAUUGGUUAUCUAAUGAAUCAAUUAAAGGGCAAGGCCCUUGCCUGGGCUAAUCCGUUGUGGGAGAGUAAUCGGAGCAUAGCUCAUAAUUACCAGGAAUUCCUUGCCGAAUUCAAGCUCACGUUUGAGCCAUUGGGUAGAGAGGAUGACGCCUCCACUGCCCUAAUGCACAUCAGACAAGGUAACCGGUCUAUCUCGGAUUAUGCUAUUGAAUUCCGUACCUUAGCUUCCGAGGUAGACUGGACUAACAAUGGGUUAAUCUCAGCAUUCAAAAAGGGUCUCUCAGAGACUAUACUAGAUGAGAUAGCCGCUAAAGAAUUACCUAAGAGUCUUAACGAAUUUAUUACGUUUGUCAUGCAUAUUGAUAAUAGGUUAAGACUCAGAGAAGUCACCAGAAGCAAGACCAGACGUACGGCUAUGUCCCUAGCACCUCAAUUCUCUAAACCUGUUUUGUCUAACCUCCCUGUACAGUCCGAACCCGAACCUAUGCAGUUGGGGGUCACUAGACUGUCAGAGGCCGAAAAACAGUAUAGGAGAAGGGAGGGGUUAUGCCUAUAUUGCGGUAGAAAGGGACAUAUGAUAACUAAUUGUCCAGUGCGUCCGGAAAACUUCCGCACCUAAGAACCUUAAGGGGACAGAUCUUAGGUGUGAUGGAGUUGUCCUCUAACAAAAACAAAAGUAGAUUCCUCCUUGAGGUAUCUAUUUCCCUUGAUAACAAGAAGUUUUCUUGCAGUGCCCUAAUGGACUCAGGUGCUGCUGGAAAUUUUAUUGAUGUCCAGUUUAUUAGGGGUAAUGAGAUACCGGUCAGGGAGAGACCUACGCCGCUAGCUGUAGAGGCUAUUGAUGGUAGACCACUCACACAACCGCUUAUAACCCACGAAACUGUCCCUAUUACGAUCUCCAUUGGGGCCUCCCAUAGGGAGGAGAUGACGUUUCAGGUUAUUACUUCUCCAUCAUGUCCUAUCAUAUUAGGGUUUCCGUGGCUGAGUAAGCACAAUCCCUAUAUUGACUGGGCUAAUGGGGAGAUAUUAGAAUGGGGUAAAGAGUGUAUGGGGAGAUGUAUAAAACCAGUACUAAAGAGAUUGGAUACUAUUGACCUUCCCACUACCACUCCCCAAACUCCUGGAGUUCCCAUACAAUACCGAGAACUUCAGGAGGUGUUUAACAAGGCUCAAUCCGAUGUAUUGCCUCCCCACAGAGCAUAUGACUGUGCCAUUAACCUGUUUCCAGGCGCUAUGCCACCUAAGGGGGCAGUUUAUGCCUUAUCUCCCCAGGAGAGUAAAAUAAUGGAGGAAUACAUCAAAGAAUCCUUGAGCAAAGGGCACAUAAGAAAGUCAUCCUCACCAGCUGGUGCAGGAUUCUUUUUUGUUGAGAAAAAGGGUGGUGAGUUACGCCCUUGCAUAGACUACAGGGCACUUAAUAAAAUCACUGUAAAAAAUGCAUACCCUAUCCCACUCAUUUCCGAAUUGUUCGAUAGACUUCAGGGAGCUAAAGUAUUUACUAAGCUUGACCUUAGGAGCGCUUACAAUUUGGUUAGAAUUAAAGAGAAUCAUGAGUGGAAGACGGCAUUUAAUACCCGUAGUGGACACUAUGAAUAUCUGGUAAUGCCAUUUGGGUUAUGCAACGCCCCGGCCGUAUUCCAAGACUUUAUAAAUGAUGUACUCAGGGAAUUCAUUUACUCAUUUGUCUUGGUUUAUUUGGACGAUAUUUUGGUGUAUUCCCUGAUCUUCAAACUCACCACUCCCAUGUGAAACAGGUUCUGCAGACGUUGUUGAAAAAUAAACUUUAUUGUAAAUUAGAAAAGUGCAUAUUUGACCAGCCUGAAGUCCACUUUUUGGGUUACAACAUCUCUGCAUCGGGAUUUCAAAUGGAUCCUAAAAAACUAGAGGCUGUACUACACUGGCCAUUACCCUCUGGUUUAAAAGCCAUUCAAAGGUUUAUUGGUUUUGCCAACUAUUACAGAAGAUUCAUCAAGGGAUUUUCUUCUGUAAUAGCCCCAAUCACAAAUAUGACUCGCAAAGGGGUUAGUAGCACGGUAUGGUCCAAAGAGGCUGUGAAUGCUUUUGAGACUCUUAAACAAAGAUUUGCCUCUGCGGACAUACUAAAACAUCCCGACACUAGUAAACCUUUUAUAUUGGAGGUUGAUGCAUCCGAGACAGGGGUAGGGGCUGUUCUCUCUCAGAGAGAAAGCCAGGGAACACCAUUGCAUCCUUGUGGCUACUUCUCCAGAAAGAUGUCUCCUACUGAGCGCAACUAUGAUAUUGGCAAUAGAGAACUGUUGGCCAUUAUUCUUGCCCUCAAGGAGUGGCGACAUCUUUUGGAGGGUUCCAAGGACCCCCUGUUGAUCAUAACCGACCACAAAAAUCUGGCAUAUAUAGGGGAUGCCAAACGUUUGUCUUCCAGACAGGCUAGAUGGUCACUGUUCCUUUCACGUUUUAACUUUCUCAUUACUUAUAGACCUGGUUCUAAAAAUACCAAGGCUGAUGCCUUGUCCAGGCAAUUUGAUAAUGAGUCAGCUCCGGAACAGGUGACAUCUCCUAUUAUUCCACAGAGUGUAUUAUUGCUACUACUGUCCUCUCACUGUCUUCUCCACUGCUUGGCACCAUACUGGAGGCCCAGCCUCAGGCGCCCAGUGGUAAACCGUGUGAUAAACUGUUCGUUCCCCUAUGUGAAAGGGUUAAUAUCAUGAAAGUGUUCCAUGACAAUAUAACUGCUGGACACCCGGGCAUCAAUAAGUCCACUGCCGCGAUCACUAGAUCAUUUUGGUGGGAUUCACUCAGAAAAGAUGUAAAGGAGUAUGUGCAGGCAUGUUCUGUGUGUGCAGUUUCUAAGGUGACUCAUGCACUUCCUUGUGGCCUGUUGCAGCCUCUUCCUGUUCCUGGUCCCACUUAUCCAUGGACUUUAUUGUUGAACUUCCUAGCUCUGCUGGGUUCACUACUAUUCUCAUGGUAGUAGACUGAUUUUCUAAGAUGGCUCACUUCAUUCCUCUCAAGAAGUUGCCAUCUUCGCAAGAUUUGGUCCUAAUUUUCAUACGUGAAAUUGUCCGUUUGCAUGGCAUCCCCCACAAUAUUGUGUCUGAUAGGGGCUCUCAGUUUGUGUCUAGGUUCUGGAGGGCAUUCAGUAAACAAUUGGGGAUUGAUCUCUCCUUCUCCUCCUCCUACCAUCCACAGACCAAUGGUACAGCUGAGAGGGCUAACCAGUCAUUAGAAGUUUAUUUGCGUUCUUUUAUUAAUAGCACACAAGACAAUUGGUCCGAACUACUCCCAUGGGCCGAGUUCGCUAGAAACAAUGCUGUUCAUGACUCCUCUGGGCACAGUCCAUUUUUUGUCAAUAAUGGUAGGCAUCCUACGGUUCUCCCUGCGGUAUUUUCUGAUACUGCCAUUCCUGCUCUGGAUGAGCGUCUGGCCUCCAUUCGGGAUACCUGGGUUAAGGUUCAAACUGCUCUAGGGGCUGCUGCUGAACACUUCAAACAUUUUGCUGAUAAGCGUAGGAGUGCCAACCCGGUGUACCAAGUGGGGGACCGGGUUUGGUUGUCAUCUCGCAACAUCAAGCUUAAGGUCCCUAGCAUGAAGUUUGCCCCCAGAUUCCUUGGUCCCUAUAGAGUGCUUCGUAGGAUCAAUCCAGUGUCUUACUCUCUGGCUCUUCCUGCAUCUUUAGGGAUUCCCAACACUUUUCAUGUGUCCUUACUCAAACCUCUUGUCUGCAAUAGAUAUACUGUUCCUUGUGUUCCUCCCCCUCCGGUGGUGGUGGGUGGUCAGGAGGAGUAUUAGGUAUCUUCUAUCGUGGAUUCUAGGUUUUCUCGGGGCACUUUACAGUACUUGGUUGUUUGGAAAGGUUACGGUCCUGCUGAUCGUUCUUGGGUUUCGGCUCCUGACCUGCAUGCGGGCCGUAAGAUCCACGCUUUUCACGCUAAAUUUCCUCUCAAGCCUGGUCCUGUGCGCCUGGUGGGCGUUCUUCAGGUGGGGGGUAAUGUCACAUAUUCAUCCGCUUAUAGAAAUGUGGUUAAUGACAUUUACUGUCCAUACAGGAAAAGUUGUGCCGAGCAGCAACCUAAUCCACAGAAGGGUUAAUGCUGAGCAGUAAUUGUGCAAAUGAAACCUGGUGUCACGUAUUCAUCCGCUUAUAGAAAAGUGGUUAAUGACAUUUACUGUCCACACAGGAAAAGUUGUGCCGAGCAGCAACCUAAUCCACAAAAGGGUUAAUGCUGAGCAGCAAUUAUGCAAAUGAAACCUGGUAACUGACUUUGGGGUCAAAGGCCGGUUACAGCCUAUCAGAACUAAAGGAGGGGUAUUUAGGCCCAGUUCUCAGCCUGCUCAGUGCCCUGUCGUGGUUUCCCUUGUGGUUGUCUGAGAGCGCGUUCCUGUUUAUAGUUUUCUACCUGGUUUUUGACUUUGGCUUUGUUUAUUGACUUCUCUAUAUUCUGGUAUCCUGACUCCUGGCUUUCCUCAUCGCUGUGUCCCUUUCUGUGUUCCCUGACCUCGGCUAGUAUUUUUGACUAUUCUUUGUACGUUAAAUCCGGCCAUUCUAAGGACCGGUAAUACGUUACUUAUUUGUCAUCCGUGCUGUACAGUUCUACGUGCUGGAUCAAACAGUAAUCCUGACACUUACGCAGCUACGUGACACCUACUGCCUCUCUCUGCCCGACUUCCUCCGGCCAGCUCCUGAUUUCCUACGUCAAACCUCACAAUCCAGUUUCCUCUAACACUCUCGCUAGAUGGGUACGCUGGAUCUUGUUACUGGCAGGUGUGGAUGCCACUUUCGGGGCUCAUUCGGUGAGAGGCGCGGCUGCUUCUUCGGCCUAUGCAGCCAGAGCAUCACUAUCAGAUGUCCUUCACAUGGCUGACUGGUCCUGCGAAUCCACUUUUCGGACUUUCUACUUUAGACCGAACUCCUGCGCGGUGUUUUCCUUGUUACAUAAGCGUUAAAAAUGAAAAAUACGAAGCCUCCUGUCAUGUAAUAAAAUUGAAGAUUAUGCUAGCUUUAGUGUACUAAUAAUCUUAAUUUUAAUAAAGACAGGAGGCGAGUAUUUUCCCACCCAUACCCAUCCCUUUCGGUCUUCAGGUAUCUCUAUGCUGCUCCUUCUUCAGAUUCAUCUAUCCUUCUAUAGGAAACUAAGUCUCUAACUCUCCCUUCAUCAUUCCGACUGUCCAACGUAUAUUGUGUAUCUCUCGUAUGUCAUGAUUCUUAUACCUUGUUGUACCUUAGGGAGAGAAGUAUCGAUUACUAGUAUAUUGUCAUUAUAGUACUAUAGUCUUACUGAAAUAUGCUAUGCAGAUGCCUUCCAUGUUUUUCAUGGUCUUACGACUAGUACCUAACCUAUUCCACAUUCUCGUUUCAGCGUAGUUCAACGUGGACCUACGGUUACCUUUAUGCGGAUUACCCAAGUUUAUCCUUCACUCCACAUGGAUUAUCCUAAUUCGCUUGGAUUGAUCCUCCUGUUACAGGCCCAAGACUGGUUUUGAUUCAGAAUUGUUUGAACUUUGUCCAUCUGCGAUGUCGCUAGUUGAAAUAGGAGGAGGAGCCUGUUCACUCGGAAUACUAUACCUCCUACUGUUUUUUGAUUGGUUCUUACUACCCUUUUCUUUACUGCUAUGGAGUUUAGUAAAGAGAGUUAUGCAAAAUACUCGCCUCCUGUCUUUAUUAAAAUUAAGAUUAUUAGUACACUAAAGCUAGCAUAAUCUUCAAUUGCACUGGAUAACUAAGGGGUGGGUACAUGAUCCUCGGUACUAAUGGCUACAAAAAAUAUAAGCCUGCAUGAGGCUUCUAUGAGACACAAGACGUUAGAAAGUAAUAAAUAUCAUGUGCUGAAUGCAGAUCAAUUACUUAUCAGACCUUUUGUUUGAUGUUUACUUAUCAAAACCCUUUCAAGACUGAAAGUGAAAACGUACUUAUGAUCUGUUAAGUCUCUCUAAAUAAUGUUGUUGCUGCAGUAACAAUGAAUAACAAAAGAAUUGUAGCAGGUUGGCAAGUGUACUUUAAGACUCAACUAGGAUGGAAAGAGUGAGUCACUGAUCGACGCUAUGAAGCAAGCCAGCUUUUGUUAUGGAAUAUCAAUCUUCUUUAAGUGUGCCCUUGUAUUUUUCAUUUAAACAUUUUUUUUCAAAUUGCAUUAAAUAAUCCUACUCAUCUGCCUCCACGAUUGAGCAAUUUUAUAAAAUAAUGAUAAUUUAAGCUGGUUAAAAUAAAUAUUUUAUUAGGAGAAUCAUUAUGCUAAGGGAUACUUUGUAUUCAUUUUUAUCUUUCAUCGUUAUUUCACUUGAGAAAUAAAGUUGGUGAAAAGAUGAAGUGAGCAGUGGAAAAAUUGUAUAAAGAAGAUUUUACAUAGAUGUUUCAUCAGAUUACAUAUAAGAUUCAGUAGAACAUCCUAAAACACCAUAUAGAUGCUGAAAUAAACCUAAAAUGUUAGACAAACACUAAUCAUUUCCUAUGUACAUUUCAAGGAAAGACUCUAAUGAGAGAAACGUUCAUGUGGAUGCACUGAGAUUGGGUGGCUUUGCAAGAGAUUUGAAAGCUUUCCAAAACAGGGCAGGGUUAUAAAAGCACUUGCUGGAUGAAGAGAGAUUCCUUUUUAACCUCUCCAAACCAACUAAAUUUUUUUUUUAUUUUUUUUUUAUGCAAUUUGGCUUUUUUUCCAUUUGGACUAUUUUCCUUUUAAAUUAUUCUUAAUAUCUGUAAAGUUGAAUUAGAUUUUUAAUAAUUCUAAAGUGUGCCCAUGCAUUUUUCAUUUAAACUUUUAAACUGCACCAUUAAAUAAUGCUUCUCAUCUGCCUGCAUUAUUGCGCAAUUUAAAAAAAAAUAAUGAUAAUUUAGGCUGCAGAAAGCACUGCAGAAUUAUGUGCUUAUCUUGGCCAUAUUUUUCCGUGAAGAGAGAAAAUUGAUCAUUUACAAAUAAUGGCUUUGAUUUAAUAAGCUUCCCAAAUGAUUCAAUACUGUUCAAAACAGUCGGCAAAUUGGCCUCCAUGUAAAAUGAGUCUCUCACCCCAUAUAGUAUGUGCAAUCAAUAUUAAGAAAGGGAAGUAGGUCAGGAAAAAUCUUUGUGAAAUGGUUUUAUAGCAAAUUAAUAAAUGUGGUUUGUACCAAUUUACCCUAAACCAUUGUUGUGGUCGUGACCUAAAUAUGAAUAUUAAUCUCUUAAUACAUAUACGGAACAACAUUAAUAUUUUUAUAAUUCAUGGUAUUAUGGUCGAAUAUGUGGAUAGAAAAUACACAAAACGUUGUAAUAUUAAAUGUAUAUUUAAUAUAACUAUAAUAAAUAAACAGAUGCUAGCAGAAUGUCAAUUUACUACAAUAAUGAUAAUACAAAACUACAACAUAUUACUUACAAAAGGUUGCACAACAUUUUACUUACAAGGCCCCAGCCCUUUGGCUGGGGUUAAGUCAGAGCUGGUACUACAUGAUCAGUCAGGUACAGGCAAAAAGAGAGCUUGCUUCUCCUAACAUCUGGUUUUUAUUCAGUGUAAGUAGGCUGGCCUGUGAUGUCACUGCCAGAAGCACAGGUCUUACUACACACUCCCCCUAGUGGUGCCCCCAAAGCAUUACACUAAAUAUGCUUUACUGACAUCUAGUGGUGCGUCUAAAGCAUUAAGCUCAUUAUGCUUUUUUUAUGACAAAAAGUCAUUAAUUAAUAAAUACCAUUACAACCAUACAGUUGUAUAUUUUUCAGGAGGUACACUCAAGAGCUACCUCUAUUCCACUGUUCCUCCAUUGUUUAACUGUUAUAAAUAAUGAGCUGGUGAGCCAACAUUACAAACAAUUCACAUGUACUAUAAGAAACAUAACAAGGGCACAAUCAGUAACAUUUAAAUAAACAAAAAGUUGGGGAAUAUGAAAAAACCUGGCUCUCCUGUACGAGCCGAAUGGUAUAAAUUUUAGACUGUCCAAUGUUACAGCAAAAGUUGGUUGGCUGAGAUGGUGAUUCCCAUUUGAACAAUCAAGAUGGAGUAUUUUUCACAAUUGUUCAAAUUCAGUUACUAAAUCGUCACAACUCACCGCUCAGCAUAUAAAUCCAUUAGUCUUACGAUAAUUGUACCCGAUGUAGCCCCUAUUCUAUUGCAGUUAUAAUUGCACCAUAUUGUCAGUAUUUGAAUCCCGAUCAAACCACCUAAUCAUAAGUGCCCCUGGGCCAGACACCCAAAGAUACAGUAUAAAUAUACAUGUGCAUUCCUCAACUUCCCAUAGAUUGUUAACUUGUUAGAGUAGAACCUUCUUAACGUUUUCCCCUUUCGAUGAUAGCAAAGCACUGGAGAAUGUGUUGGCGCUAUAUAAAUGCUCAGAAUAAUAAUUUGGUGCAUUCAGUUUUUGCUACUACUAGUACAGGAUGCUUCUAAAUGCAUUUGGGAUGGUGUGAGCCCCUGUUAAUCCCCCCGUUGGGUUACUGGAAGGAACGUACUCUAAGUUAUCCUUGGGAGCAAUGUAACAAGCCCCUAGUGCAGGGGUUCCCAAUGAAUUUUUCCCGAGGAACCCUUUGACAUAGUAUACCAAUAUCGUGGAACCCCCGAAAAAAUUUUUACACUGUAGCACAAACCUUUUAAUAAGUGGCUUUUUUUAUUAUCAUUUCCAAAUAUUUUGCUCAUAAACUGUUUAGUCUUAUGAUACUCCUGAAGCUUUCGCUUAAAAAAGGCAAUGUCUUUAUCUUUGUACUCUAGGUGGUUUUGCUCAAAAUUACGACGUAAUUUAGCAGGUGCUAACGAACUGUUUGACAAUAUUUUCUUGCAAACUAAGCAUUGUGCUUGAGGUAUAUUUUUAUUUCUGGCACUUGUGAAUCCAAAUUUUAAGUAGCUGCCAUCAUAUUUUCUUUUCUUUGUUUGAGAAGAAGAUUGGCUAGCAUUGUGUGCUUUUAUUUUAUUCUUUGACUUGUCACUUGUCUCUGCUGUUUGAGGAACAGUAGAUUCAACUAUUUUGGACUUUGUUGUCUUGAUUUCAUGUUGUAUCGUCUUUCUCAGUUUCUAAAAUUGUCGAACAAUUAGAAGUAGUAAUAAAUUUUCUCUUGAUCGUUCCUUGUUUGAACCAGUUGUCCAAAUUCAUGGUUGUUGGUUGGUAAAAUAAUACAAAAAACACUUCUCUAACCUGAAAAGCUACAGAUCUCACUACCUGAUGUCAAUGGAUGCUGUUUUUUUAUAAUGCUCUUAGAUAGAACUUAAUGUAACAAGGAUUUUGGAUCAGUCUUGGAGCAAAAAGAUUAGAACCAAGGACCAAAUUUCUGGAAUAAAAGGGAUUCAUGACAUAUCACACAUGUCAUGUGUCCUUAAGGGGUUAAACAGGUCUCACUAGCUGACUGCAAAGGAUGCUGUCAUUUUUUUUUAUAAAGCUCUUAGAAAUAAAUGAGCAUAAGCAGGAUAUUUGCUCAAUCUUGGAGUAAAGAGAACACUUUACUACAGAUUUCACCAAAGGACGCUGUUUUAACAGCUCUUAAAAUGAAAAUCUUUUUGGUAUAUCACAGAUUUCUACUGAUAGUACGCAGAAAAAAUUAAAUAUAAAAAUACAUAUAUUUAUAUAUUUAAAUAAAAUUAUAUGCAAAUAAGUAAAAAUAAAUAAAGAAAUAUUUUAAAAUUGCCAAAAUCAUGUGGAUACAGCGGCAUACAUACCGCGGUCACAGGGGUCGUAGCUGCGACCGGGCCUGCCACUCCAGGUGGCCUGGCCGCUCUGCAGACCCCUGUGACCGGGUAUCUGCGCCAUCAUUUUCUACGGCCCCACGCGGGCCGCCGUCCAAGGGGUCCAUCGGGUGGCCCAUGCUGCCAGGGCCACCCAAUGGAUGUGAAUUGUCAGGGAGCCCGGUCAGCACUGGGAGCUUUAACAGCGUGACUGGGCCCUCUGUGAUUACAUAACUGCUGGAAGGAAGUGACCACAUGUCACUCCUGCCAGCUAACACUGAGAGCCUCGCGGGAGGAUACAGAGGGAGUCAGAGUGAGAACUCUGACUCCCAUCCACCUGAGCCAAACCUGGACCCAAGGGAAAGUCACCUUCCUGCACCUUAAAGGUAGGAAACAUUGUGUGUGUGUGUUUGUAUGUAUGUGUGUCUGUCUGUGUGUGUGUCUGCCUGUUUGUAUGUAUGUAUGUGUGUGUGUAUGUGUGUGCACCAGUCUGUGUAUGUAUGUGUGUGUGUGCCUGUCUGUGUAUGUAUGUGUGUCUGUCUGUGUGUGUCUGCCUAUAUGUGUGUGUGUGCUUGUCUGUUUGUAUGUAUGUGCAUCUUGUGUGUGUGUGUGUGUGUCUGUCUCUAUGUUUGUAUGUGUGUAUGUCUGUCUGUGUGUGUGUCUGUUUGUCUGUAUGUGUCUGCCUGUGUGUAUGUGUGCCUGUCUGUUUUUUUAUGUAUGUGUCUUUGUAUGUCUUUUGUAGGCAUAAGGCUAUCCUAACUAUAAGAUAAGGCUAGGGACUAAUGAAAGUAUUUAGAAAAUUGGGCAGACUAGAUGGGCCGAAUGGUUCUUAUCUGCCGUCACAUUCUAUGUUUCUAUGUUUCUAUGUAUGUGUGUCUUGUGUGUGUGUGUGUGUGUGUGUCUGUAUGUGUGCCUGUCUGUUUGUAUGUAUGUGUCUGUGUGCCUGUCUGUGUGUUGGUCUGUAUGUAUAUCUGUGUGUGUCUGUCUAUAUGUAUAUAUGUGUGCCUGUCUGUUUGUAUGUAUGUGUCUGUGUGUAUAUGUGUAUGUGUCUAUGUGUGUGUGUGUCUUCUGUAGUAUGUGUGUGUGUCUGUCGGGGGGGGGAAGGGAGGGGGAGGGCACAGAUCAUUUUCGCACCGGGGCCCCAUGGUUUGUGUGUACGCCACUGUGUGGAUACUCUCAUUUUACUCUUGCAAUUAUUUGGUAGUUAGAAGAAACUGCAGCUACUCCCAUGAAUACUAUAUGUCACUAUGCAAGCAAGCCUCACUUCAAGCACAAGUCAAACCCCUGCUCUUGUGAUUACAAUAGGGAACUACAUGGAGCGUUCAUUAUAAUAAAUUAGAUAUUGCACUUGGAUCAAUAUGCAAAGUCAGUGUAAGACAUCUUAACAAUAGCCCAGAGAGGAAUGGGAGAAUACUGAAGGAGAGAGGAGUAAAAGAAUACAGGGAGGAAAGAGGAGUGAAGGAAUCCAGGGAGGAGAGAAAAGUUAAUGAAUGCUGGGAGGAGAGAGGAAUGAAGGAAUACUGGGCUGGGAGGAAUUCUUUCCUUAAAUGAUGCUGGGCGGGCUGACGCUGGGCGAGCUGACACAGGAAAGGCAUGCAUAAGUGUGUAGCAAUCUCACGAUCUCUUUAUUAGAUCGCGGCCGCACGAUCUCUGCUGUUUCCGACCUUCCAGGAACAGCAGGGAGCGGCGGCCAUCUUGGAUGGGGCAAUUCACGGCGGAACCCCAAUUUUGUUCUCGCGGAAUCCUAGGGUUCUGCGGAACACCAAUUGGGAAACGCUGCCCUAGUACAAACCAGGCUCAGAUAUUAUAGCUAUACAAUUCAGUGGAGAGACCUCCAACCUGAUAAGACAUAUCGGUUCUCUAACCACAAAUUUAGUUAGAUGAGAUUAUGGUUGUGAACAGUGAGGUUAGCAUAUGUAAAUAUCCUAUAAAAGAUUAUUGAUUUUUUAUUAUUUAAUUUUUUUUAUUGCACAUGCAUUUUCUUGUGCUCUACUUUUUACAUGGUCCAGUCAGAUGCAGGAUUAGGAAAUGAGCAGACAGUAAUCUGUCUGUCCAAGGGGCCUGGCUGCAGCUUGGAUGUGUCUAAACCCUCCAUAAAGAAUGCCUCUCUACUUGUAGACAUGUUUUGUAACGUAUUAUGGGUUGAACUUUUAUCACAUGAAGUCACAUUUACAUCUUUUAAUAGUUUCUCAAUGUAUUUGGGAUCACGUCCAUUCCUUCCCCACCUUACAUUUUUCCCUGUUAUCUCCUCUCCUGCAAAUAUAAUUAAUGCUUUAUAUGUCUCCUAUAUUACAUGACAAUUUUGUCUACACAAUCCAUCAUCUUAUGAACUAUGUAUCUGUGACAGUAAAUUUGACAGUUUCAGAGCUAUUUGAAUAAAUAUGACAGCACUAUUCAUUCGCAAUGAGAUGCUAAACAGCUUGUGGUUAUUCCUUAACAUACAUUUUCUGAGAUCCCAUUCCUAUUAAUUAAGACUGACCUUUUCUAUGUACAUGUAUAUUUAAUCCAAUAUAUUGUAAAAUUCAAUUGUCCUGGCCAUCCCCAUUACCACGGUAUUGUGCAAUUUCAGUUCACGUAAAGACAAGCAAGCUCAUGACUAAAUAAAACAUUCUGCCCAAAUUGUCUUUCACUUUACCCUUCAGAAUUAGAAUAAAGAAAUAUUAAAUGAAAUAUGGGCUGCUGUUUGUGAUUGGAUUGUAAAUCACAUCACUCCUAGCAGUGGCUGUUGCUGAUAGGUGUUGUAGUUCAGCAGUUGCUGGACUGAGAUCUGGGCUUUGAUUGGGUCACGCCAUUCAUGGUCUUAGUUUUAAUCCCAUCCAGUGUAGCUCUGUCUGUGCGUUUAGGGUCAAUACCUUGAUGGAAAGUGAACCCCUACCCCAGUCUCCAGUGUCUUGCCCAGACUCAUUAUUUUAGUUUUAAACUCUUUUUUUUGUCAUGUAGCAAUGACAAGUAAGCAAGUGUCAAUUUACAACAAUUGUAAAGCAAUAUAAAAAUGUUUUGUAGUUGGCAUAUUUUGCAUGACAUUUUCCAUAUGUUUGAACGAAAACAUAAAGAUAAAAUAAAUAAAAAUUUCAAAUUUAAACGUUAUUAACAUUUCAACUAAAUAUAAAACAUAAGUACUUGAAUGCACUGGUUUACUAUUUUGUGCUGAUUAGCACUGUGAGUGAGGUCUACUGCCAAAUCUAAUCCACCUAGUGUAGACAUUCUAUUAUCUUGCGAUGUUGCUAAAUCGUUAUGGGGGUUGGCCUGCUAUAACCCUGGUCAAGUACCAAUCUGUAAAUUCAAAACUGGAGUUAAUCCAGUGUUGUAGAAUACUCUUUUUUUUUGCGGCUGUCAAAAUCAAAUGAGCCAGUUUUGAAACCCAGUUAGUCACUUUUGGAAAGUUACACGGUCAAAUUUAGCACAUUACAUUUUUUAGUUUAUACACAUUGAAAUUUGCCAGACUGGUUACGUUGCCUUUGAGACCGUAUGGUAGCCCAGGAAUGAGAAUUACCCCUAUGAUGGCAUACCAUUUGCAAUAGUAGACAACACAAUGUAUUGCAAAUGGGGUAUGUUCUGUUUUUUUUAGUAGCCACGUAGUCACAGAUACUGGCCAAAUUAGCGUUCAAAUCUGUUUUGUGCAUUUUUCACACACAAACAAAUUAGAAUGCUAACUUUGGCCAGUGUUUGUGACUAAGUGGCUACUAAGAAAGACUGGACAUACCCCAUUUGUAAUAUCUUGGGUUGUCUACUUUUGCAAAUCAUAUACUAUCAUGGGGGCCAUUUUCAUUCCUGGGCUACCAAACGGUCUAAAAGGCAACAUAACCAGUCUGGCAAAUUUCAAUGUGCAUAAACUAAAAAAAUGUAAUGUGCUCAAUUUGACCAUGUAACUUUCCAAAACACUAUAAAACCUGUAUUUGGGGGGUGCUAUUUUACUUGUGAGACUUCACUGAAUACAAAUAUGUGCAUUUUAUUGCAGUAACAGCUAACAGUAUUAUGACAUUAAAUACCAUGCAGAACUAAAAAAAUGUAAAAACAAAUCUUAAUUUUUAAUUUUUCUUUAAUAUUUUAUUCAUAUUGAAUUAUGUUACAUAUAUAAAUAUUGAUUUCAUGAUGUGACAUGAAAGUUCUGUUUUGCCUGAACAAAAUGAUAUAUAAUAAGUGUGGAUGCAUUUAAUAGAAAGAGGUGAAUUACGGUUGAACAGACAUAUAGCGCAAAUUCAAGGUUUUGUUUAUGUUUUCUUUUGAUCACAACUUGUACAACUGCCUCAGUCCUUAUGGGGUUAAUUAGUGAAAACAACCUUAAAUCCCUAUUAUGGACUAAUUUCUAAUACCGUCAGUAAACAGCUGCCUUAUGCUGUCGCUGUUAACCACUGGUAACUAGUAGAGGCUACUAAUUAAUGACUGGUUUCCAACCUUUGUCACUAUCUUGUACUUGCUAGCCGCCAAUAAUGUUGGUUGAUUCACAAAGAUUCUAUCUAGUUUGAAAUUAGCCACUGACAAGGUACAAAAGGCAGCAAGAGUAGAAGAAAAGUAGCAAUGACGGUACAAUGACCUUCUGAUGGUGUCCACCCAGUGCUGGCCACCCCACUAACCGCCACCACACACAUAUAUGAGCAAUGAAUGGAGAGGGUGUAUUCAUCUAAUGGGGGGAGGUGAGACUUGUAUUUCAGGCUGUUUAAUUAUUCUAAUAUUCCAGAAGAGUUAUGACUAACCUUGAACAGCAGAUGUUUUAAAACUACAUUUCCCAUGGUGCUUAGUGAGCCUCUAGGAAACAUCAGUCACUGCCAUCAAUGUAAUUCAAGCAAGCAGAUUGCAUAGAUGAGUAGCUACUAGGUUCCGCUUGGGUAAUAGGAUGCGAAAGAAGGAUGGACAUCAAGAUUUGAUUAGCAGUAAGUGAUCAGUGAAGAGUGUGUUUCAGAGUUCAGACCCAGGCUGUAAGCUUUAUCUAAGGCUAAGUAAGCUGUGCCCCUCGGUUACCUUGUCUCACUGUUUAAUGUACCAAAUAACUCUUUAUAGCUACUCACUUGCAUUAUGUCUUUAAAAACAAUAUGUUUUAUUAUUGAUUUAUUUCAUGGUUACUUUCAGAAAUGUUUUAAGAAACUAAAUAGAACUGAUGCCUGCUCAUAUUCAAUUGAGCUGUCUUUAUUCCAGCCGUAUUAUCAUCUAUGCGAGUAUAUAUAUAUACAGUUGCAAGAAAAAGUAUGUGAACCCUUUGGAAUGAUAUGGAUUUCUGCACAAAUUGGUCAUAAAAUGUGAUCUGCUCAUCAUCUAAGUCACAACAAUAGACAAUCACAGUCUGUUUAAACUAAUAACACACAAAGAAUGAAAUGUUUUUAUUGAACACGCCAUGUAAACAUUCACAGUGCAGGUGGAAAAAGUAUGUGAACCCCUAGACUAAUGACAUCUGCAAGAGCUAAUUGGAGUGAGAUGUCAGCCAACUAAAGUCCAAUCAAUGAGAUGAGAUUGGAGGUGUUGGUUACAGCUGCCCUGCCCUAUAAAAACACACACCAGUUCUGGAUUUGCUUUUCACAAGAAGCAUUGCCUGAUGUGAAUGAUGCCUCGCACAAAAGAGCUCUCAGUAGACCUACGAUUAAGAAUUGUUGACUUGCAUAAAGUUGGAAAGGGUUAUAAAAGUAUCUCCAAAAGCGUUGCUGUUCAUCAGUCCACGGUAAGUUCAGCACUGCUGCUACUCUCCCUAGGAGUGGGCAUCCUAUAAAGAUGACUGCAAGAGCACAGCGCAGACUGCUCAAUGAGGUGAAGAUGAAUCCUAGAGUGUCAGCUAAAGACUUACAAAAGUCACUGGCAAAUGCUAACAUCCCUGUUAGCGAAUCUACAAUACGUAAAACACUAAACAAGAAUGGAUUUCAUGGGAGGAUACCACAGAGGAAGCCACUGCUGUCCAAACAAAACAUUGCUGCACGUUUACAGUUUGCACAAGAGUACCUGGAUGUUCCACAGCAGUACUGGCAAAAUAUUCUGUGGACAGAUGAAACCAAAGUUGAGUUGUUUGGAAGAAACACACAACACUAUGUGUGGCGAAAAAAGGCACAGCACACCAACAUCAAAACCUCAUCCCAACUGUGAAGUAUGGUGGUGGGGGCAUCAUGGUUUGGGGCUGCUUUGCUGCGUCAGGGCCUGGACGGAUUGCUAUCAUCGAAGGAAAAAUGAAUUCCCAAGUUUAUCAAGCCAUUUUGCAGGAGAACUUAAUGCUAUCUGUCUACUAGCUGAAGCUCAACAGAAGAUGGGUGUUGCAACAGGACAAUGACCCAAAGCAUAGAAGUAAAUAAACAACAGAAUGGCUUAAACAAAAGAAAAUACACCUUCUGAAGUGGCCCUGUCAGAGUCCUGACCUCAACCCGAUUGAGAUGCUGUGGCAUGACCUCAAGAAAGCGAUUCACACCAGACAUACCAAGAAUAUUGCUGAACUGAAACAGUUCUGUAAAGAGGAAUGGUCAAGAAUUACUCCUGACCAUUGUGCAUGUCUGAUCUGCAACUAGAGGAAACGUUUGGUUGAAGUUAUUGCUGCCAAAGGAGGUUCAACCAGUUAUUAAAUCCAAGGGUUCACAUACUUUUUCCACCUGCACUGUGAAUGUUUACAUGGUGUGUUCAAUAAAAACAUGGCAACAUUUCAUUCUUUGUGUGUUAUUAGUUUAAGCAGACUGUGGCUGUCUAUUGUUGUGACUUAGAUGAUGAUCAGAUCACAUUUUAUGACCAAUUUGUGCAGAAAUCCAUAUCAUUCCAAAGGGUUCACAUACUUUUUCUUGCGACUGUAUAUAUAUAUAUACAUAUAUAUAUAUUCCACACAGUUACUGUAUUGACUGAACACACUCAAAACAUGGUUUUAGUGUAAAUGAUUUGGGUUUAGUGACUUAGCAAGUAGCAAGUACGAUAGCGACCAUCUUCCCAUUAACCCUUUCAUACCUCAUUUCCUUAUUGUCACAGCCUCUGUUACAAACUCAGAUCAGUUCAAAUCCAGAUGAUACGUCUAGAAAUGUUUUUAUUCUUUAUAGGGACACUAUAGGCACCCAGACAACUUCAGCACAUUGAAGUGGUUUUAACCCUGCAAAAGUAAUUACUGCAGUUUUUUAUAAACUGCAAUAAUUACGUUAGCGGGUUAACUCCACAUCUAGUGGCUGUCUACCAGACAUGAGGACAUCCAGCGUUACCCAAAAAGCACUGUAUAAUCCCUAAUGCGCUCGCGGCGCAAUAGUUUUCCCCCUGCCGACGUCGGUAGAGGAGGAGUGGAGGAAAAGCCUAAACCAGCGCUGAGGGUCAUUCGAGCUGGAAUAAGGAUUUUUAAUCUUUUCUGUACCACGGAGGGGGGAUGUGAGGGGAUGUUUAGGCGAGGGCGCUAUAGGGAGGUGUAGUGCUAAGAAAACAAGGUUUCCCUUUAAGGGUUGCUUUGAGAGGUGAUUAUCUUGAUGGGAUUAAAUUUAUGUGCGCUAAUAUAGCAUGUAUGGAAGAGGGCGAGUAUAAUAUAUUCAUCUUCAUAUUCUCAUUCUUUAUCCAGAAACACUUUGUAAACAUUUCAUUAUUCUUCCAUUCUAAGACUAACGAGUGCCUUGGGUCUACCAGUGUGGCUCUGGGCAUAGCAUUUCAGUAAAAUAAACCAAUUGAUUUUCACGCAGUGACUUAAAAUGACAAGUAUUUCAGAUCUGGGCUCUCAGCCAGGAAAUUUUACAUUCUAACUAGUAACUGGUGUAUCUCCAAAGGUCACCUUCACUUUUCAAUGGACAGAUUGUCUCUAAAUUUUCAUUCAUGCCUCUGGUAAUGAAAUGCAUCAAGGCCUCGAUAUAUAUUUUCUUUUUUAAUGCUUUUAGUCCAUUUCAUUUUUUGUUUUCCAAGAAACAGCUAAUUAGCAACAUAUUUUCAGGGACAGGUAUAAAAACGACAAUGACAAAUAAACUGUAAAUAAAAGUGUGUAGAAUGUAACAGAUCAGAUGUUUGAAGGAUAAUUUAGGGAUUUGUUUAAUAACCUUUGGGAAAUGUGGCAGAAUGUGGAGCCACAUGAAUUAUGAUUCAACAAACAAGACUUAAAAAAUUCAUUUUCUGUAUACCUUGAUAAGGACAUUAAAUUCAGUUUUUACUCUUCAGCACUAAAACAUAGCAAAAUACGGUGUAACUUAGAACCUGCCUAAAACAAACGGGAGCUGGUAAAUGUAUAAAAUAUUAUAUUGAAUAGAAUGUAUAUAAUGUAUUUAGACAUACUGUAGAUGCAUUAUGUGUGUGCCUUGUUCCUGCAUGGAUACUGUGAUAAUACUUUGCCUAUCAAAUUAGUUUCAAGGGUAAUUUUGUCUUUUCUCAGCGGGCAUUCUGAAAGUUUGAGGUUUAUUAGUGUUCAGAGAUACUAGAUUUACACAUCUUGGCACUUUCAUGGCUCACCAGGAGCCACGCUGGUUUUGAGUGGCUGUAUAAUAAUUUCUUUUAGAUAUGAAAUCACAACUGACUGCUGCUAAAUGUCAUCUCAAAUCCCAUUGGUGUUGGGGAGAUCUGACAUCUUAUUCAAGACCCCCGGAUAGUUAACACGUCUUCCAGACCAUUAACUUUCUAAUCUGGAGCAACAGAUUUUCUGUGACAUUUCAGGAACAUACACAAAUGGAUUUAAUAGAUUACAGUCUUCUUGAAUUCAGUAAGGACUUAGUUAUUAUUCCUUAUGAUUUUACAUUGCUUCUAAACGUGACUGUAGAAUACAACACCAGCAGACCGUGUUUGCUACGAGAAAACAGAUUUGUACAUAAAAUUGCAAGUAGUUAAAGGACCACUCUAGGCACCCAGACCACUUCAGCUUAAUGAAGUGGUCUGGGUGCCAGGUCCAGCUAGGCUUAACCCAUUUUUUAAUAAACAUAGCAGUUUCAGAGAAACUGCUAUGUUUAUCAAUGGGUUAAGCCUUCCCCUAUUUCCUCUAGUGACUGUCUCAUUGACAGCCACUAGAGGCGCUUGCGUGCUUCUCACUGUGAUUUUCACAGUGAGAGCAUGCCAGCGUCCAUAGGAAAGCAUUGAGAAUGCUUUCCUAUGUGACAGGCUGAAUGCGCGCGCAGUUCUUGCCGCGCAUGCGCAUUCAGCCGACGGGGAGGAGAGAAGGAGGAUCGGAGGAGUAGAGCUCCCCGCCCAGUGCUGGAAAAAGGUAAGUUUUAACCCCUUUACCCCUUCCAGAGCCCGGCGUGAAGGGGACCCUGAGGGUGGGGGCACCCUCAGGGCACUAUAGUGCCAGGAAAACGAGUAUGUUUUCCUGGCACUAUAGUGGUCCUUUAACUUGGACAACAAAUAAAAAGAAUUUUACAGAAUUCUCCAAAGUUAUCACAGAGUUGCUCCUGUUUUAUAAAUGUUUUUUUAAUUAUGUUACAAUUGUGAAAGAGAAUUAGCACACAACCAGUUAGAGUUUUGGGCUCUUACUUAACUUGAUUGGGAAAAACAACCGUUUAAAAAAAAGAAAAGGAUAAAAUGGCCUUCCUUAUUCGAGUCCUUUUGACUUUUGGCAAACAUGUGGUUGGAUACCAUUUGCAGUUAUGUAAUCUCUAUAUAAAUUGAAUAUAAAUUGGAAUAGUACUGUAAAUGUUGUGACCCUGAUUGGAUUAGGAGAAAUGCCAAUGAAUAUCUUGCCCGCAGAGCCAGAUAUGAUAACUAAUAGCGACAUAAAAACCUUCACAAAACACAUUAAAUAACAAAGUAACAGGUAACCUAUGGUUAGAAGAAAGAGAAAAAAACACACAAAAAUAAAGGCUUCUUCAAAUUUAUUUUUUAGAAAAGACAGAUGAAAAUAUCUAUUUUUAUUGACAACCCUUAAUCAAAUAUUUUUCAAUAACUAAAACUAAUCAGCCCGUGGAUCAUGACAAACAUUCCUACAUUCACUGACCUGUUAUAUUUAACGCUAUAAUGCUUAAUGUUAUGUUAUUUAAAGAGCAAUAUGCAUUGCAUCGAAUGUGCCAUACUGGAUUAAGGGAACCUGCAGCGAGACACCUCAAUAAUGUCUUGUUAAGUUAAAUCUUUGCCCCUAACACCAAAGUAAAAGGCAUCAACUAUUCUAUUUGAAUUUGAACAAUUGUUUAGCUUGUGUAAUAAUAUUAUCUAAUGCAUAUUUGUAUUUGGUAAAUUCCAACGACAAUUGGUAAUGAUUAACCUGUCAUAUGGGAACAUAUUUAUUUACAGAGUCGAAUAAAGACUGCCCUGGUACUGUCUGUUGAGGAGUUCGCUAAGUGUGCCUUUGUGUGCUAGUUGAGAGUUGUGUGUGGUGGUUGUAUUUUAUGUGUAAAGGGGAAUUUGUGGCUUUGUGUUGAGUGUGUGAUGUUUGAGUGUGCCCUUACACAGCUUUCCCUACUUUUUUCCCAUAUGCCCCCCUCCUGCUUACCUUGUGGCAGCAGGGGAUGUUAUCCCAAGUGACCCAGUUGAGUGCACUCUUGGACUCUAUCGUGGUCUGAUGUUGGAGCAUCAUGGUCCGCACCUGUCUCUAGUGCAGAUCACUUUAAGUGCUCCCUUGCAGUUUCCUGUGCUCAUUCAAUGUCUAUGGCACUCUGAAUUAUUGAGUAACGCUGAGGGGCCAUGAGGAAGUUCUUAACGUGAUCUGAACCCAAAAUAUGCUUAAUUUUAAUAAACUUUCCAAAUGAUCCAAGAGUGUUAGAAAAACUUAACAAAUGAUUUAUUUAAAAAAAAUUCCAUGACAUCUGUGACUUCUGUAGAUAAAUAAUUUAGGCAGUUUUUAUAACAGUACUGAACAACUUGGAAAGUUUAUUAAGUCGAGACCAUUGUUUCAGACAAAGAUCCAUGAGAAAGUAAGGGGGCACCAGGCCAAGCAGGGAGAUCGACCUGCUAUUUUAGGGAGGCCCUCCCCCCAGAGACAGAAUCCCAGAGUAUUCAGGGAAGAUGAGGAGACAGAGUGCAUUGAUAUAUGGGGAAGAAAAAAAAAGUGAGUUAGGGGCUUAUCCCCCGUCAUGUUACCCCACCAGCACGCAUUAACUCACAUAACACCCUAUUCUUCUUUGCACUUAUUAUAUGUUUCAGUACCUACAUUUAUAUUGUGUACUAUUAUAGAAAUGAUAUGCUCACAAUUUGUAAUGUUACGUAUGCAUUUUAAUGUUUAUUUUUGUUCACUAGUGUUUGAUUCUUUUUACACUAGUUGUGUUUUUUUUGUACUUAAUAUAAAUCACUUUGUAUUCACUGGUUGUGUUUUUGUUUUUGUACUUAAUAUAAAUCACUUUGUAUUGUACCUUCUAAGCUGUAAAUUUAAACUUUCAUUACUAAAAACAUAUUUAUACAUAAGACAAACACAGUUCUGAAAUUCAAAGGGUUAAUAUGAAUAUGUCAUUGCAAAAAUAUAGUAAUGACAUUUGUAUAGAGAAAAUGUUUGUAUGUCACAGAAAAAUGAGAGGGAUUUAAAAUGAUGCUUAUUCAUUCAGACUUAAUACCAUAUCUGACAAAGCUUAAUUAUUCUUUAUAAACAUUCGAAAAGACAAGGCGCCACGCUUGUUUAAUUAUGGCAAAGAACACCGAAUACAGAAGCUUAGCAUGAAUCCAGCUUCAAUAAUUCUUAUGCGCAAAAUGGAUUGUGGGGACAUUUCGUGCCUCAAAUUCAUAGCUGCCAUCUUAAUAAUGGAUUGAAAUAAAUACAUAGAUUCCAUUCUAAUAAUAACACAAAUGUUUAUCUCUUGUCCUGUUACCUCUCCCAAAUGGAGACGGCUUUCCAUGAUUUUUAAUUAUGUGAGAGCUACAAACCUUUCUAGUUUUGAUGACCUUCUCAAAGUGUUUGCUUCACAAUCUGCAUCUGCAGGAUACCUUGUCUAAUGUGAAUUCCCUCUGUGCUUUCUUGGGACAAUAGUACCGCUACAAACAUUGGAAUCACAUUGCUUUCCAAAAGGACAUACUGAAAAGGAGACACAAUAUGACUUGAUAAUCUACUGACAGCUUAAAUUACUAAAAUGCCAGGAAGGAGAAUAAACGUAAUGAUAUGAAAAUGCAAACAUACAAUAUUUAAAGAGGUUCACAAAAUAUCACAAAUAGUCUUCUCGCCCUUACAAAGUAUAGUAAAAUGUCUAUUCCUUAUACACUGCUAAAAAAAUAAAGGGAACGAACACUUAAACAACACAAUGUAACUCCAAGUCAAUCACACUUCUCUGAAAUCAAACUGUCCACUUAGGAAGCAACACUGAGUGACAAUUAAUUUCACAUGCUGUUGUGCAAAUGGGAUUGACAACAGGUGGAAAUUAUAGGCAAUUAGCAAGACACCCCCAAUAAAGAAGUGGUUCUGCAGGUGGUGACCACAGACAACAUCUCAGUUCCUAUGCUUCCUGGCUGAUGUUUUGGUCACUUUUGAAUGCUGGUGGUGCUUUCACUCUAGUGGUAGCAUGAGACAGAGUCUACAACCCACACAAGUGGCUCUGGUAGUGCAGCUCAUCCAGGAUGGCACAUCAAUGCGAGCUGUGGCAAGAAGGUUUGCUGUGUCUGUCAGCGUAGUGUCCAGAGCAUGGAGGCACUACCAGGAGGCAGGAAAGUACAUCAGGGGACGUGGAGGAGGCCGUAGGAGGGCAACAACCCAGCAGCAGGACCGCUACCUCCGCCUUUGUGCAAGGAGGAACAGGAGGAGCACUGCCAGAGCCCUGCAAAAUGACCUCCAGCAGGCCACAAAUGUGCAUGUGUCCACUCAAACGGUAAGAAACAGACUCCAUGAGGGUGGUAUGAGGGCCCGACAUCCACAUGUGGGGGUUGUGCUUACAGCCCAACACCGUGCAGGAUGUUUGGCAUUUGCCAGAGAACACCAAGAUUGGCAAAUUCGCCACUGGCGCCCUGUGUUCUUCACAGAUGAAAGCAGGUUCACACUCAGCAUAUGUGACAGACGUGACAGAGUCUGGAGACGCAGUGGAGAACGUUCUGCUGCAUGCAACAUCCUCCAGCAUGACCGGUUUGGCAGUGGGUCAGUAAUGGUGUGGGGUGGCAUUUCUUUGGGGGGCCGCACAGCCCUCCAUGUGCUCGCCAGAGGUAGGCUGACUGCCAUUAGGUACCGAGAUGAGAUCCUCAGACCCCUUGUGAAACCAUAUGCUGGUGCGGUUGGCCCUGGGUUCCUCCUAAUGCAAGACAAUGCUAGACCUCAUGUGGCUGGAGUGUGUCAGCAGUUCCUGCAAGACGAAGGCAUUGAUGCUAUGGACUGGCCCACCCGUUCCCCAGACCUGAAUCCAAUUGAGCACAUCUGGGACAUCAUGUCUCGCUCCAUCCACCAACAUCACGUUGCACCACAGACUGUCCAGGAGUUGGCAGAUGUUUUAGUCCAGGUCUGGGAGGAGAUCCCUCAGGAGACCAUCCGCCACCUAAUCAGCAUUAUGCACAGGCAUUGUAGGGAGGUCAUACAGGCACGUGGAGGCCACACACACUACUGAGCCUCAUUUUGACUUGUUUUAAGGACAUUACAUCAAAGUUGGAUCAGCCUGUAGUGUGAUUUUCCACUUUAAUUUUGAGUGUGACUCCAAAUCCAGACCUCUGUGGGUUGAAAAAUUUGAUUUCCAUUCUUAAGUUUUGUGUGAUUUUGUUAUCAGCACAUUCAACUAUGUAAAGAACAAAGUAUUUCAGAAGAAUAUUUAAUUCAUUCAAAUCUAGGAUGUGUUUUUUUUUGUGUUCCCUUUAUUUUUUUGGAGCAGUGUAUUUCUAAAUCUGUUUCGAGUAUUUUUAUUUUUUUAAAUCCAGUUAAACCUUAACCAUUUUGGGCUCAGGGUCUCAUCAGAGAGUCAAAAAAACAAAAACAAAAACAACGCAUGUGCUGUUUCCAAUGAGAAGCUCAAAGGUACUCUGAAAAUAACGGACUCUUAUCAGUAGCCUUGUUUUUUUAAUAGUAAGUUUUGCAAAAUGCAAUUCAACUCCAAUAUGGAAGCCUCCAGGGUGAAGUGGACAGAUCUUCCAGUGGUAAAUUCUGCUAAGCUUACUAUAGUUUGGGUACAUGAAAUGCUAAUUUCUACAACAAAGCAUACAACUGACAGUGCCCCUUUAAUGAAAGUGUCAUGUAAUGUACCUUAACCAAUAUAAUGCUGUCUUUGAAAGUGUAUACAAAUUAGCACAAUUCUUUUAUUUCUGUAUUUUGGUAUGAUUACAAAAAAUCAACAUGAUGGUUUAAUCACAGAUAGGAGGCUCAUGCAGGAUUAAUAAGGCUUUCAACAGAGUAGGAUAUAAUAAAUUCUAAAUUAAACUGACUGUGGAGGACAUUUAAGGACAUUUAAACAUUAAAUCUCUCUUUAUAGGAAGUGUUUAGGAAGGCUGUGUAAGUCAUGUGCAGGAAGGUGUGGCUAGGGCUGCAUGAACAAGUGAUUUAACCCCUAAAUGGCAGAGAAUUGAGUAGUGAGACUGCAGGGGCAUGAUCUAUACACCAAAACUGCCUCAUUAAGCUAAAGUGCCUAUAGUAUAUCUUUAAUAUCUGUCUUAGUGGUACAUUGUAUUGAUUUUUCAUUUUUAGACGCAUAAACUGCAAACGAACUGGUUUGGUGAUGUAAAUUUCUAUAAAAUAUGGUGUAUUUUUGAGCAGAGAAUAGAGGCUUUGAAAAAACUAGCAAUGUUAAUCCCUUUUUCUUUGUGUCCACAGGUUUCUUUUUAUGUAAUAGUUAAAGCAAUCUACACGUUUGGACACAGUGUCUCAUUGAUAGCACUGACAAUAGGGAGUACAAUUCUGUGCCUAUUCAGGUAGGUGCCUUGUGAUGAAUCAUUUAAUUUCUGUUGGAUUUUAUACACUUAAUAUAGACUUAUAUAUACAUCAUACUAAUGGGGUAUUUUAAUUAACAUAUCAAGCGAAAUUCUCAACUCAGUAACACACUAUGUGUCCAAGUACUUAAUGGUACAAUCUCAAAAAAGAAAACAAUAACGAGGAGAGAAAGCGAGCCAGUAUAAACUUUAUUAUGGAUGGGAAGUGUCUUAGUAAUUUUGUGUUGAAACCAUUAAUAUGUCAUCCUUCAAAAGGGUGUAGUGGCUUCUCAGGAGUCACGGUAGCAAGUUCAUGGGGAGCAAAUGAAGAAAUGGUUCCAGUGAUAGGUGGUCUCCUCUGUGGAGGUGAAUGCAAACAGAUGUGACAACAGACAUGAUGCCCCACAGAUUGAUAUGAAGAGACAACAGGGUGGGCAAACACAGUCCCUAUAUGAAUAGCUUGAGGCCGAGUUGGACGUGUAGGGCAGUAGAUGAUGGAGUGCUCUCCCUAACCACAAUAAAAGCAUAGGUCUUUAUUCCACCAGCGAGCUAUUUCCUUGAGGGAAAGUGCCUUUUCACAUGGGUUCCUCAGAGUUCAGUGUUGAUUUAUAAGACAUUCCAGGAUAGUGAAUGCAUCGGGUAUGUGUGCUUAUAAGGUCCUCUGGUAUGGAACCACUUUAUCAAUUAACACUUCAAAUGGGUCAAUAUGACAACGUUGUGUCUUGUAUCAACAAAAGAUCCCUGAAAAUCUGUGCUGUGUUCGUUUUCUUCAAGACACCGUGAUUCGCGGGAACGGAGAGAAGUAACUGAAGGUUGACGGAAGCAGUCAAACAUGGAGUCAAUAGCUUUCAUAAAUAAGUCCCUGGUGUCCAGAUCAGGCUUUUUGCAAGAAGCAGCUGGUGUGCCCAGGGUUUAAGUUGCCCAGAUAACAGGUUGAUAGCAGGUCACACUUCAACAAACUCUGUAGCAUAGGUACGUGGUUUCAAGGAGAACAGUCCAUCUUAAAGAAGCUGUAAUUAUCUUGUUCAGCUAUUUUGAUUUCAUUUUAAUGUACCUAUAAUUACUUUGUAUACCAGAAAGUUCAAACUUUAGUGCAUAAUUCAAUAAUCUUGACAGCAGAGAAUCGCAUAAAUACAAAGAAAUACAGAGAGGGGAAAACAAUUACAGUAGAGAGGUAUAAUCAAAGACACAAAAUAUUUCAAACUGUUGACAGUUAUUAUAACUGUAAUUUGAGAUUAUUUUACCACUUACUAUAGUGUCAUGUUUACAUCUACAGACUGUUUAUGCUAAACGGUGAAAUAUAAUGAACUAAGAAACAAAUUCCAAAACAGUACAUACAUACAAAAGGAUGAGUUUGUAGGUUCUUGGGUAGAUGGUUUUAGGUGAUACAAAAAUAUAUAACGAUGCAAGCUGAAAAAAUAGUUGUUGUUAAUAAAGUAUCUCUUGCACUUUACUUGCUGUCCAGUGGAUCUGUAAGGUGGACCAGAAGACGUGAAACCAACAGGGGUACAAGAAGGGAGUGGGAUCCACUUAAAUAUUCCCAACACAACUACAUAUUGAGCCUAGUCAUACUGGCACCAUCCUUGUGAGUACAAGACUAGAGAUUUUCUUUACUCACACUUUCAUACUUGGCAAUAUCGCACUAUGAUUUGGUUAUCCCCUUUUUUUCAGCUUGCAUCGUUAUAUAUUUCUCUAUCACCUAAAAUCAUCUACCUAAGAACCUACAAACUCAUCCUAUUGUAUGUAUGUAUAGUCUUUAAUUUAUUUGUGUGGGUAAAGAGGAUACCACACAGGUGUAUAGAGUGUGCUGGGACUUUUUGGGCUACACAGCAGGACUUUGUCUAUAUUUUGUCAAAUUUCAAAACAGGUUUUUGUUUUUAUAUUCUUGGGUAAUUUGACCUAAGUUAGAUUCCAGUUUGGCACAUUAUUUAGUAAAUAAACCACUUGAUUGUCAUCCUACUGGGGUUUAUUUAUUUAACUCCAAAUUGUACUGAAUUGAAAAGUUAAUUGCAAAAUUUAGACUAAAAUCACCUAGUUGUUACUAUAGCUUAGUUAGUGAACUUUUCUGAAUCAUAUCUUUUUUCCCCAAAUUUACUAGGGAUAGUCAGUUUUCUAUUUUGUAGUUUGUGUUUGGCAUUUACAUUUGUCUAGCUUGUUGUAUAUGUUAGCUGCAAACAUGCAUUAGCUCGUUAAUAGAACUGGCCUACCACACAAUUAACACCCCAGAAUGAAAAUACAACAGAACAUUAUUUGACUGUGAUUAAUCUAAUAUGUCCUUCGAGGUUCAUUAGAUAAAGACCACGCUUCAGUAACCAUCGGCAAAUCAACAAUUAGUAUGUUUCCUCAUCUGAAGACAAAUAUUAAUAACAUUGCAAUAUUUUUGGAAAUCGCUUUUGGCAGUUUUACAUAUCUUUAUCUCCUCUGAAAUUUUUAAAGGGACACUAUAGUCACCAGAACAACUACAACUUAUUGUAUUUGUUCUGGUGUCUGUAUCCUGUCCCUGCAGGCUUUUUGCUGUAAACAAUGUUUUUUCAGAGAAAAGGCAGUGUUUACAUUACAGCCUUGGAACACCUCUAAUGGUCACUCCUCAGACGGUCACUAGACAUGCUGAACUUUCCCCAUAGAGAUGCAUUGACUCAAUGCAUCUCUAUGAGGAGAUGCUAUCUGUCUAGGGCGCCCUUUGGAUCUGCACCAGCCCACCUUCUGAGCUAUGAAUAAGAGAAUUGACCAUUGUGACAAACCCCCCUUUUUAAGUGAGUUUGCUACGAGUUCCUGGAGGAGCCUGCUUGCCAGCCUCCUACCCACAGACUAUGGACCUUGUAAAAUGUGAUGGAAAAGUCUCCGUUUGUGUAUUUGGACUAUAUGGUUCGGAAACGGAACAGCUGCACGAACCGGAGACCACCCUGGAGCUUGUUACCAAUUUCCACCGCAGUGUUCUAAGUGUUCGACUGGGUGGCCGUAUUUCCUAUGGACGACCACGAGGUGGUGGCCAUCUUGUUCGCAUGAACACAGGCAGCGGUGUUUGGUCUUCGAGUUCAUGGAACUAUUUUUCGGACACUGAAACUCCUGAACACCGCUGGACUUCCAUGAUCUCUUGUGUUCGGUUCUACAACACUUAGAAAGACACUGUUCAGUGGAAACGUUCCCACGAACAAGGGAAACAAGCUCCAGGGAAAGAACAUUGACUAUGUUCGGUAGUUUGUUCGGUUUUUAAACUACUGAACUAGACUGAACGCAAGCCCUGAUUCUCUGGAACUGUUUUGGGUAUGGGACCAUGCAUGCGGUCGGUCAAAUAAUGACUUCCAGGAAAUUCCUGAACCCCUGAACUGAUCUGGGUGAUUUUUGGAUAUGUUGGUCACCCAGAUCGGGGCUAUCAGGAGAUGUAACGUUUGUAGGGAUUUUGUGUGUUUUUAGGUACUUUUGGGGAGUUUGGGAAAUGUGCGUUUUUUGUACCUGGAGAUAAUUGAGUUUAAUACAGUGCUUGACUCAAUUAUCUCCCAGGCACAGGGGAGGGAUUAUCUUAUUAUAUAUGGGAGUUUCCUGGAUCUGAGAGCCAAUGUAAUUGUGUAUUUGAAGCUACUCAGGUCCAGGGGGGAGUGCCUCUUGCAUGGGGACAUGCAUAGAAGGCCAGUUGUGGCUGCCAGUAAAUGUAUUUUAGUUUGUACUCCCAGAACUAUGUGUCGUCUGGUUACUGGGAGGGGAAAUGGCUAAUCACUUUUCCAGCUUAUUCCAGUGUGGAGGAUUCAACGGGGAAAGUCCUUGUAAGGACUAGAGCUCCCAGGACUGAGUGUCGUCCAGUGCCUGGGGGUGUCUAGAGUGAUUCCCCAUUUGGCUCCAGGAGGGAGCAGUUCCAGGACCCCAGUCAACCCAGGCAACUGUUGGCAGAAGUGCUGUGGUUUGUCCCCUGUUCCAGCUAGGAAGCAGUUCUUGGCAGAGGUACCUAUCCAGGUGUACAGGGAGCUCCGUUACAACCAUCUCAGCCAAUCCAAUGCUUUCCUAGCAAAAAGCAUGGUGAUUGGCUGAGAUCAUCAAUUCUGAUGAUGCCAGCCAAAGAGGCAGAUCAGGGCAGAGCUAGCACCAGCAGACCCAUGUUGCACUGUAAAUAAUGUGAAUUUGUACUAUAUUUAAGGGGAUAAGGGGGGGCAUGGGGCUGAAUAGUGUUUUAAACAUUAUAGGGUCUAGAAUACAUGUUUGUGUUUCUAACCCUAUAGUGUUCCUUUAAGUAACAUAAGCAUAUUGUUGUUUUAUUUUCAAUACAUUGUGGUUUAUUCACUAAAUCGAAACUGCUAAGACCAAAAAAACUUAGUUCGAGAAAUAACUGAUUUGAAGAAUUAUUACAACUUGAUUAUUUUGGCUAAAAUGUGUAUUUCCGGUUUUCUGAUAAAAUCCAGGCAGAUUUAGUGUGACUUGUAAGGUAUUCAAAAUGAAUUAAAAGUGAAUUUGAGAUAAAAAUCCAAAAUAAAAAUAAAGGGGAUUUGGAUAAUUUAUUCAACUCUUUGACAAUUAAUACUUUAGUAAAUAGCCCUACAUAUUGUUAAAAGUCUACCGAACAUUGCUGUAUUUUGUUACAUAACAAAAGCAUAUUGAUAUUAAGAGAGAGAGGACCGUACUCCACAAAAUAAUCACCCAUUUGUGGCUAAUGGGAGAUCCAAUUCUUGUGAUAAAUAAAUGCAUUAUACAUAGAUACUUAAUCUAUUAAGAACCAAGGGUAAGGUAUGGUAUGCAUUUUGUGUUACUGCACUUUAAAUGUUUUAUAAUGUCAAAAUGCUACGUAGAGUUGAUUAUAUCGUGUAUUACGGUAUGCUUUUAAUAUCUUUUAUCAUUUUAUCAUUCUUUAGAAUCUCACAACUUGGCUUAGCAAUUUUUCUAUCACAUUUUUCUCCAUAUAUGAGCUGCAUCUCUUGUAAUUUUAGCUUUAAUUGUUAGCUAGGUACCAGUAUUUUAUUAAUUCUCUAUAUUGAAUUGGAAUGGGGAAUAUUGUAUCUGUGAAAUUGUCACAUUGAAAGCACAGUCAUAUCCAAACAUGUUAAUACUUUAAAAGAUUUAUUUCGAAGGCACUUUAUGAGUUCACUCUGUGUAAUAAUAGCUUGUGAGAGCUGGGCUAGAUAAAAGAAUUCUACUUAUUGAGAUUGCUAUUGUCCUUUCCAAGAUGUCAAAUAAGCCAUUGACCAAGAAGGUAAACAGUAUCUUGGCAGCACAAAAAGAGAUCCAGUAAAUUGGCACACCCAAAUCCUUCUACAAUCUGGCAAUCACAGACUAUAAUUGCAUGGCAUCGGCAGGCAAGGCAAGAUCACUAUGUCCAAAUAUUUAUACAGAAGUCAAAUUAGGAACCUGGCAUAGCCUUCCAGAAGAAGACAUGAAGGCUAAUACAGUAAAGGAAUUCUUAGGCGAUAUUAAAGGUUAUCUUGAAGAACGAGUUAUGCAAAACAAUAGGAAGACUAGAUAGGCCUGUUGUUCUUUUUACUUGUUGUUACAUUUGUGUUGGUAUUAAAAAAAAAAAUUCACAGAAUCGCGUCACAUGGUCCUCAAUGUAAUAUUUUUGGAUAAGAUUUUAAAAGUAUUUAAGAUUUUUGGAUAAACUUUUAAAAUAAUUUUUCUAAAUAUUAAAAUAUCGAAAAAUAUAUGAUAUAUUAAAAAAACUAAUCAAUGUAUCAAAAAUAUAAAAUUAUUAGAAAAUGUAAAUAUUUUUAAUAAUAUUAAAUCAAUUUAACAGUUAAUUCAAAAAUAUUAAAUCAUUUACAUUUCUUAUCCAAGCAUAUUAAAUUGGGGCAUUGAUUAAGAAAAUUACAAUCUCACAUCUGACAUUAGUCGUCAUGUUUAUGGCUGCUGAUAAGCUGAUAAUGUUGUUGAAGCAAAUACAUUUCUACCAAUUCAUUUCUUUUUUUAAACAGCAUAAUUAACAAAUACCAGAUCAGUGAAAAUAAGUCCUAUACCUUACAUUAAAGGGACACGAUAGUCAUCUAAAUAACUUUGGCUUAAUGAAGCAGGGUAUAGAUCAUGUCACUGCAAUCUCACUGCUCAAUUCUCUGCCAUUUAGGAGCUAAAUCACUUUUGUUUCUGUUUAUGCAACCCUAGCCACACUUCCCCUGGCUGUGACUGGCACAGCCUGCAUGAAAACAAAAUGUUUUCAUUUUCAAUCAGAUGUAACUUACUUUUAAACUUUUGAUCUCCUGCUCUGUAAGUUGAACUUUAAUUACAAACAGGAGGCUCCUGCAGGGUCUAGCAAGCUAUUAACAAAGCAGGAGAUAAGAAAUUCUAAAUUAAACAGAAUGUGCAAUAACAAGUUUAAACAUUAGAUGACUCUUGACAGGAAGUGUUUAGGAAGGCUGUGUAAGUCACAGGCAGAGAGGUGUAACUAGGGCUGCAUAAACAGAGUGAUGUAUCUCCUAAAUGACAGAAAAUUGAUUAGUGAGACUGCAGGGACAUGAUAUAUAUCCCAAAACUGCUUCAAUAAGCUAAGGUUAUUUUGGUGGCUAUAACAUCCCUUUAAGAACUGAAGUGAUUGCAAUUCUGCGUAAGAGUUAUUUAUGCUUUUACAAGACUUUUGAAAUGAGAAGCAAAUCCAAAAGACUUGCAAACCAUUUUUCCAAUAUAAACUGACACAUACGUUAAAUGAUCUCCUCACCUUCUUUGACUUGAUGACACAUACAAACAAUGUUAACGAACAAUUAUUUGCUAAUAGUGAUGUCCCAAACUGUUCGCGGAAUGGUUCGCCACGGUUCGCCACGAACGAUUCGCCACGGUUCGCCACGAACGAUUCGCCAUGAACGGUUCUCCGCUGACUCCAGUCAGCAGACACAUUCCAGCCAAUCAGCAGUAGACCCUCCCUCCCAGACCCUCCCACAUCCCGGACAGCUCACUAAGAAUGCAGCUUUAAAAUGGAUGCUGUCCAGGAGUUGGGAGGGUCUGGGAGGGAGGGUCUGCUGCUGAUUGGCUGGAAUGUGUCUGUUGACUGGAGUUCGUGGCGAACCGUUCGCGAACAGUUCGGCGAACAGUUCGGGACAUCACUACUUGCUAAUCAUUUAUAUCAAGUAAAAGACCAAUAAGCACUGUAAAAUGUAACAAAGCAAAAUUGAUAACAUAAUAAGAAUACACGCAUGCACAUUACUUGAAAUGUCCUUUUAGUUCAGGCCUGGUUUAAAAACUAGAACAUUUUCUAACUUUUGUGACUUUACUGGCAGAAAAAAUAAUUAGUGAAUGAUAUCAUUUUGAUAACUGGGAUAUCUGAACUAAUUCAUCUGGGGAAGAGGAAAUGAACUAUGUCUUGCUUUAACAAACAUUCUCAAGCCAAAACGAUAAUAGAAAUAACUAUAUACAUCUAUGUAUGUCUAAAAUUCAAUUGGGAAAGAUCAGCAGGUGGUUAGUGAAAAAAAAACCAAAUUGAAUAUUGCAGGUCAUUAUUCGGGUCAAGGGAACCGGCAAAGGAUAUUAAAGAUUUAAAAUUAGAACUAAACAAAUUAAAAACAUUUAUAGAAUAAUGUUUCUAAUGCUUAGGUCAACACAGUGAAAUUAAGCUUUAAUUCCAAUUAUCCUGUGAACUUUUUUGAAACAUAAUACACUAUUUUAGAGAUUCUUAAAAAAAUGUUACAGAUCUAAAUAAGCCUCAAAGUAACCUAAUGCAUUAAACUUUCGGAAGUGAAGGAGUCCUUCGGAUUGGCUAGGCAUCAUGUUAAAUGCACUUAUAUCUCAGACACCUAAGUUAGCCGUCACUAAUCUUUGAGAUGGCUGUUAAAUAAAAGAUGCAAUUAUUCAAGGAGAGAAUUAAGUGAGUUUCUCUCACUCAAGGAGAUAUAAAGAGGACACAAGAAGUUGCCAUCAACAUGUUGGACCGUGACAUUAUGCACACAUAAGAUCAUGUCAAGAGCAGAAACCUGGUUCCCAUUUAGUAAGAAUGCAGCACACAGUACUGCCAAACUAUUUUUUAGUACACAGCAGGGAUUUAUGUGAACUUUUUUUAAAACUAAAACCAGCAAUAUUUUCUUGCUGUCAUUUGCUUAUCUCUUUAUUUUAAAUUAGGAUGACCAUGUAUUGGAUUUCCGUGCAUCCCAAUAGCUAAACAAAAGUAUGGGUUGUAGAAUAUUGUUUACUUACCUAAAGUUUAUUUGUGUUUUUUAAUGUACAAUGUAACCUGGCUGUUCUGGCACAGCCAGGGCAUAGUAUGCAAAUUAAUCUACCCUCACUGUUCCAUAAUUGUGGUACAUAAAUGCCUUUGAAAGAAAUGUCUACAUGUGAAGAUGUUUGUUUCAGCAGAGGCAUCAUGGGAUGGUGAUGUCGGUCUGGAUAUGUAAGCACUGUGGAGGUAAAUUGAGUUUACACUAUCUGCCCCAGUAAAAGUUUACAUUAUUUCAGCUCCAAUAUGCUCUCUGUUCUGUGGAGUAAUGAAACAAAACUGGAACUUUUCAGCCUUUUCAUGGAUCAGCGGUAUGUCUGGAGGAAGUAGAAUGAAGCAAAUGCUGAAAAUAACAUUCUGCUUACAGUUAAGAAAGGUGGUGGGUUGGUGAUGUUCUGGGGCUGCAUCCUCUGUACUGGAAACUUUAAGCGUGUGGAAGGCAAGAUGGAUUAAUUGAAGUAUCAGGAAAUGCCAGGAGAAGCUUGGGCGUAAUUGAACCUUCCAGCAAGACAAUUAUCCCAAGCAUACCUCAAAUUCCACCAAGGCUUGGUUGCAGAAGAAGUCCAAGAAAAUUCUACAGUGGCUAUCACAGACACCUGACUUGAACCCCAUAGAAAAUCUCUGGUGGGAUUUUAAGAAGGUGGUUGUAGCACACAAGAAUAUUACUGAACUGGAGGUCAUUGCUCAAGAGCAAUGGGCUAUGAUUCCUCGGGAUUGCUGCCAGAAGCUGGUGUCUAGCUAUACAUCUCAUUUUCAACAGGUCAUAAAAGCAAAAGCAUGCUCUACUAAGUACUAAAGACACUUGCCGGGGGCAGAGUUUGCCUACUGCUCGGUUCAGACGUGUUUUGUCUGAGCUCCUAUUUCUGGAUCCGAAAUCCAGGAACAUCUGCAGGCCACAUGCCAACAAUGACCUAAAACUAUGACCUACCUGUUCAGCUGCUGAUGGUGUACACGGAGAUACCUUUCAUGACCCGAUACGGCACCACAGUGACCAGAUCAAGGCCCGAGGCCUGCCAGAGCUUGAGCUGGAGUGAGACGGCAGCUCCCCCAGUUCUCCGGCCGACGCAUAGCUGCCCCCCCCAUUUGGACCGGUGUGGGUUAUCCCGGUCCCCUCAGACGACCACCUCUGCAUACAGCUGCAUACCGAUAUCCGCAAUACCACAAGCUACAAAUCGGGCUAGCCUCAAGAUGGCGGACGCCCCACAACCUUGAGCACAGCUUCCUGCUGAAACAAUUCAGAGCACCAGUGAGCACAUAUCACAGCGUCUGGCAGCAGCGUUCGAUUGCCUCUGGGACAAGUUAACUGCCCACUUUGCGAAGCCACAGGCUCCGGCGGUAGAGAGUAAACUGAGGGAAGAAAGGUGGGAAAAGAGCGCCCCCCUCGGGCACUCCUAUCACAGUAAUUGGGCAGUCUCCCACGAAGGAUGCGCCCAGGAUGAAUACCAACAGCGAGAUACUCCCAGUGCAUCAGCAACCGACGCAGAGGAUCCAACACCGCAGGAGGUGAACGCCCACCAAGAUCCAAAGCUGUCCCUUGUAAGGGAAGAACUCUGCCUCACAUUUGAGCAACCAAGUUCGUGGUCCAAGGAUGCCAGCCUCCGUGACAGCUAUGGGGACUCUAUCUGACUCUGCCCAUUGAUGUCACAUUACCCCCUAAGCCUGCCACCAAGCCGGGUAAUAGGCUGAUCCAGGAUUUUACGGCCCAAACACUCAGAUAACUGGUGAUAUAGCCCAUGUGCUGAUUUACCCCAUCGCUUACAGUAUGCCAACUGACAUAUACUUUCUUCCAUGAGGCUAAAUUCACAGCGAACACCAUUAUCCUUGAUUUGCUUAAUUUUCAUGUCCAGUUGUUAAAACUCAUUUAGCCUAUUAUGUUGUACGCUCAUGUUUGAUAGGAAUAGCUUGCCUACAUACACUCUUUAAGCCAGCCGCUAUGACACGGCCUACACCAAGCACACACAUAAGAUGCACAAACGACACUCACAAAUGCCAGAUAUGACAGACAUGUCCAAUCACGAAGCAUAUACCAUCAUACCCAUCUUGGGGGAACGACUUUUAUACCAUGCAACCAUCAACUGAGAGGUGGUGCCAGAGGCUAUACAAGUCUGUAAGUCUUAAGUCUAAGCAAACACAAUACUCUCGAUGUUAAGUAAGUAUGCUAUUUUUCUGUUUUGAUAAACCUUAUAUGCUUAUUAUUUAACCUUUUUAUUUCUCAUAAUUAGUGAUGUCGCGAACCAUUCGCCAACUUGCCGCGAACGGUUCGCCAUGAACCGUUCACGGCGAACUCCGGUCAGCUGACACAUCCCUGCCAAUCUCUGGCAGACCCUCCCUCCCAGACUCUCCCACCUCCUGGACAGCAUCCAUGUUGAAGCUGCCUUCAACAUGGAUGCUGUCCAGGAAGUAGGAGGGUCUGGGAGGGAGGGUCUGCCGGAGAUUGGCAGGGAUGUGUCAGCUGACCGGAGUUCGCCACGAACUGUGGCGAACCGUUCGCGGCAAGUUCGCGAACGGUUCGCGACAUCACUACUCAUAAUCAUCAGUCUAGCCAGUCAAAACGUCUCCCCAGCUGGCAAUGCAUUGUGGGAGUUGUACGACAAAUAUGGAUCUACCUUUUGACCCCCCAGUGAUAGGAGUAGCCAAAAGAAAUUACACACCAGGGCCCGUUCUAUGUUAGAUCCUCCACUGUUUAGUACAUAACUCUUUCAACAAAUGCAUGGAUUCAUACUCUACAUUAACUUCAUAUUUUGACCAUUCAUUGUAUACAAUAAAAUAACUGUGAGACUUUAUUCUGGUUUUGAGUAGUAACUGACUCUCAAUAUUUUUGUAUAUGUGUUUUUUUUCAUUCUGUUAUUUAUAAUAUAUACAUAAGAUGUAUGGUAUCUAUUCUCAUCAUGUAUCUUUAUUACACGUAUGCAGAAUCAUUAGGAAGCCAAUUAUUUAGCAAAUAGCGUUUCUGUCAUUUCGCUAGAUUGCCGCUUAAUAUAAACAAUUAAUAUAAACGGAUCCUCUGAGACAUUACAGAUUAAAUCUGGUCAGCUUUAAAUCUUUAUGUUUUUCUCUUCUAAACCGGUAUUUAUUACCAUGUGUAGCAUUGCUUUGGAUCUCUCCUGACCCUGUCCUAAAGUUAGAGUAUAUUACGAAAGCUUCAUGAUGCUUUUACAUAAUCCAGCACUACAAGAAGGGCUCAUGCAGGACUGGGAUCCCCUGGUUGCGGUCAGGUGUCUAUAGUCCCUACCCCAGCACAGCGGGUCCACCUCCUGUGUGAGAUGAGCUACGCUACAGGUGUGAAAUUUAGCAAUCUUGGAAUUUACAUUUGGAAUUUGUAGAAUCUUCUGCUCCUUGAUGACAUAAAUGUGUUUUUCUGACUUCCACCAAAUAAUCCUAUAGCCAGUUACAGGUAUAUAAUUAAAAUCGAAUCGCUAAAACAGGGGUGAAUAAAAGAUAUAAAUAAGCAAUGGCAAAAAAACCAAAUAAACAUAGAUGAACAGUGUGGCAAACCUAGCCACUUGGACAAUAUAAAGAGACUGUGCCUUUAAGGGUUGCCUGUAUGUCUGUGGGGAUAUGUGUUUAACUAAGUGUAAUGUAUGCUGGCUGUAAUAACGUGUAUUUACUGUAUUGGCUAUCUGCCGAAUGCAGAUAGCUGUAUUUCCUUUCGUUUCACGAACGGCACUUUUGCGGGCCGUUCGUGAACCGAAAUAAACCACCAUGUAGUAGCCCACACACUUAGAGACGAGUGGCGCUUGUUAACCGAUUGCAACAAUGUUGCAAUUGGUAAUUAGAGGCUCUCCUAGGUGGCCGCCGUUCGACUACCGACCAUGCAGCGGUCAGCCAUCUUGGAUCCUUUGUUCCCUCAGUGGUGUUUGGUCGUCGAGCGGAUGUACUAAAAACGGCUACUCGACGGUGCGAACACCGCUGAGCUUCCAGGCCGUUCAGGAGUUCCGGGCCAUUCGGUAUUAUGUUCCCUAGACUUCAAUCGGUCUUUUGAAUAUACAUUUUAAUGAAUGUGUUUUUCGUGCGGCGUUCGGUUGUUUUAGCUGGGAUCGGAGCGGUAAUCUCACGAAUGAUGCGCUCAUACCCCAGCUAUCUACCGAACGUCCAUUCGUGCAAAUAGACUGCAUAUUCGAAAAGUUAAGUAUUUUAAUACAAAUUGUCGGUUCUGCUGCACGGAGGGAUAAUCCACUUAACAGUACAUUCCUGUGGGAGGAUCCCUCUCGUGCAGCAGUGCCUGAUGGGGGAAAGGCUCUGUAAUGGAAGUUCCAAAUGUAGUCCAGUCUGGGAAUGCCCCUGGGAUGGGACUCGGGAAACCCCUUGCAUGGGGAAUUGUAUAAAUUGUGGAGCUGAAAAUAAAGACCUCAGUUGACUCUCAGAACUGUGUUUCGUCCGGUUACUGGGAGAUUUGGGAUAUUGCCUUGCUUUUCAGCGCUUGUCUGUGGAUUGCUUCCUGAACCAGCGGAAUUCGUGGAUUUAAUACUGCCGAUCCGCUACAAACAGGAAUGAUAGGGGGGUGUAUCCUUAUAGUCUUAAGGAACAGAGAAAUAAUUGCAAAGAAGUAUACAUAGGAGGUCGCAGAUUCAAUUCCUGGCAGGGUUGACACAGCCCUUUGUCCAUCCAAAGCAGAUAAAAUUAGUACCAUUAAGUUGAGAAAUAGUAACAUCUCCUGGAUUUGGGACAAAAAGAACAUCCUAGCUUGAAUAUCUGACUGUACCUUUCCUGGCAAAACACUUUUUUAUUAUACAGAAAGUGGAAGAGACUAUAGAUUGACCAGACGUACAAUCCAAAUGUUAAUGUAUACAUUCUAUAUAUAAAUGAUAAUGAUAUUCAAGGCAGAUAGUACAGAGUAAAAUGAUGACAUAGAAUUAGAGAAGACAUUGGAAGUGCAAGUCAUGUAAGACAGGAGUAGAAUGCUAUGGGGAACGCAUUCAUUUUUCUAGUCAAAAUCAUGACAAUAUUUAUUAGCUGACACAUCAGAAAAAAAAGACUUGCAUCUGGAGCAAAAAAGCUGGAUAGGAAACCAUGCAAGUCCUAAAAAUACAAAUUUUUGGUGAAAACCUGUUUCUAUUGAAACCAAGAGUAGGUUUCCACAAACUGUAAGAUGCCGAUCAGGUUACAUAUCACAUGAUGCUAAAAUGAUUAUUAGUAGGGUCCAAGAGACCCUAUUUACCUGAGCGACUCUCUGACCACAAGCACUGCAUGAUGGAUAAAGGAUUUAGAAAAAUAAUAUGUGGAGUACUCUAGAUUCAAGAUUAACUUUUGGCAAUUUCCACUCCAUUUCAUCCAUCCAUUUGGGACAUUUUAUGGAAAUAGUAAACCGGGUAGGAGUUUGGUGAAUUUCGCAAAUUAUUAUUUUUUCGCUAUCUGGGUUUUUCAUCCAUCUUGUAAAUGACCCGUAAUGUGUCAAGGUACCUUAAAAUAGUUUAGUUUUUUUUUGUAUUCCACUUUAAAAUUGUAUUAAAGCCAAAUAUUCUCAAAGGCUUUUAAUGCAAAAUGUCACCUACCUCUUGUCUACAUGAUAUGACAUUUUACUUACGAUAAACAGCAGCCAUACAAUGGAUCACUGUAGUGGUGUGUAAGGGAAUACAUUUUUAUAAGCCACCAAAUAGCUCUUGGGCUAACAAUUCUUCAGACUAAUAUUACAUUCAAAUAGGGCUAUUCAUUAAAAUUAGAAUUUGAAGUGUCUUCCAUGUGAGUAAAAUAUUUGCUAUUUUGGCUUAACAUUUUGUAAUAUAUUACAAAUUAUAUCAAAUUCACAAUAAAUUAUGCAUAUACCAAAAUUGUGAAGCUAAUUCCAGAAAAUGAUAACUUUGGCAACUGCAUCAUGUUAAAGGCAGCAUAAUCAGAGCUGAAUUUUGUCAUUCGUACUUUAUUACUACAUAGUUCCAGUCAUAGUAAAAAGACCAUAAUUGCUGUAUGAAAACAAACCAAAAAAGACAGUCAUUUUCAAAAUAUUUAGCCAGGGUUACUGGAAAAUGAAAAACGUAAACCAAGUACCGUGAAAAAAAAAAGUUACAAAAUAAAACAUUGCAAUUUGUAAGGUGGUAAGAAAAUGACGUAUUGAUAUGAAUAUUUUUUUUAAUGAUGAUGAAGAAUAUAUAAAUACAGUGAUUAAUAAUAAUAUUAAUGGUGAAUAUAAGACAUCACGGAAUUAAGUUUGUUCCAUACAAUCUAUUUAUGUAUCUUUCCUUCUUUCCAAUUUAGAAAACUUCACUGUACACGGAACUACAUCCAUCUGAAUUUAUUCCUUUCUUUUAUUUUGAAAGCCAUAUCAGUUUUAAUAAAGGAUGACUUUCUCUUCUCUAAUGAAAUGUCCUGCCCCGACUCACUGGUAAUUAAAACUGAAUCGCUAAGGUUGUAAAACUGGGCAAUUAAAGGGCAACUGUCACCUUAAAGCUAUUUUUUAAUAUAAUAUUCCUUUUUAUCAAGUUUUGAAAUGAAAUAUAUUUUUCUAAUAAUAACGUAAAUGUAAGAAACUGAGAAACUCAUCCCUACCUUCAGUAUAUGACAGGAUCCUUUAGCCAUAUAUGUACACCUUGGGUCAGACAGUGUUUGAAAAUAAACACGUAGUCUCUAUCAUCCUCCCAGCUUCACUCCCUGCACAGAAACAGGGAAGACCAUAGAGACUGACUGUCUGUUUUCAAACACGGUCCGACCCAAGGUGUAUGAUUAUGGCUGAAGGAUCCUGUCCUACACUAAUGGUAGGGAUGAGGUUUUUUUUGUAGUUUUUUUUUGCAUAUACUUUAUUUAAAAACGUAUGUAUCUAAUUGAAAACUUGAUGGGAAAAUAAAACUUGAUGAAAGGGUUAUUAUAUUUAAAAAAAAUAGUUUUGUGGUGACAGUUGUCCUUUAAGCAAUACACUAAGUGUAGAAGAUGUUAAAACUCUAUGAAUCAUGAAUGCGAUAUAUCAACGGUUUCUGGGAGUUUUAGCUCAAUUUACUGCAAGAAAUGGUGGUCGUGAUUCUGCUUUUCUCUUUAAUUACUUUAAAUAGCUUCAAACACAUUUUUAAAACAAGUGAAUCAAAUUUGUCAGUUCGGACAAAUUUCAGCUCUGCAAUCGUUCCAGGAAAAACAAUUCGGACAAACCAAAAUGGUGCAAAAAUGUCCAAAUUAGUUUAGUGCAAAAUAUGUACAACAUUUUCCCACCAUUUGUUUCACAGAUUAAGUGAGAAGAAGUAACCAAUAGUGGGAAAAAAGACGAGCAGUAAAAACAAUCUUUAUUUACAUACUUAUUUUUUACAUACUUAUUUUUUUUUACUGCUCACUUGAUCUGUGUAUAGAAUCGACAUUUAGUGAUUGUCCCCUAACCAUCAAUCAUAUUUUUUUCCAUCAGUCAUUUUCUUUUUGCCUCCAUUGACAGAACCCCGAAUCACUAAACAAAGGAAAUGAUUAGCUCAUUGUCCGUUCCAUUUUCGUGACUCAUCCAUGUAGCAUUUCAGAUUUUUGGUAUAAUGCUAACCAAUCACAUCACAUGUAAUAAAAUGUCUGCGUGGACAUCCCUAGUUCUCUUUCUUUGCAGCUCCUUCACAGAAACAGAUGAGUAUUGCUCUCCUCAAUAUCUUACUCUCUACCUCAUUUCUGUUCUCUAAAUUUUAUAUUUUAUAUUCUUCAUUAUUUUGUUCUUUCUUUAUUUUUUUUCUCUCCACUGUGUGCCUUAUACUGCCAUAUAUUGCAUUGUAUGUGCUUUUACUUUUAACUCUACAUUUUAUUUUGCCCUCAAUCUUGCACUGAUCUCGUGUUAAAAACAGAACAGAAGCUGGUUAAUUUGGCAACCUCAGAUGCAGGGAAAAAAUCAACACUCUCUUAUUUAGAGAUGGUUUCAUUAAAUAAUUGGUUUUCUUUGGUAGCCCCUUCACAGCCCUACAAAAAAAAAAUAAACAGCAAAAUCGAAUAUGUAGAAAGUUUCUUCUCACAGUUUUUUCAAAGUCUUACAAAGUCUUGCAAUGCAGGUCUGUUUGCUUGGCCAUAAGUUCAGAGGCCAGUUCCAAAAACUUUCAAGAGUUUUACCAACUUCUUUUCUUUAAGAGGUUGUCCCUGAGGUUCCAGGGAAGGGCAUCAAUCCUUUUUCUAGCAGACGUGGGUGGCAGACUCACCAAUUUUUCCUAUGCUUAUGAAACCAUUACUUCUAAGAUACCAGAUAAAGUUUGUAUCUGUUCCCAUUCAAAAAUCCUUCCUUUGUCCAAUAACAUUUUCUCAGAUGAAUGUGAACCUAAUCUAGAAGCCAAUGAUUUAAUUAAGAAAGUAGCAUCUAAUGGAUUGCUUUUCUAAUCCAUAGGCAUGAAUGCAUUUGCUAAUCAAUCUAAAAUCCCUAAACUAUUUGUUGAGAUAUUGUUACUUCAAGAUGGAUGACAUACAUUGUCUUAAGAACGUAUUACAAACCAAUGACUGGAUGGUGAAGAUCAAUCUGUAGGCCAAAUACCUGACAGUACCCAUUCACCAAACCUCACAUUUUUUCACAUUUAUUUGAAGGUGAAGGAAAUGACAAUUCAAUGUCCUUCCUUUCAGCUUGUCUUUGUCUCCCUGGUGAUUUACCAAACUAAUAAACCAAUGGUCUCUCUACAUUGCAGCAGGGUAGUUAAUCUCAUUAUUUGUUUAGACAACAUUCUCCUUCUAUCUCAGACAAUUCUUAGAGAGCACAUCCAAUUUUCUUUAGACCUCCUCGUGGAUCUAUUUUGGUUCCAUUUUAGGGUUCUUAAACAACUAGGACAACUUGGGCUUCCCAAGACAAAACUUCGAAAUCUAAAGAUGGAGAUUUGUCAAAUGUUGUUUCGGGAAGUUCUAGCGAUCAGAAUUUUAGCAAAGGACAUAUGGUCUUCUUUCAUUUCUAAUCCUAAACCAUCUUUCCAGGACCCCUUAUUACCAAGUCCUUCAAUGUUUAAAAAUAAAAUUAUACUGUCAUUUGUCAAUUCCAUCGCUUUUGGUUUGGAAAGCCAAAGAACUCCUUUAGUAGCUCCAUCAUAUGGAUGCUUGGAAUGGGGAAAGAAAUUUUUGGCACGACUUCCGUAUUGAUCAUUGACUCUCAUUCAAGCAUGUACAGAUGGUGAGCCCACUGCAGAAAUAGAUGACCUGAUCAAGAACCUGAUUGUCAUAUCGGCUGUUUGGAACUUCUUGCUGGAUCCUUUGCUCUUCAGAGUGAAGUGAAUUGCUAUACUUUUUAUAUGGAUGGAGAAUGUAUCAAUAGUAAGAUAUAUCAAUCAUCUAUAAGAUAAUUAAUCAGAAACUUUAGCCUACCUGGAGAAAGACUUUUAGAAUGCUUGCUUUAAGAGGAUUAUCUCAGUUCCUAUGGAGUGCAUUUCAGGUUUAUCAGCCAACUAGAAUUCCAGAUAUCUGGACCACAGCCAUUAAUGACUAGAUUGCACAGUCUUUAGAAAAUUUCUGAUUUGUGGGGCCCUUUUGCCACAGACCUCUUUGCUUUUAGACAGAACUGACAACUUUGUCGCUUUUUCAGUUGGAGACCAGAGGCAGAAGCAGUGUAUGCUUUCCUUCAGUCUUGGUGAAGAAAUAGCAAUUAUACUUAUCCCUCCACUUUAGAUGAUUUCUUUGUCUUUCCUUCAUGUAUGACAUCAGAAAACAUCAACUGUAUUAAUAACCCCCUUUGUUCAACCCAACCUCACCUACUGGACUUAUCAUUGGAUCUUCCGAGUCAACUACUGAUGGAUUCCUGGUUGUUGACAAACCAAAUUAUGUAUUACUGCUCAAUCUUAUAACCCAGAUGGUAUUCAUUUUGACAUGUCUAGAUCAUAGAUGCACAGAAAGCAACUUUUUUUGUUUUCUAUCCAUCAUUCCUGUCUAAUCCAUUGCCUUGUCUGUGAGAUUCUUGAAAUAUUACAAAUCUUGUACUGAACCUUUUCAUCAGGCUAAUUUUUUCCCCAGCAUUUCCUGUCUUGUUUGAAGCGUUUCCAUCUUGUUUCUUCUGUUACACUCACCUGAUGGUUGUCAUUUGGAACACAUGAGGAAAACAGGGGGUUCAUCUAUGGAAUCUAUAUUUGAGGAAUUAAAUUUUAAACCAAUUCAACACAUUUCUACAUCUGUAAUUAUUCAGCUUUAAAGUCGCCAUGUCUUGAAAUAAAAUUACAGGAUUUUACAAAGUCCUUUUGUAACGUCAUGAUUUUAUUAAAGACAUGGAGACUAGUAUUAUCCCUCCCAAUUUCUAAUCAUAUAUGUUUUUUCUUGCCUUUCCUUUAUUUAAUAUGUGUCUACAAAAAAUGUUGAGGAGAAGUUAUAAAGAAAGAAAACUUAGAACGUUCAUGCACACUUUAUGUUGCAUGUGAUGUGAUUGGUCAACAACUGUGGUAUCACUUAUGGUUUUUCAUUCAGAUUGUAUUCACUUGUUUUAAAAAUUUCUUUGCUGCUAUUUAACGUAAAAAAAAGUGAAGAGAAUAAUGUCUAGUUCUGUGUGUUUAUUAAAACCAUGUAAUUGUCAGCUUUCUAGUAUAGAAAGAAAAUGGUCCUAGUGAACUGAACACAGAGCGAGUGCUCAUGAUGCACUCACUGUGAUAGCAAGCUGUCCUGAUUAAGGUAUCGCUAUAAUAUUUUAUUAUAAGCUUUUAAAAUGAUUAAUAUUUUCAAAAAUGUUUUUUAAGUAUUUCAUAUUUUGAAAAUAGUUUAUCUUUUUAUAUAUAUAUAUAUAUAUAUUGGUAUAUUGUUAUAUAUUAAUUUUUUUACAAUUUUAAUAUUUUGAAAAAUAAUUUUAAAAGUUUAUCCAAAUGUAUUAAAUCACUUGAAAAGAAUAUGCAGAAAUAUUAAAUUGAGGCGUAAAUUUGGACAGGUGACAGUCCUGAUAAUCUAUACUAUGCACCUAUGUUAUGUGGGUUACCACUUUCUUAGCAGCAAAGACUGCAGGGGAUUAACAAAGUUCUCUGCAGAGUCCUGUUAGAAUGAACUGGAACAUCUUACAUGGAAUAAUAGAUACUUAGAAUAUUUUUAAGAAAAAAUUAUUGUUAGAUUUUGAGUUUAUUUAUUUAUUUUUUAUCUUUGUAUUACAGAUCGGUUGUAAAGUUAUCUUAGUAGUGUUUCAGUACUGUGUGACGGCAAAUUUCUAUUGGCUGUUGGUGGAAGGUCUCUAUCUGCACACUCUGCUUGUGGUUAUAUUCUCUCCGAACCAACAUUUUAGAGUUUAUCUGCUUAUUGGAUGGGGUAAGGAGUCCCAUUCUGUUUGAUCUCGAUUUAACCCAAGCUAACCAUUAUUGUUUUUUGUGUUUUUUUAAUGUUUGUAACUAUACAUUGUAGGCCUCAAUUUAGUGUUUUUGGAUAAGCUUAUCAAAUUAUUUUUGGAUUUGUUUUUAGUAGUAAACUAUCAAACAAUAUAUAAUAUAUAAAACUAUAUGAAUAUAUAAAAAAUAUAUCACAAUAGUAAAAAAAUUUAUUAUUUUGAAAGUUUAUCCAAAAAUAUUAAAUUGAGGCAAUAAUUUGUUCUCCUGUAGGGAUUAUUGCAAAUGUGUACCUUUCUAAAAAAGAUUAUGAUAAAAUAGAUUGUAUAAAACAUAGUCCUUUUUAACUUAUUUAAUAUAUUUCACUUUUAAUUACACACAUCUUCUCUUUAUUAGGUAUACCUGCUGUAUUCAUUAUUGCAUGGAUAUUGUCAAGAAUUAAUCUGGAAGAUACCGGGUGAGAGAUCAUAAGAAUUGCUUUAUUCAAAAGUUUUAUUUCUACAAAACCUGACACGUUUUUAGAAUGUUUUGUUAUCAUUUUGUUGUAGAUGUUGGGAUACAAACGAAAACAGUAUUCCAUGGUGGAUUAUCCGAACACCUAUAUUUAUAUCUAUUAUUGUAAGUAAACUUCCCAUUACCAUUUCUAAUUCUGAUUAUGGGGUUAUUUAUUACAAAUGUUUAAAUACAUAAUGUAACGUAAUGUGUACAGAUCCCUUCAGUCGUUAUGGUGCUCUCAUGUAGAAAGGGCCCAGGAGCAAGACAUUUUUCUGAGCCACCCUGUACUUAAAUGUUAUCCAAAAGUAGAUCCUCAACUGUUGUGCACCUCCCAAAAUGUUUUGCCAACUGUGGAUCUACCAUUUACUCAUCCUUGCAGGGUUGUAUUUGGGAACAUUGUUUUGCACAUUCGACUUUAAGCAGGUUGUUUGUAUAUGGAGUAUGUGUGUGUGAAUGUAGGAGCUUAUUUGCUGUUACCAUUUGAAUGCAGUGAUGUGUCUGUAUGUAGUGUUGAUGCUGGACUGUAGGCGUGUGUUUGUAUGUAGUGUUGGCAUUUGAAUGCAGGUGUGUAUUUGUAUAUAGGUUUGUUUGAAUUCAGGGGUAUGUUUGUAUGUAAUAUUGGUGUUUGAAUACAAUAGUGUGUUUGUAUGUAGUGUUGACAUUUCAUGCAGGGGUGCAUUUGUGUUAAAUGUUUCUUUAUUUUGAUAGUAAAGUUAAAACAGACAUAUUACAGAUUAAUAUAUAAAGCAUACAGUCGCCUGCACAGAGGCUUAUAAGUCAAAGUGAGUAAUCAUAAUGAAAGCAGUGAUAUAAAAUGAACAUGCACAUAAGUUGUGUGAUCAUAUAGUUUAUAUAAUGCAGUGGAAAGUAUAGCAUGUAACAGUACGAUAGAAUUUAUUUCUGAAGUUAGGACCUCCCUAAUAAUCAGACUUCUGAAACAUGGUACUUUAAUGUGUUAAUGUGUCUAUGUUUGGUCAAAAAAAUUAUGUAGGUAAUCGCCAAUUCAGCAAUCUAAUACGAUGCUGUAAUAUAACUAGGUAUCGAUGUCUUGAAAAGCAAUAAUGUGAACUGUACUGAUAGCAGGCGUUCAGGGUCUAAAUGAAGCAAUAUGCGCAGGUAGGCAAUAUGUAAAUACAUGUAAUUUAACCUGAAAUGGGAUUGCAAUGCUCCAUAGGUUGAGAGGGAGUAGUAAUGGCUGGAAGGCACUUAUGGUGCAUAUCAACAUCACUUUUAUACCUAUAACAAGUAUCGUAAGGCAAAUAAAGGAGUUUAAGGUAUCAUCUCUCAAUUAUACAAUUGAUCAUUUGGGUUAGACGUUUAACUAUAACUGUUGCCACUCCGAACACAUGUAGGUCGAUUCUGACUUUGAGCUUAAAGAAUAAAAUAUUAGCAAGAAAAAAAUAUAUAUAAACCAAGAAUACAAAAGAAAAAUUGAGUCUCUUCGGAUGGGAUGGUGGUACAGUGUCCGGCACGACAACGGAUUGUAAAUAAAAAUAAAAGUGGGUCUCCCCAUCCCGCAGAAAAGGUAUCAGGACUUAACUGAGCAUGGUGUAUGCAUUUGCAUCUUAGGUCUGUUCGCAAGCAAUGCGUUCAAUGCCCUCUAGGGUGUCAGACCCCCUUCUGUCUCCCCAGGACCAGUCCAGUCCAUCAGUAAAAUGCUCCCCAGCACUGCAGAUCCUCGGAGGUCAAUCAGUCUGUUGGACUCCCACCACCUUUAGUUCACAGACCACUCACCUCCUGCACCUCCCCAGUGCCUCCAGAGUCAUCAUGAAUCGCUAGCCCCCAAUGCCUCACCCAGCUCCGGCCUCUUGUAUGCAGGGGUGCAUUUGUGUGUAGUAUUGGUGUUUGAAUGCAGGGAAGUGUUUGUUUAUAAUGUUGGUGUUUGAAAGCAACAGUGUGUUUGAAUGCUGGGAUAUAUGGAUAUAUACACAUACACGGCCAUAAUCAAAUACUAUCACAGAUACACAUACACCCUGAAACACACAUAUAUGCACAUCGAUUAUGUCACAAAUACACAUACAUAAUGCCACGCUCAUAGAGGCACACACAAAUACAGACACUGACACAAACGCACAAGACUUAAUUUACAUGUUUUCAGCCACACCCAGGAGUGUAUUUACCUCUUGGUCCAGAUGUGCCUGGUGGCUGAGGCUGGUGGGUGUGUCUGGUCAGCUGUUUAUAUACAAUGUUGUGUUUGUAUGUAGUGUUGGCAUUUUGUGUAGGUGUGCAUUUGGGUGUAGUGCAUCCCUCCUUUCUUUGCCUCCUCCUAGCUCGUCCAUUCGGCAGUCUGUAAGCUGGGAGGAAGUGAUGUGACCUCACUCCCUCCUAGCACUGAUGAUCUGAUAGGGAACCUGGUCACAAUGGUAAAGGGCAUCAUCUGCUCAGAGAUGCCCAUCAGGUGUCCCUAAGUGUGAGGCACACCCGAUGCCCCCCCCCCCAAGAUCUUAGGCCCUCGUGCAGCUGCACCAGCUACACCACCGAUAGUUCAUUCUUUGUAAUUUUCAACCAUAUUUCAAGGAAUAGUCAAUGUAUCCUUAAUUGCAAAACACUUUGAUUACAGUUCAUUUGGAGACCUGUAUUUUUUAAAUGAGCUUGUAAGUAAUCUGAAAUAAUAUAUAUCAAUAUGGUAUCAGUUCUAAAGGAACACUGGUUAUUUUGUGAAACCAUAAUAGGUGGAUCUAAUGUGAUAUGUAAAUAAAACAUGCACAAAUACAGAUGUGUGUCAAGUUUUACAAUUAAAUAAACUUGCUGUGAAAAUGUGGUAUUUUGUGUAAGAUUAAAUUGGAUAAAAUAACAUUGUGUGGAAUUAAUUGACAGUUAAUAUUAUGUGAAAAUGUUCAUAUAAAUGUUUACAUGAAUCAUAAGGUCCUAAAACACUGUGGCUGAGGGGAUAUUUAUAUAAUAAUAUUUGUGGUCUGUAUUUAAGCCAAAUCAUGAUUUUACAACAUAUCAUGUUCAUAUUAAGUAAAUACAUUCUUAUAAUACGUUAUCUCAGUGAGCGCAGCCAGUUACAAGCCACAAAUAGUUGAUCUGUCCUAUUCAGUGUGCUAAUACAUCAUCAGUAGAAUCUGUUCAACCCUUGGGUUGCAGGUUCAAAUCCUGGCAGGGUUGACCCAUCAUCCUUCCGAGGUCGAUAAAAUGAUUACCAAUAAAUUGGGUAAUAGUAACAACCCCUGGAUGUUGGGCUAAGGUAACAUCCACAGGACGUACUUGAACACCAGAGUACUAUGAAUGUACCUUUCCUGGUUAAAUACAUUGUUAUUAUUUUUUUCUUGAGUACAAAAUAAAUGACAUACAAAACCUUUAUUGCAGGUAAAUUUUUUCUUGUUUAUCAACAUUAUCCGAAUUUUGCUGCAGAAACUAAGAUCACCUGAUGUCGGGGGCAAUGAUCAAUCACAAUUCAAGUAUGUAUUGACUGCUUAGUCUACAGACAGUGAUAAACAGAUGAAUUGACAGUAACGGGGCAAUACCAGACUUUGUGUUACGUAGGAAUACCUCUAACAUGAUGUUUGGCCAUAAUGGUUCUUUUUCCUUUUUUUGUAAUUUUAAACUUGUCAGGUACAACAUGUUGAAAUGUUAGAACUGUGCGUUUAUCAGUUUUUCCUAUUGCCAAGAUAAUUUGAUUUUUCCAACCUUAAUUCAUUUGAGGUCAGGGCGGGAUAGGGUAUAUUUGGUGAUACAGUUGCACCAGGCUGUCAGGCAGCCAGUGUGCAGAGUAAUGCUAAAACAUUUUCAUAUUGCUGGAAUUCUCUGGCAUAAUCUAACAGAGUUGAACGCAUGAUUAGGGAUACUCUCGCACUGUGAGACAAGGACAUAAUGACAGGACAAGAACCCAGAUCAGGGCUACCAUGCCCUAUGUGAAAUAGCUUUUAGGUAUAACUGUCAGUUUUGAAGUCACAUAUGUAUUUUUCCUAACAUGUCAAUGUUCUUUGGAAUAUGUGUAUUUCAUUCUGUAAAUAUUUUCUUGAAACUUGUAAUGAUUUAAAUCUGUCCUCUUUAUAUUCCGACAGAAGACUCACCAAAUCGACGCUCCUGCUCAUACCGUUAUUUGGAGUUCACUACAUGGUGUUUACGGUUUUUCCGAUUCCCAGUUUCAACGAUUGCCAAAUAUGGUUUGAAUUAUCCGUGGGAUCUUUUCAGGUAAACAAAUGGAAAGAUAUAAAUUAGUGCAAUUGAAGGAUUCAUGUAUAGAUUAUUAGAAGAUGAUGUAAUGGUAUAUAAAUAGUAAAAAACAAAGAAAAUAAAAAGUUACCUGCGCUUUCUCCUUAAUCCCUAUGUAUAUAUAGGACUUCUCUUUUUGUAUUGGUAUAUAAAUAGUGCCCCAUGUGAUGUCAUUCCGUGACGUUUGUGAUGUCAAAUCUAGAAUGAGCAAUUAAACUGGUGGAAGACGAAAACUCUGCAGUAAUUAUUUAUUAUAUAAAUCCAUUCACACAUGUAUUAGGCAUUUGUGAGACGGGCUGCAAGUCAGAUUGCAAUUCUCCUCUACACAGUUAUCAUGACUAUGAGUAUAGGUGUGGUAUAAUCUGCAUCAAUAUACACAAGCAGGGCUAUUUAUUUAUUAUUUAUUAAAUGGGAAUUGUGAGGUAUAAGUGAAGAUCAAGUUUUACGGCCACAAUAGCCAAAUCGAAAAAAAUUCUUCAAGUCAGCUUUGUUGUCAGUUCAGUCACUUUGGCUUAUACUUCAAAUUCACUUUGAAUUCACUUUGAAAUCACCUUGAAUUCCUUUCACUUCCCAAGUCACACUGUAGUGAAUGGACCUUACUGACUUCAGCUGUUCAUCAUUCAGAUUCAGGUACAGGAGGGAUUCCUAGAAUUUGCAAAAUAUUGAUGCCAGUUGUGAAUCAUUCCUAUCAUCAUCCAUUUAUUUUUCUUUCUGUAGGACCCUUAAUGAGAUGAUAGACAUGUAAUUUGCACUUAGGCUUCUCAUCAUAAUUUAUACCCAUCACAGCAUGUUCAUCACCAUUACUUAAACACCAUCAACAAUGACCACACAUAUCUAUUAAUAUUUACUUUUAUAAAUUAGUAUAUUGCCAUGCUUUUGUUUAGAGGACCACCAAAAUCGCUUAGAAAACUUUACCUCGAACAUUAUAAUUAUUACUGGCAGUUAUGAAGAGCCAACGUAUUCCACAGAGCUGUAAAAUUGGGUAAAAAGUACAAUACACAUAAACCAAUACAAAACACAAAGAGGGUCCUGUCCGUGAGCUGAGAUCUAGCUUUUGAAGCUCUUUUACUUAGCUAGAAAGUCUGUGAGCUUGCAAUCUAAUGCAGGGUCUGGCAACCUUCCGCACUCCAGAUGUUGUGGACUACAUCUCCCCUGAUGCUUUACCAGCAUUAUGGCUAUAAAUGCCUUAGGGGAGAUGUUGUCCACGACAUCUGGAGUGCUGAAGGUUGCCUAUCCCUGAUCUGGUGGUUAAAUAGGGAGUUGCGAUGUGAGGUAGCAGGUGGAAUUUGGAGGUGAUGGUUGAGAGAAUUAAAGGAUAAUUGGAGCCACCAGUAACGUUUAAAGGGAAUGAGGAAGUAAAUGUGUGUGAUUUCAAUCAGCUGGGAAAGCAUGAUAUAAAGUUAGAAUGAAGCAGGCUGGGCAGGUGGGUAGUAGCUAAAUGGAAAUGAAGUGGCUCUGUUUUUGUUAGAUGGUUUGUGGGACGAGGCCUAACUACCAGAAAUGGAGACAGACACAGUUAUUUUACGAAAUGUACUGCUGUGAGGGGCACGGAAUUUAGAGAGGGGGUGCUAGACAAUACAUUUGUUGCAUACAAUUGAAAUAUAUGCAAAUCACAUUCUAUCAGACAAAAUAUUACUAACUAUAUGCCCAGGAAAUAAUAGCAUGCUGUUUGUAAAAUGAAACACUGCUUGUGUGGAAAGUGGUCUAGGUGUAGUGACCCUUUAGUUUUUACCAUACAAUAUACAGCAUUGCAGCUGAGUAGAUUGGCACAGCAUGGUUAUUUGUUUCACAUGUGCACUAGCCUUCCAGUGCUUCCCUAUAGGGAAGCAUUGGAUCAGGGAGGUGAGGCGGCCAUGGCAAGACCAGCUCGGCAAGUAAAACUACCUUUUAAACUUUCACAGGUUUAUGUUCCUAAUGCCAUAGUGUUCCUUUAGACUUAGCUUAAAGAUAUAAACACAUCAAUACUGGCUUCAUGAUAAAACUACCUUUUAACUGAAUUAAGAUAUUUAUCUUUCAGGGUCUGGUUGUGACGAUUCUUUACUGCUUUUUAAACACAGAGGUAAGACAUCUAAAAUAUUGAAAAUAUGAGGUACUGUUAUUGACUUAUAAACUUUUUUUUAAAUUAUUUAUUUUUAUAGUGCAAGUGAUAACAAAAGGCUUGUUAAGCAAGCAAAGUGAAAACCUGCUAAAUAGAUCAUGGCAUUCAGAUAAACGGCACAUUAUAGUAUUAUUGGAUGCUAGGAAAACAUGUCUAAGCUAGUGGGAAAAAGUAUUCAAUGUUGCGGACUCUGCUAGACAUGGUAAUUAAUGCACAGUUUAGAGAGUGGAAAUUAAAAAUAAAUUAAAUAAAAGUCAAGUCUAGCUUGAGAUAUGAGCAUGAUGCACAAUAGUAAUUUUUUUAUUUGAAUUAAAUUGUAUUGGUUUGGAGGUUUGUAUGGUCUCAACACAAAUUAUUUUGCACCUAGCUCUGUACUCACAGAGAGGCUUCAACAUCCAGACCGGAUGUGAUGGGACCCAAAAGGUCUUAAAGGACCACUAUAGUGCCAGGAAAACAUACUCGUUUUCCUGGCACUAUAGUGCCCUGAGGGUGCCCCCACCCUCGGGGUCCCCCUCCCGUCCGGCUCUGGAAGGGGGAAAGGGGUAAAAACUUACCUUUUUCCAGCGCUGGGCAGGGAGCUCUCCUCCUCUCUCCUCCGCCGCCACCUGCGAAGCUGCGCACAAGAUUCAGUUCCAUAGGAAAGCAUUCAUAAUGCUUUCCUAUGGACGCUGCGUCUCACUGUGAUUUUCAGUGAGAAGCACGCAAGCGCCUCUAGUGGCUGUCAAUGAGACAGCCACUAGAGGAUUAGGGGGAAGGCUUAACCCAUUCAUAAUUAUAGCAGUUUCUCUGAAACUGCUAUAAUUAUGAAAAAAUGGGUUAACCCUAGAAGGACCUGGCACCCAGACCACUUCAUUAAGCUGAAGUGGUCUGGGUGCCUAGAGUGGUCCUUUAACUGCACAGUCUGGUCACUGGUCCUUUUGGACCAUAAUCCAUGCUUUGGUUUAAAACCACCAUUACAUUGCUAAGGGUACCUUCUAAAAGUCCAACUUGAGAUAGGCAGAUAUAAAUACAACAGAUAGAGGAUGCAGAUAUGGAGGAGCUUCCAUGAGACGUUUCAACGCCAGAUAGUGGAUGUGGUGCACAUUAUGAAAUCUUACGAGUAGUUGGAAAAACAAGGCUGAAAGACAGCACUGAAACACUAAUACCCAGUAGCAUAGGAAGAGACCCUCAGCACCAGAUCAAUAGAAGCGUGGAUCUAGCACUCCAGAUAGGACCCAAGGUGCAGACAGUGAAAAGGGGCCUUAGAUACAUCCAAACAGGUGUAAGAUGUUAGCAGAAACAGCAUACACUGAGAGUCACAACCAGGUUGCUGGGAUUGUGUACCGAAAAAUCUGCACAGAGUAUGGGUUGGACCUGCUUAAGUCUAGCUGGGAGGUACCAUAGUUGAAAAUUACAAUCCUCAUAUCCUGUGAAACCUCCAGAUUUAGACGGACAAGCAAGUACUGGCCAAACCAAUCUUAGCCAGGCCUUACUCUCCUCUGUAAGCCUAGAGUCCAUGGCACACUAAUCAGGGAUUAAUUUCUACUUGCCAAUGGCAUGUGGGCAAUUGAACGUUUUGAGCCCUGCGUUUUGCAGUCUAUUAUCUAGCACAAGCAUAGGAAACCUUCGGCACUCCAGAUGCUUUGGAAUACAUCUCUCCAUAUGCUUUACCAACAUUAUGGCAGUAAAAGCAUUAUAGGAGAUGUAGUCCACAACAUCUGGAGUGCGGAAGGUUGUCUACCCCUGAUCUAGUACAACAUCCCCAAUAAGUUUGUUAUAGUUGGUUAUUCUUGUUCGUUUUGGUAAAAGAAAUAAAUUAAAUAAUUGCUAUUUUAUCAUUGCUAUAACCCAUCCAUGAGUACAUGAGUAUACAGGGAUACUUCAAGCAUUAUAACUACUCCAGAUUAUUGGUGUGUUUAUGAUUACAGGUCUCUGGGUUCUGUUACUCCAGAUUUGUCAAGCCACUUUUCAAUAGUAAUACUGCAAAAAUGUAAUAAUAAAAGCAUUUCACUUCUUAACUAUCUGGCCAACGUAUUUGUAUUGAAGGAUCAUUGAAACGUUGCUUUGAUUAUAAUUGUACAAAACAUAAAACCCAAGGUAGAAAAGUUUUUUUUUAAAUGUAAAACAUUGAUAUUGAAAAUGGCUUGGCCAAGGUAAAAUGCUUAAGAAAAGAAAAUCCAUGGCAACAUAUUAAAUCAGAAAAUGAAAUUAUCAGGUUUUAAUUUCUACGAAUUACUUUUGAUAACAGCUCUAUGUUGUUUUUCUACACAGGUUCAAGGAGAGUUAAAAGGAAAAUGGAGAAGCCUCUUUUUAAACCGUAACAUGAAUCGAGAUCACCGUUUGCACAGUUUAUCUAUUUCCCGAAAUGGAUCUGAAUGUGUGGCGCAAUUUCCCCGCAACCUAAGGGCGCUGUCAAUUUUGCAAACUGAAACCACAGUGAUUUAAUCUCUGCAUAUAUUAAAGAAAAAGAAAACUAUAACUUUGAAGACUAUUAAACAUUUUUACGCAGCUAUAUUGAUUUUCUGUCAGCAGGAAAAACAAGACUUCAUCUGUAAAAAAAAGAUACAUUCUUUUGGCUUAGAUGACAAAUGGACUUUUAUAUAAACCUUUGGGUUUAGUACCAUAUUGCACUUCAAUGUUCUAUAACUUUUUCUAUCAUGCAUAUAUUUGAAUUUAAAUUAUUAUAAAAAUGUUUGUGAUUGUGAUAUUUGUUUAAAUACAUGUGCUAUUAUUAAAAGAGCAUGAAUGCAUAUGUGCAUAUCCAAGUGUAGGCUGGGGUAGAAAUUAAAUCAGCACCUUUGCUACGGUGACCUCAAAAAUGUGGGAUGUGAGUUGCAACAUUAUUUUGUAAUCUGUAGCUCAAUAUACAGCCAUGGGAAAAUUGUGGAUACAAUGUAGUCUCCUCUUGCUAAACACUUCUUGCGCUAUUUUAAUGGACUUUCUGUGCAGCUUGUUUGGUAAGUAGGAAUGUGUUAGGAUGCUGUUUAGUAGUUGGUGCAGAAAAGUCCGUGGGCACAAUCAGGUAAGCAGUACAAAGGGGUCAGACGAAGAAUGAUCAGGAAAGCCAAAGGUCAGGGCAGGAGCCACAGGAUCAUAGUCAGGAGUCAGGCAGGAGUCAAACACCAGGAAGCAAUAGGACAUUCACUGAAGGUAUACACACAACAGGAGCACGGUAUAACUGAGCAAAGAGUAUAGGGUUAGUGGGGUUUAAAUAGGUAUUAGUAUGUCCACUUACUGCAGUUCUGCCUUCAUGUACCCUUCUUGUGUUUCUACUGUCCCUUUAAGAGGGCAUUGCUAUGGCGUGUGAGCCUUAGGAGCUCCUUUGGGGCUUUGUCCCUCUGCCAUGAGGUAACGGAGAAGGUAAUUCCCCGAUCUGCAGUGCCAUGCCCAGAAAGUGGCACCGUCUGUCAUCUGUCCCUGAAGGACUGUGAGCAGCCGGAGUUGAUGCACAGGCCAGCUUACUGUACGGAGGGACGUGCUCCGGCGCAGCGACUCCAUGGAGAGAGAGGGAGGUGCAGCAGGGGAGCUCAAGGCAGGUAAGCCGGGGAGUGGUGACCUGAUAGAAUGUUUGAGGAAUGGAAAUGUAUUGUGCUUUUCAGAGUACCUAGAGAUAGUUUUCUUGUGUCCAAUUUAAUUUGAGUUACCAUUUUCUUGUGUCUUAUUUUCGGCCAUACCACAGGGCUGAACCGAAUACGCCAAUCCUGUAGUCCAUUAUUUCUGAAUGCUAAUGUAGAUUGUUAAAACUUUGAGUAUUGCAUAUCUUACAGAAAACUAAUGUAUGGGAAAGAAUAAAAAAAUAUAUUCCUAUUUAGGAGGCAUAAAAUAACAGCCACUUAUGUUAACAUGAAGUUUGUGAUCUAUUUAUUAUUAUAUAUAUUUUUUAAAUAUAAAACAAAAAGCCUCUGCUUCUUAAAACUACAUGUGUAGAACAUAAUUCACAUAAUAAUUCAUUCAUAUCACAUGCUAACAUUAGUGAUUUUAGUUUGCACAGAUGUAUCUUUCAUUAUCAAAUAUCACUAUUAUGUAUUUGUUUAUUUAGAAAAUAAACAGAAAGCUUGCAUUUAUUCAGUAUUAUGCAAACAUGUGUAUUAUAUUUUGCAUUGCAAAUAUAGAACUUUUGAAAAAAAUGUAUCUUUUGAAAAAAGUAUCUUUUAUUUUAAACUGGUUUCUGUGAAUGCCAUAAAUAUGCGAAAUGCGUUUAUGUUCCAUUGCAAGGAUACAGUGCAAUUAUUGGUCCAAUUAUCUAUUGGAUGCAAUGGCCACACAAAGGUUAAAUUUACGCUAUUUUAUUAGUUAAAUUUCACCCUUUUUUUAAAAAGUGGCAAAAUUUGCCAACGUACAUUACAUUCAAUAUCAUUGUUUAACUGCAGUUCAAAAGCUGUUCUUUGAAAAUUAUAUUUAUCCUGGUUCAUGAAUAUAUAUAUAUACUAUAAGCACUGCGCACAGCUACCCACCACGACCCCCACUUCCGGAGGUAUGACUAACGUGUUCAACUGCCUUAGACUUACCAAAUUAAACUGGCAAGAGGCAGCUGACUCUUUAAAAUAUUAAUUGGUACCAUCACUGCUUGAGCAAAUGCCAAACCAUCAGCUUGACAAUAGAAAGGGACUGGGCUGCGGGCUGCCAGUGACCAUCAUUUUAUGUUAAUACUGAAUGGACAAAAUCAGAAAAGGGAAUGACAGAAGGGUUAGAAUAAACUGACCCUGGAGUCAAGGGUUGGACUAAGUGGGUCAAGAUUGGGCAUAACCCAGUUAAAUCAUAUAUGAAAAGAAAAAUAUCCUUAAAGCAGGUAUAUUGAAAAAGAGAACCU